GUGGUUUAAAUGUCCCGCCGAGGAGGCGGGGCGGAAGCGGGCCGGUGCGCUCCUUCUCCCUCCCGCGGCGCGGCUUAGCGUCUGACCGGCAGGGGGAGGCGGCAGAGGCGACGGCGGGACGGUGCCUAGCGGGGCUCGAGCGCCGGCUGCAGCCUCAGCUGACCGAGGGGCGCCGCCGCCGCUGCUGCCACUGCCGUUGCCACUACUGCUGGCGCCGCGUCCUCGUCUUCCUCCCGCUCGGCGAAGGAGGCCGCCACCCGGGCGGACUUGCGCCAUGGAAGGAGCGCGGCUGCUGGUGCUGAUGCGUUAGCGGCGCUGCCCCUGCUGCUUGGGAUCCUGCCCGAGAGAGGUCGCGGACGCCGGCGGAGGGAUGAGCGGCAGCGCGGCGCCCCCCGGGCCCGGCUCGGGCUCGGCGCCCUGCCGCUUUGCGCACUACUUCGUGCUGUGUGGGAUCGAUGCCGACAGCGGGCUGGAGCCGGACGAGCUGGCGGGUAAGCAGAGGAGGGAAAGGGAGACAAAGACGGGGGCUUGGGGGGGGGUCUGAUCCUGUCCCCGUUUCUCCUUGCGAGGCACACAGUCCCUGCUCGGCCCCGGUCCGCCGCUGCCUUGCUCCCUCUCUCCCUAGCGCCUCCCCACGGAGCCCGCUCGCAUCCCCUCCCCUCCAUGGCUAUGCACUGCUCCUGAGGAUCGGGCUGCUGCUCCGCUUGCGCUGCGCCCACCCCGGCGGAGAGAGCAAAAGACGACUCGGUGGCUGCGUGCGCGCGGUCUCCAUCUGCGCCCGGGUUGGAGCGCGGGGGUCUGCGCUUUGCGCCGGCCAGGCCCCGCGCACACGCCGCCCGAGGCUACAUUGCUGGAGACUUUACUUAUUGUGUUCGCAGCUCCCUUUUUGUUUUUAUUUCCCUCGCCCGCUCCCGCAACAGCUCAGGAGGAGCCCUCCUCCAAACACCCCGGUGGUGCUCCUUUCCACAAGCGCCUUCCGCAUUGCUUUUCCAUGCACGGAUCUCCAGAUCUGAGUAGCCAGCCUGGCUCUCCCUGCCCCUUUCUUCUUCUUCUUCGUCCUCCACCCGCUUCCCAGAAUCGUGAUGCUUCCAGACUGCAGUGGCCAGGUUCGGUUAUGUCACUGCCAGGAGGACCCACGUUUCAGUGCAGUCCUCCUCCUCGCGGUUCAGGCUUUAUUCCCUGUCCCCCCCCCCCCCCGUGCCCUGUGCUGCCACCAGGCCUUAGAUAAUGUGCGCUUGCGAAGGUCUUGAAUGUUGCAAUCGCCUCCCCUUCGAAUGACCGCUAUCUUGGGUCCAAAGAGCAGGGAAAGCUACCUUUGUAACUACUUUGGGAGACUGCAGUGCUUUCUUCUGUUCUCUGGAGGGUUGGGAAAGGGUUGCUUUAAGCCACUCUGCGCUGGGAUUAGAUAGCCAAGUUAAAACUCCUUGUUGCCAGCAGACAGAAUGAUGCUAAUUAAUAUUUCAGUUUUGUAUUUUGGCUGGCUAGAUAGUUACAAAUGGAAAAACAUACCUUAAGAUGUUUUGUUUUAUUUUUUUGUACCAUAGCUUUAGGUUUCUUUAAAAUAUAUUAUUAUUAUUUUUGGAAGGGCAGUAAGAGGUAUUUAUUUAUACGUUUUGUUACAUUUUAAUCCCACCUUUUAUCCAAGGAACUCAAGGUGUUUGAACCCUGGUCUCCCAGGCCCUGGUCCCACUUCUUUAACCAUUACACCACGCUAGUUCUUUACAUAACAGUGUGAAUUAUGCAUUACAAAUUGCAGGUAAGCUUGUGAUAUUGUUUGGGCCCAUGCGGAGGUUCAUCACUGCUAAUAUUACUCAUUCUGUGCUAGUCAUUGUAUCAGGCAACCUACAAAAGUUAAGAGACACGGCUGUGUACACAAGCUUAAUCUAGAAAAUUCCGGCGUCUAGUGAAAAAUCCACUCCCCCCCCCAUAGGCUGUCAUCCUACAAUCCAGUGAAAUCAAUAGUUCCUAGUCAAAAUCAUUAUUUUGCAUUAGCUGCCAAUUUGACAAAGCCCCCCUAUAUUUUUAUCUAUCCAAAUGCUUACAGACAGCAGACCAGUCUCCCCCCCCCCCAUCAGAUAUCUGGGUAUGUUGUCCUUUUAGCUGGAAUAGUUUGCUUGAGAAUGAUUAUAAAAGUGAGUCUCUCCAUCAUCCCUAAUCCUGAAAGUGUUUGUUGCAUUCUGCUAAAAAUACUGCUCAUAUGAUUGAGUGAUUUCAAUAGGAUUUGUCAAAAAUAAAUUGUAACUGGUUUAAAGCUGGAGAGAUGCCAGAGGCUUUUCUCCGUAUAGCUAGCUGUGGAAGUAAGAGAAAGUAUUUCAAAAUAUAGAAAGGGGGUUGUAAGAAACUACAAAGACACCUUUUAAAAGCGACCUGUGCUUGAUACAUGGCACUUGCAUCUCUGAAAAUAAAGUAGGUUAAAAUUAAAUUUUGCAUCUCGUUCAGAAAACUCACCAGAUUCUGCAGUAUGACGACUAGCCAAUAAAGAAAAAGGGAGAGCUGUAUUCAGACUUAAUCGGGAUCCAUUUGUAUGUGAAAUAAAAGUAGCUGACUAUUGUUGCUAAAGUGGUAAUUUAGGUAUAGAGAAUCUGUGGUCCUCCAGGUAUUGUUGGACUCCAACUCCCAUCAGCCCCAGCCAGCAUGGCCAGUGGUCAGGAAUGAUGGGAGUUGUAGUCCAGCAGCCUCUAGAAGUAAACAGGUCUCCCCACUCUUGAGCUAUUUACCUGCUUACCUUUUGCAUGAACAUUGUGGCCAAUUCUGAAGCCGAAUUUAAUAAUUUUAAUAAAAUUUUUGGAAUGAAAAUAGCUUCUUCGCUGUACUUGCCUUAAUUCAGGGUUAUUAACUUGACACAAGGAAAUUCUGAAAUGCUUUUUAUGAUAUUUGUCUUGACUAGCCUGACUCAUGAUGGUGGACUGUUCUUAAAUUUUCAAAAGCAAUGGAUAUAAAGAAUUUUUCAGCUUUUGUUUGAAGUUGAGAUCAGCUUCAUUUAAAUUCUUUGCAUGUUCUUUAAAAAAACUAAUUUGCCACUUAUUGAGUGAGCUGGUGGCGAGUUUUCGUUUAAAGUCUUAAUUGUACACUUGCUGUGUGGAUGACAUUUUUGACUUGAAACGGGAUGGUUUCAGAGUACUAAUACCUGGUAAGCAAUCAAAUGAUUAGGGCCAUAAUCUUUAACAUGUAGCCCCUGAUUCUGUUGAGAGGAUCCGUGCAUAAACAGGAAUCCUUACCUGAAUAUAAAUUUCACCUGUCUUCAUUGCAUUCAGUUGGAUUAGAUAUGGGAUAAGGGGUGAUUGUGUUAAUGUAGCAGCACAGAAAUUGCUUCCCCAUAGUCUUCAUCAGAAAAAGUCAGAAGUUCUUUGUGUUUUGGUGCAAUUACCGAAAGUUGCAUGUAACUUUGCUUUUAAAGCACUGCUGGAGCUGAAUCUGGGUUAUGUACUUGAAGUCUCAUUGAGUUGUUGUUGUUGUUGUUUUUUAAAAAAGCAGUAAUUAUCAAAUUGUUUCUAUACAAUUUUUGAACUUUACAAUUGAUUUGACAUUGCCAUUUUGUAUACGUUGCACGUUGUAACUUUUAGUAACUUGAUUCCCAUUUAUGUGAUGAAAUGAUCUAAUGUAAUGUAUACAUCUGUGCCGGAAUCGAAGCUAUUGUAAUAAGGUUUUGGUUUCCCACCAGGAGUCUGAAUGUGUGUGUUGGUCUCAAUCUCAAAUAGGGCUUCCGUUUACAUACAUGCUUGUUUCAGAAAUAGAACCCUGCUGGUUCCUCUAGCAUUGAAGGUGCACCAGGGUUGAUUUGCAUAGUAUGACCUUUGGGAGUUUUAACUAGAGUAAUUUCCAAUUCCUCUUUCUGAAAAUAGGGGCAUUUACAUGGUGGUGUUGAUUAGGAAGUUCUCACUGCUUGUAAGUGUGAAUAGUCUUGUUGCUGUUUCCUGAACUGCAAAAGGAAGAUUUGCAGUAUCCUGAAGGCUAAAUGCAAAGAAGCACAGCAGGUAUCUAAGUUGGAGAACCAUUGGUCUAAAGUUACCUUUUAUAUGCUAACUUGCUUUCAAACUGAUGAGUAGUAAAGAUGCUGUUAGAUUUCGCCUCCUCCUUGCUGAUUGUCUUUGCCAGGUUGGCUUAUCAAGUUGGAUAUUACAGUUUUGCAGAAUGUGUACAGAUGUCAUUAAGUUCAUUACAUUCCAAAACUUUAUAAUAGUCGGCCUUCUGAAGUCAAGUCAAAGCCACGAUUCUAUCACCAGCUGCUUCUGAAGUUCAGCGAAUGGUUUGUGUGUCUGACUGCUGCUCAAGAUUUCUUUCCAUCAUUUGCCCACUUAACCUGGCAGUAAGUUCCAUUGUACUCAAUAGGACUGACACCUUAGUAGACUUGUACAGGAUUGCACAGUUAGUUAAUAAAGUGUGUGGUUGGUUAAUUAAGUGAGAACAAGAAAAAACUUCUCUUGAGCCCCGAGAAUUUGGGGGAAUCUCUCAUUAGUCAGAAUAGGAAGAACUGGGCUCAGUGGCGUAGUGUGGGUUGUCAGCACCCGGGGCAAGGCAAGUAAUUUGCGCCCCCUAACCCGUGGAUUUGCGCCCCCUAACCCUAACCCCCAGAUGUUGCGCCCGGUGCGGCCGGCCCCCCCUGCACCCCCCACGCUACGCCACUGACUGGGCUGCCUUGACCAGUGGUUUGACCCUGUAUGAGACAACUUCAUGUAUUCAUGUUCUUGGUCCUCCCACCAAAACAUCAGUUGCUUACAACUGGUCUGCAAGCUUUAAUUGACUUAAUUGGUAGAUUAAUCAACUAAAUGGUUGCCUUUCAAGGAAGCUCUAGACGAGCUUGCUGUUUGCUUAAAAGUACAGUUUUAAAAAUAUUGUUUAGCUAUAAAUGCUUUUAAUGUAUUGAUGGCCACCAUGAGAGCCAUUCCUAGCUGGUUGGCAGGAUGUCAAUUUCAGAAUGAAUGGAUGAAUAAAUAAUAAAGCUCUAGUUGAUUAAUUGGCCUGGCAAAUUUAAUUGGCGGGGUUGAGAUUCAAGGGCACACUUGGGUUUGUUUGUAUUUGCAAGCUAUUUUUGAUUUAUUAUUGUGUAAUGGGGGAUUAAAAAGGGAAAUAUUGAGAACUAGCUUCCAAAAGAAGUGUCCAUAUUAAUGUUUUCUUUAUUGCAUAUCUUCCUCAAUGUGCACGAUGCUUUGCAAGCCCUAAUGGACAGGUUCUGUCAGGGAACUGACAUCGGAGCGAGAGGCGAAGGGGAGGCUCCUAGAUGAUGCUGGCGAAGGACCCAGCAGCAGGGGGAGAAACAGCUCAGUAGAGGGGGAAGCAAAUCAGCGCAACACCAGGGAUACAGGGGGGCAGAUGGCGCAAUCGGAGAGAGGGCUCCAGGACUCUUCACUGGACCUCAGUGAGGAGGGCACAGGUCCUCCGCUACCCACGCCCUCCCUGCGCAGAAGACUCCCGCGCAGUGAGAGGAGGAGGAGACUGGGUGUCAAACAACUUUUAUGUUGGAAGAGGUUCAAGAAACGCCCACUGACGGAUUCUGCCAGCGACUGAGGCAGCCACGAUGAGAAAGGGCUGUGCAGUCAGAAAGGUUUAACAAGGCAAAUUAGCCUAGAGAGGCACCAGUUUACGCACGAGUAACUCAUACUCAUUACAGGUUCCUACAUGAGAGGGCUUGCAGAGCAGAAUCUGACAUGGGAGGCAGUGAAGGAGAAGGAAGGGAAGGGAAGACAGUAUAAACAAGAAUAGGUAGUUAUUUCAGCUACUGAUGAGCACAAGGUUCCAUCUGGGAAUGAGUGAGUGAGUCCUUGGAACAACUGCCACAUCCAAAUCCCUGAGAGCUACUGGUGGCCAGGGUGGGAGGUGGAGUCUUCUCUUCCCUACCCUUUCAUUGUUAAUUCAACUGCAGUGGUUGGCAUAGUUUCAGGGCAUGUUUGGCAUCAUACUUGGGGAAGAGGAAGCUGGGUCUGGAUUUGGGCCUUCACCGCCUGCAGAUCAUGGAUGGUGGGACUGUGGCAGAGAGCUGUGCUUUGUGCCAGGGUCCCUCUGGUGGCCCUUCUGCUGAAUCCUAUAGACUCUCAGCUGCCUGCCCCCCUGCCCCCGAGCAUAGGUUUGGCCUCAUUUAUCAUUUACAUCCUUUCUGGUGAUGGCGGCUAUUCUAGAUAGUAAAUAAAACAACAGUGAGACAAUUAAAAAACACCAAAGGGUUAUUCUCAAAGCAGGAUAUGGGGACUUAGGGGGGGGUUAGAAGAUUAAAACAGAUCUAUUUUAAUCUAUUUUUUGUUGGCCAGAUGAAACGAAAAUCUUGCUCUAAUUCUAAUAGACCUUGCAUAACUUUGGGGGACUGUGUUAUAAUGUGCUUGGAAAGGAGUCGUGCUUUGACACUUCAGUUGCUGACAGGCAAAGUGAGUCAGCAUUCCAGCGUCAUCUUGAACCAGGUGACCUCUGCCCUCCAUGACUGAGGCAGUGAAUGGAAGUUCAUGUUCUUCUAGCAUUGUCAUUUGUAUAUGGGGAAACAGAAAUUAGCACUUAACUUUUGGGUGAAACUGAACGCCUUGUUUGAAUAAGAAAUCCAAGGUCCAUUUUGCAGUUAAUGUUUUAUGAACCUACAAAGCUGAAUCACUGGAGCAUCUAUGAGAGGCAGACAGCAUGGUGCCCUCCAAAUAUUGUUGGAUUACAGUUCCGAUAAUCCCAUACCAUUGGACGUGUUGGGUAGUUGGGUACUCCCACUGGGGUCUCUUUCUUCCCCUGAUACAAGGAAGAAUACCUGAGAAUAUUUCAAUAGGGGAUUAGAAUUGGGAACUUAAGCAUGGAAAGUAUAUAUUCUCCCACUGAGCUGUAGUCCUUUCUCCUGACAUAUGGUUUGAAACCUGAAGAAAGAAUUACAAAAGAUUAUAGUGUCAGUCUGUGCAAAAAUAAAAAUUAAAUAAAAAAGUGUUCUAGAAACUUUAGUGAUAAUAGUUGUGCACCCAUGUAUUCUUCAAAUAACUUUAUGCAAUUUUCUGUUGAUUUCCCAUCCAGGGUCAGUUAGCUUAACUUCAGCAGUAGAAUUGCAUCAUGUUCCUUCAGCCUCUUCACUAAGCCAAUCUUAAAAUGAUUUACUGUGACAUGAGCUUUUGUAGUCUGCAGCUUGCAUCAUCAGAUGCAUUAAGUGGACUGUGGACUUCUGGGCUGCAGCACCCUGGAGUAUAAACGGGGGCGGGGCGGGGGGGGGGGAGAAGAGCAAAGGAAGUAACGAGAAUGAAAAUACUGCAUCCUUAUGGUUCAAGUGUCAAAUGUGAUUAUUUAUCUGAUUUCCCUACUGCCUCUCGAUCCAGAAGGAUCCCCCAAACAGCUUACCUAAAAUAAAACAAUACUGUACAGUAACAAUGGAAUCGCUUCUGUUCCUUCCAACAUAUGGCAUGGCUUUCGCGUAGCAUAUUUUACACCCCUCCACACCACUUUUUUUUAUGUCCAAUGGCAGAGAAGGAGGAGCCUUUGGAAGUUGCCAACCCUUGGAUAGAUUGCUGAGUGAUUGUUAAUUUAUUACAAUGCUUGCAAGGUGUGAGGAGGGACAAAGUCUUGCAGCAUUUUAAAGACUGAACACAUUUUAUAAUUAAUGCCUUGCUUCUUUUAUUUAAAAGGCUUAUAUGCUGCUUUUUAGAACCGUCGUGCGACAAAAUUGUCUGCAAUUACUAAGAUACAUCUAUAAAAAAUGAUUAAAAUACAAAAAACUUUUGUAUCUAAUUACAAUAAGACCAAAUAACCACAGACUAAAAUAGGCUAAAACUAGCAUUGGGUGCAUGGUCCAACCAUUCUAACCAAACUGUCGACCUUGCAUUUUCAUCCUCAAAGACCAUUCAAAAAAAGUAUGUCUUUAGAACUCAGAGAUGGGGGUGGAGGGCAGAUGUUUUCCAGAAACCUCUCCCCAAUCCAAGAGGUGUCCCUGGUGCCACUACAUAUGAACUCAGUAUAUGCUAUGCAUGUUAGAGCACCAGAGCUUGAUUAGUAGACAACUAUCGUAGAGCACUUCUUGGACAGAUGCUUUUGACUCAUUUUUUUGAAAUGUGGGAGGCAAGGUGGGAACUUGUUAAUGAAGCACCCCUUUUUGUUGUCCUUAAUUUAUUUUUAAAGUGGUACUCUCUCCAAAUGAUGCAUAUAUCUUUCAGCCUGGCUGCCAACUAAUUUUUUUAGUUGAGGGCCAUCUCUAGCUGCAGUCUCCAGGAAGAUCGCCCCUGUUCCUCACUUUAUAUGCCUUUCCAGAUGCAUAGUAUCUUCUGGUGGGAGAUAAUCUCCUCGAUUAUGUGCUUUGUGUUCUUUUUUCUGCACUUUUUGUGUACGUGUUGCUGUGAGUCCUUUGAUGUAUUAACUAGCAACAAUGCUUUGCCUUGGUUAUCACUUAAUGAUUUUCAAAAAAUGACCUACAGGUUGCUCAGAGGUGGGGACCUGAACAUAUGUUCUUAUGUUCUUACAACCUUAUGUUCUUAGGACCUUGUGGCCCUCCAGAUGUUGUUGGACUCCUGUCAAUCCCAACCAGCAUGGCCAGUGCUUUGGGGUGGUGAGAAUUGUUGUCCCACAACAUCUGUUGGGCAACAUGUUUCCCUCCCCAGGUAGCUCAUGCUUGUCACCAGAAGGGAUGGAAAAUGGAUGCUUUUGGGAUGGAAAAUGGAUGGCUAAUAUCAUAACAGCAUGGGGGAAACUGUUUUGCAAAUAUAUAUGUUGUUUGAAUAUCAGAAAUGCAGUAUUCUGAGUUGCAGGCCCCUUUAAGUCGAAGUUUGGUUGAAGGAAAAUUUAGGAUUAGAGCUGAAAGAGGAAGUGGGAAAGAGCACCACUUUCCCAACUUCCUCCUUAAGUUCUAGGUAUUUUUCAGGAAACCAAAAAGUAACCACCAUUGCCACCUCAUAACCAAGAUGGAAGUCAUUUUUAAGGGAAGGGGGAUCAGGGGCUUUUUGGGCACAAGAGUUCCAUGACGGGGAACUCUGCCAUAGAUGCUGGGUAUUGAACUUGGAUGCCUUGAAGUAAUUGCAGGUUUCUGGAGACUACUUGUCUAGUACCCUGUUGCUUGCUUCUGUGCUUGGUGCUUGUCAUACAAACAUGGUGUCAGUGGUACUUUAUGCUGUCAGCACAGAGAGCAUCACUUGUUGGAGGCAGUUGCUAUUCAGGCUGUCUUACAACAAAAUUACUUGACCCACAUAUAAAGUGGCAUCUCUUGUUCAGAAAGCUAUGAAUUGCUACGACCAGACUGGGAGGAAUGACUGCACCUCUUGCUGUUCCAUUUUCAUCAAUAGGAUGUUGAUUCUUGGAGCUCUUAGCAGAAUCAAUAAAGAUGCUGAUAGAAUCAGACAGUGUAAUACAUUUCUUCACGCUUGACAUGUUGUAAUUUAAGAUGGAAAUGCCUGUACCUGCGGUCUGCUGUGUUCUUAGUUUUAGGAAUUCAUUUUACCUUCUGAGUCUGAAUUUGGAACUGAGUUCAAAAUUUGGAGUAGCAGUACUGCUUUCAUUGAACUCUUCUUACCUGCAUCUGGGUCAUCACCAGGACAAUUGUUCUGUCCUGAAUUAGGGUGAACUUACACAAAUACCCUUCUAAAUUGGGUGUCCUUAGUAGUCUGGUAUGUGUAACUUGUAUGAAUUCGCAUGAUCAGAGCCAUGUGACUGAAAAUGUGGACUAGCACAUACAGAAUAAUUUUCAUGUGGCUGCUCUCUUCAGGUUCCUUUCUCUCCUCUCUUAUCCCUGGUCUCUUCCUUCCCUCUUGCUGGUUUAUUUAAAAUAAGUGCAGUCAAUUCCCAUAAUAUUACAGAAGUUCCUAGUCUGGUCUCCAAGCCAAUAGAACAGGGAUGGAGAACCAGUGGCUAUCCAAAUGGUGUUGGACUCAGUAACUCCCAUGAUCCCUGAGUUGUUAACCUUGUGGGCUGAAGCUGAUGGGAGUUGGAGUUAAGCACUAGUUGGAGAGUCGCAGAUUUAAGAGACUGGCUAAAGGCUACUGGAAUCUAUGUCACACUUAGGAAAUCUGAGCUCUCCCUGUCUGAUCAUAUUAAGAAAGCGUCCAUGUCAAAGUCACAGUGAAUUUAGCGAGUCUUUCUCCUAAGCAUUAAAGUUCCAUGGGGUUGUCUUCAUCUGGAAAAAUGACCCUGCUGAAAUUCCAUUCAAUCCCUUGACUCAGCUCAUAAAUAGGCAUGGAAUCUAUCUUUUUAGCUUUCUUCUAAAAUUUGCAAUUCAGGUUAGACAUGUGCGAAGGGUUAACCACCUAGAAUGACCUAAGGUAAAGGCACUUGAGGGGAUUAUUUUGCACUGGCCACAAAAAUGAUACUUUGCCAUUGUUGGUUGCUGCAAGUGUUAGGGUGGCUGCAGUCUUUCCCAACCUUGGGUCGCCAGCUGAUUUUGGACUACAACUCCCAUCAUCCCUUGCUAGCAAGGGCAGUGGUUAGGGAUGAUGGGAAUUGUAGUCCAAAUACAGCUGGAGACCCACGGUUGAGAAACACUGGGCUAGAGUGUGGUGCUGAAAACACCAAGGUUGCAGGUUUAAUCCCUGUAUGCGACAGCUGCAUAUUCCUGCAUUGCAGAGGGUUGAUCUAGAUGAUCUUCCGAGUCCCUUCCGACUCUGAUUCUGUGACCAGCAAUAUACAUUUGCUUUAACAGCCAUAGGGACGUGGGUGGCGUUGUGGGUUAAACCACAGAGCCUAGGACUGGAUGAUCAGAAGGUUGGCGGUUUGAAUCCCCACAACGGGGUGAGCGCUCGUUGCUCGGUCCCUGCUCCUGCCAACCUAGCAGUUUGAAAGCACGUCAAAGUGCAAGUAGAUAAAUAGGUACCGCUCCAGCGGGAAGGUAAACUGUGUUUCUGUGCGCUGCUCUGGUUCGCCAGAAGCGGCUUAGUCAUGCUGGCCACAUGACCCAGAAGCUGUACGCCGGCUCCCUUGGUCAAUAAAGCGAGAUGAGCAUCGCAACCCCAGAGUCGGCCACGACUGGACUUAUUGGUCAGGGGUCCCUUUUAACAGCCAUACCGGAGGUGGAGUCUAGCUUAUAGUUACUGAGAAACACUUUACUAGGGCACAUUGACAUUGCUACCACUGUUCAAUAACAGGUUCUCCUUGACGCUUCAAGCAGGUGACUGGGGUGGGGGAAUGUGGAGUUGCUUCUUCAAGAUUUUUUCAUAGUUCAGUUGUUCUGUUCCCAGCGGUGUUUGCUCUGCAUACCAAGUACGUGGCGAUUAGUUUGAAAUGGGUAUCUUCCUUUUCUUGUGCAUCCUAAAGACAUCACUUUUGAUGCUCUUUUAAAUCUCUCUUCAAACUAAUUCCUCGAUUAAUAAUGUCGGGAACCUGUUAACACAAUGACAUAUCUGAAGAGUGAGCUUGAAAGGUAUUUUCUUGCCAGUAUUCCUGCUAUGUAAUAUAAACAUCAAGGAUAACCUCGGUAUAAAUGCCCCUGCUUUGAAAGAGUUUUUGAAGUUUCAUUUGUCACUGAGGCGGGAUGCUUGUUCUUGGAAAUUCCUGAGAAGAAAUAGUGUCUCUGGCUAUAUAGAACUUUUUUCAGUGCUCGUGUUGCACAGAAAUAUUGCUGGAAGGGAAAAAUGUCAUUUAGAAAGAAGAAUUCUUAGGAAGGUAGAAGCCUAGUUUCAAUUAUAAAAGGGUCUAGAGAGUUAUCAUAAAGAUUCCUUUUUGUAAAAAACAUAACAAGCUGUGACAUGUUGGCCAAUUUAUGGCGGGAUUCUUGGGUAGUAGAAUCCCUUUUUUUUAGGCUUAUCGUGAGUUGUGUGUUCAUAGCUUUUGUGGGCUUUUCACAUAACAGGGAAACUUGAGACCAUGUUGUAUUGAUGGAAGAUGAGAAAUAGGUGGCCAGGGGAGUGGCGAUCUUUAUCUGGAUUUUUUUGAGGAUUAUCAAGACAGAGAUUUUAAGCUGACAACGGCUCCUGUUGCAAAAGUGUUUCAGUUGCAUCUUAGGUCAUCAGGUGCCAUCUUAGGUCAUCUACAGAUACUUUCAUUGGCAGCGCAAGGCCUGCCCGCUAGGAAUGUGAGAACUUUGCUGUUGAUAAAUUAUUAUUAUGCAAUGAUGAAAUAGAUGCUGUGCAUCUAAAGGCCAUUGGAACACACAAUUUGAACAUCCAGCUUCUGGAAAAUGGAGGUCUGGAUAGGAAGCAAAAGAAGAGACCAUCUGUAGUCAGCAGGGCCUUGUUACCUUAACUAGAAGAAGAGUUUGGAUUUGAUAUCCUGCUUUAUCACUACCCUAAGGAGUCUCAAAGCGGCUAACAAUCUCCUUUCCCUUCCUCCCCCACAACAAACACUCUGUGAGGUGAGUGGGGCUGAGAGACUUCAAAGAAGUGUGACUAGCCCAAGGUUACCCAGCAGCUGCAUGUGGAGGAGCAGGGACGCGAACCCGGUUCACCAGAUUACGAGACUACCACUCUUAACCACUACACCACACUGGUUGCUCUCACCUGUGAGCUGACCUCACCUGGAAUCUUUACAUGUCUUUACUAAAUAAAUGAAAUGUAUGGGCUUGUGGAGUCACCUGGGAAACUCUGACCUGCUGGUGUAAGGAGAGUUUUGUAGUUAAUAUGACUGACAUCUGUUCUUCUAGCUGGUGAAAUCCCUGCCUGGUAUCCCUCAGACCAUCAGUUUAAGACUUUGUAUGGGUUAAUUCAUCACAGCUGUCAGUUCUGGUGGGUGCAGCCACAGACUAACCAUGAGUCACUACUGCAAUGUGGUGGCUGAAAUGCCUAUUGCAAUCCUGGACUGCAUCAGCAGAAGUAUAGUGUCAACAGAAGUAACAAUACCGCUACCCAAUCCUCAUAACCCCCAUGAAAUUGCAACAAAGGUCUACAUUCAGCCCUGUCGCUGCAGGUUGCCCAUCUGUAGUCAUCUAGAAGAACAUCUGGGUGAGUUCAAUAGAAUUUUAGUAACUAUCUGCCUAAAAUAAAAGGUUGUGUAGAUGGCAGAUCAAAAGUUAUAUUAAAAGGGAUUGAAGAUUUCCUUCUGGGACUUUUGAAGAUAAAUAUUUAACAACAUAAAUGGAAAUCAAUUUAAAUGGUGCACUUGGCAGAUAGUGGGUUUUUGUUUUUUAUGUUGCUUUUUGGAAACUGUUUAUCCAGAACACUCAAUAUUCAGUUUCUUUGUAGACCAGGCAUAGGCAAACUCGGCCCUCCAGAUGUUUUGGGACUACAACUCCCAUCAUCCCUGACCACUGGUCCUGUUAGCUAUGGAUGAUGGGAGUUGUAGUCCCAAAACAUCUGGAGGGCCGAGUCUGCCUAUGCCUGGUGUAGACAUUUGAUAUUUCCACAAAAGUACUACAUUAGUAGCUUCUGCACAAUUGCCAUUCGUUUUGAUGAAGGACACAAAGCACAGAUUUCCAUCAGAUUGUUCUCAAAAUACCUUCCUAACAUAUCUGAGUUUGUUUAGGUUCCCUUUUUCGUUUUUCAGACUUUCACAGGUCUGUCACCGUGCAAUGAAUGUUAUCAUUCAGUAAGGGACAUUUGACUGUCUUGUUACAUGGAGGAAUUAUUUUAGGACAGCUAUAACCUGCUGUUUAAGUAAAUGUUAGCAAAACGGGUGUUCUGUUUUGAAAUUGAUUUAGUUUAGGUGCGGGGGACCUUUGGCCCUCCAGAUGUUGCUGAACUGCAGUUCCCAUCAGCCCCAGCAAGGAUGGCUAACAGCUAGGAAUGAUGGGAGUUGUAUUUCAGCAACAUCUGGAGGGCCAAAGUUUCCCUACACCAGCCUUAUUGAAAUCAAAAUAUAUCCAUUUAUGUCAAAAACACACUGUCCUUUCAAAUGCACAUGUUUGUAGCCAUGACCUAUAUGGCAUUAAAAGUUUGAAUAUUGGAAAUAAAAUGUGCUGCCUUUUUCCUCUUGGGUGUGUUUAAGUCUUUUCAUCCACUUCUCCAGACAUUAGAAGUAGCUUAUUAAUAUUGCUAAAACAAAUACAAUGAUAAGUAAAUGGCAUUGAUCCAUAAGAGAUCAGGCCCCCAUCCCCCUAUCAUCCUACUAUGUCUCUCUAUCUGCCUGGGUGAGACUCCAGUGCCUUGUAAAAGGCAUAAUUACCACUUUAGGGCAACACAAGCAAAACUACUUAUUAGCUUGUGAUUAUGAUGAUGCGCAUAGUCUGCUGCAAGGGGGGCAGGAAGCGUACUUUAGUGCUUUUCUAUAGUGACAGCCUGUUUAUAGCCCUAUGUGCAAUGUACAGUUAAAGUAGCAUCAUGCCACUUUAAAUACCCAUGGCUUCCCUCCCCCAAAUCAUGGGAGCUGUAGUUUGUUAAGGGUCAUGAGAGUUGUUUGGAGUACCCUACUCCCCUCACAGAGCUACAGUUCCCAGGGUGGCUUAACAGUCCAUCCUUCUUCCCAAGCUGCAGUUCCAGGACUCAUUGGGGGAAGUCCUGAAUGUUUAAAGUGGCGGUUGUUGGCAUCCAUUUGUCUCAAGAGACAAUGGAGUGCGCCUCCAGGGGUGAAAUCAAACUGCUCCUUAGCAGCACCAAAGUGAGCUUCCUGGGGCACAAGCCUGGGCAGUGAGUAUGGAGGUCAGAUGACAAGACCCCCCUCUCGGCAUCACUGAUGUGGUCCAAAGGAAAACGGCAAUACCUUUGGCACCAGCAUGGCUGUAGGAGUUUCCAGAAGGAGGGGUACAAGGCACCAUCCAACCUUCUUAGGAACUCCACUUUGGAUUUGUGUAGGGUUUACUCCUUCACCUUUUCAUCUCCCAAAGGUAUCCUGCAAAGCAGCGGAGGUUUAGGAUCAGAGUUUCCCUUCUCCUUGAUGGGCUACCUUCCCAGGUUGUUGAGCCCUACCUGCCCCUCACUUCUUCUACAGCCUGUGCAGAAACCACCUUCUUGACCAUUGGACUCACGAUUGGUCUUGUCCACUCAUUCUGCUGGAGCUUGUCUUUGCAUGCAUAGGAAGUCCCUAACUCACUGAGUGUUUCAGACCAAUCAGCUACCCAGUUGGUUUAUCGGGCCAUUCAAAGCCGUUCCUGGGGUGUGGCUUCUGCCACAUGCUGACAGCUUAUAGGAGCCACAGGUGAGAGCUGAGUGCAGGGUGCGGACCAAAGGUGGACAAACUACCCCAGAAGGAGCAUGACGUGUCCCCCACCAGAGAUACUACCCAUCCCCUAACACCCCAUACAAAGAGAUACUUCUUUAAAUGUAUAGUGCAGAUGGGGCCUAACUAGAGAGAAUUUCCUUGUCUUCUCUGUGGCCUUUUUAGUGCCUUAUAAAGACUUUUUUGUUGUUUAUCCAGGCUUUUAAAUUGUAUUAAAUCUAGGAUGUGUUAUGCUUCCUUGGUAAUAUAUAUUGCUGCCUUUAUUAGUUGGUUUUUAAUCAAAUGACAUUGCAUUUUUAGCAUGUUUUGUUUUCAAGCCACCCAGGGGAGACCCAGGGACAGUGUGUAUCUCCAAGACAAACUGAUUUAAAAAUAAAAUAAAAACAAACUUGGAAUAUAAUUGCCAUUCCUUUAAAGAUUCAGUUUGGGGACGGGAUGUGUAUUCCCCCCAACCGUUUCUUUUGAAUGUGGGGAAUCCUGGCUGACAUGUUCUUAAGCAUGGAAGUAACCUUUUCAGGACAGAUGUCUUGGGUGUACAAGGACAUAAAGCCAGCUCUGCCCUUAACAGCAGGUGCAAUGCUUGUGAGAGAGGUUGUCCUCACCAUGACCGCAAAAAAUGUAGUGCCCUGAUUAAUUCGACUGUUGUGCCCUCUAGGAGGAACAAAUGUCUUUGUAAUGUUUUGUGUAUUCUUGGUAGAUUCAAGACCACAUCAGAACUAAUGCAACAGGGAGCUGUUUUUUGUUUUUUUUUAGUCUUUGAAGCAGAUGGGGAAGGAGAAAUGUUUCCUUCUGAUUUCCCCACCCCGCCUCCCCGAAGGAGAAGUCUUUUUGGAGGUUGCCAGGUCUUUUGUCUCAUUGUCAUUACAUUAUGAAUAUUCAUAGUAGCACUUCAUUGCCUAAAAGGAUGCUGCCCACAGUAUUUCAGGAGUUCACAGGAAGUGGCAGUAAUUAGUAAUCUUUCCUAUAUUUCAAAUAUUACAUCAAUUUUUAAAAUAAAUGUGACUUAGGGAUGCAAUUGUGCAACUAGGUUUGUUUGGUCAACUUACAGAUUUGAAAAUAAGGGACCAGCAGCCUCGAAAAUAAGGGAUCAGCAGCCAAAAUAAGGGAUCAACAAUUACUUUGAUAAAAUACAUAUUUUGUUUCAUGCAAAUGGCUUUAGAUACCUAUUAGGUCCAUAAAUUACCAUAUAGCAUAUAUUCAACACAAAAAAAACAGCAACAAUUUGUUGUUGACAAAGGACAGCUGGACAUAGAAAGGGCCCCAAUACCUUCAGUAGCUUAUUUAAGGGACAUCAUCAAUAAGGGACAGCAGCGGGACAUGGCGCUGGGAUAAGGGACUGUCCCGCCAAAUAAGGGACGCUUGACAGCUAUGGGUUUGUUUCAGAAUCCAUGCAGUUGCAUAGCUGAAAGGAUUUUGAAUGUGCACUUUUACAACACAGUUUUAUGCAUGUUUACUCAGAAGUAAGUCCCCAGUAGUAAAUGGUAAAUAACUCAUUUGAGGUCUUUUACAAUAAAGCAGUGUAAAAUUUUAUGAAAUAAGUAGGUAGAUAGUCCCAAUGUGCCAUCGUUAUUCCCCUGUAAGUGUGUUCUCUGUAAGUACUCUCUGAAGCAAUAUCCUGUUCAUGAUUCUCAUGUGUGGCUACACUUCUUAAGUUGCUGAUCUUGGGUACAGGACCAUGUUUAGGAGAUUGAGAAGUCCAUUGUUUGUACUGGCCUUUAGAACUAAACCUGGUGAUAUAAUCUGGGCAGAAAUUAAUCUUUCUGCUUGCAUUACUCUGCAAUGUGUAAGUCUUAUUGUUUGCCCUCAUAUGUUCUUCAAUAUUUGUUUCCCAGAUGUGGUUGCACUAUAAUUUCCAUCAUCCCUUUUUGUUGGUUGGCAGGUUGGUUGCAUUAGAGAAGGCAUAGGCAAACUCUGACCCUCCAGAUGUUUGUGACUACAAUUCCCAUCACCCCUGACCACUGGUCCUGUUAGCUAGGGAUGAUGGGAAUUGUAGUCCCAAAGGUCUGGAGGUCCGGAGUUUGCCUAUCCCUGCAUUAGAGUUAUAAUGCAACAUACAUAUGAAGGAUACUACUCUGAUAUAAACUCUUACUGAAACUGAGUGAAGAUAACUAAAUUACUCCUCCCUGUUAUCCCCCUGCUUUGCCCCCCAUCAGAGUGCUUUUUCUAACUGAAUAUAUUCUAUUUGAACUCAUGACUUUCUACUACUGGCAACAUACCCGUCAGUCUCUGAUCAUUGUGCAGACGUUAACACUUAGCCAUAGUUUGCACUAAUCAUAGUUUGCUGUCAUAUCUUUGGUUAAGAUCUUCCAAGAUACAACUAGGUUUUAACUUGCUAAGCCAGUCUUUCCCCUGAAGGGUAUUAUAGAGUGAAACCUAGGCUUGUGCCUUUGCAGGCAGAGAACCAGGGAAACUCUUAACCAUGUACUGAAUAACCAUGGCUUGCAAUCCAUGGCUCUGCAUUCUAAAUUGCAGCUAAUCCUUAACCAUAAUUUUAUGUACAGUGGUACCUUGAUUUACAACCAUAAUCCGUUCCGGAGGUCCAUUUGUAAACCAAAACAGGUUGUAAUCCAAGGCGCGCUUUCGCCAAUGGGGCCUCCAAAAGAAAUGUGUUCGUAAUCCAAAAGGAAAAGAAAGGGUUGUAAUAAAAAAAAGGUUGCAAACUGGGACACACACUUCCUGGUUUGACGUGUUUGUAAUUCAAAACGUAUGCAAACCAAGACGUAUGCAAACCAAGGUACCACUGUAUUUGGAUGGAAUGUUUAACCAUGGGGAAGGCAAAAAUUCACUAUGACUGAUUGUUUAUGUCUGCUUUGGGUCUGCGUGUUUAUUUAAUGCAGGACUGAGUUUGCCUCUAAAGAACCAACUUUCAGAAACAAAUGCUCUUAACCACUAGUCGCAGCAUCUCAUGAAUUGUGUUUAGCCUAUUACCCAUGAUGUCAUGAGUUCAGCUGUGCUGUUUAAGAUGGAAACUCAAUCUGUCAGUGUCUGCAGCUGCUGUUCUAAAUAGAACGUCGUUGUCAUGUGAUGAGCAGCAUGGCUGUCAAAACAUGUCGAGAGAAACGGGUAACACAAAUAGUCCUUGUACAUAAAAUAUUUAUGGAGGGAAAUGCAAACUUUUGAGCAACCUGGCAGGCAGUUGGCAUUGUGGAGAUUGAAGCGUUGCAGCAUGAAGGUUAAGGAGAAUGUAGUGUGUCAUUUUGUUCAGUUCUGCUCCGGAAGAAUGGGUGUGUGGGAAGGGGAGGAAUCUGCAUGCUGAUUUCUGUUGGGCCUUGACUCAUUCAGUUUCAACGCACAGCCAUUGCCUUCCACCAUUGUUUUCCCGCUGGAGUCUUUGUUUUCGAGUUGAUCACGUUGCCUUCUGUGAGUCCCUGGACACGUCUGUAUUUAAGGCAAUAAACUGACCAGGCUGCCAAAGUGGUGAAUCAUUCUAUGCAUAAUGGUAAAUCAGGGAUGCCAUACCAUUGAUUUAUUUAUUUACAUUCACCCUUCAAAUUGCUAGUUCAGUGGCAACAGCUGUGUAUUUUUUUUGGGGGGGGGAGGGAAGGAAUCAAAUACCCCCAAAGGAAACUCCUUUAGCCAACAAACUUGGAAGUCAGAUUUUUAAAUCUUACUACAGACAGACAAAGAUUUAUUAACUCCAUGCUUAUAUAAUCACAAAUAACUCAAAAAUGCAUUUUACGGGUAUAACACUGGGCCAAAUGCAUUGGGUGCUCAAAUUUAAUAGAGCGUGAUGGGACGCGGGUGGCGCUGUGGGUUAAACCACAGAGCCUAGGACUUGCUGAUCAGAAGGUCAGUGGUUCGAAUCCCCACAACAGGGUGAGCUCCCGUUGCUCGGUCCCUGCUCCUGCCAACCUAUCAGUUCGAAAGCACGUCAAAGUGCAAGUAGAUAAAUAGGUACCGCUCCAGCAGGAAGGUAAACAGCAUUUCCGUGUGCUGCUCUGGUUCGCCAGAAGUGGCUUAGUCAUGCUGGCCACAUGACCUGGAAGCUGUCUGCGGACAAAUGCCGGCUCCCUCGGCCUGUAGAGCGAGAUGAGCACCGCAACCCCAGAGUCGGUCACGACUGGACCUAAUGGUCAGGGGUCCCCUUUACCUUUUUUAAUGGUUGGGGAUAAUGGGGGUUUGUAGUCUAGCAACAUUUGGAGAGCACCACAUUGACUACACGUGGCUAAGACCACUUUUGAAAGUUCCAUGAAAGUGAAAGGGAUGGCCAGUUAUCCACCAGCCAUUUGCCUUUUGGCAAAUUUUUCUUGGUCACCGUGACAUCAGCUGCUGUUCCCUUCAGAAAUGGCUCCUCCUCAUUUCUUGUGUGGCUGCAUUUCAAAGUGGGAUUCUACCACUGAGAUGAUAGCCAUGGAACUUCUGUUUCAUCUAGGAAUGGUGGUAUUUAUUGCUUCUUACACUUUAUAGUAGGGACGUGGGUGGCGCUGUGGGUUAAACCACAGAGCCUAGGACUUGCCAAUCAGAAGGUCGGCGGUUCGAAUCCCCACGAUGGGGUGAGCUCCCAUUGCUCGGUCCCUGCUCCCGCCAACCUAGCAGUUCGAAAGCACGUCAAAGUGCAAGUAGAUAAAUAGGUACCACUCCGGCGGGAAGGUAAACGGCGUUUCCGUGUGCUGCUCUGGUUCGCCAUGCUGACUACAUGACCUGGAAGCUGUACGCCGGCUCCCUUGGCCAAUAAAACGAGAUGAGCGCCGCACUUUACACUUCAUAGUAAGGACAUAACCAGUAUAUAGGAUGCUUACAACAGAGCAGAAGGCAGUAGAGGAUGCUCAUUACUGCACCCUCGACACAUACCUCUGAUGUUCGCACAUGGAAUAUUUUGUGUGUACAAAUAGGAAUAAAAAGCAAUCCCUGAAGCAGUAAUGUAGUGGACUGCUGUCAUUGUAUCCUGCGCUGCAGCAGAUCCAUCAGUGAACAAGAUGUUGUAGUAGAGGACUUCCAAAGUCUGUAUGAACCUUGGAUCUAUUAAAAAAGCCUGCUUGCUCCCAGCCUUAUCAAGUAAGGGUUGACAACUGCAGAUCCCUGAGCCAAAUCCAGUCCUCUUAGAAGAGCUUUGUGACCCAAGAUACUACCUCUGUAGGUGCAUUCUCUCACCCACCAGUCCUGGGACAGGGGGAGAGAAUGAUGCACAGGAAGAGAGGGCAUUUAGCACGCAAUGCUAAGCUAAGACAACCAUGGCUUAGCCCAGAGUAGUGUUGCAGCAUCAGGACUGGCAGAGGUGCGCUGUGGCUGCAGUCUUCACUCCAGGAACCCUCGUUUGCUUGUUCAUGUUAAGCCACGAGGAUUGAGAGGCUGGAACUGUUCUUCUAUGAGGAAAGGUUACAGCAUUUUGGAGCAGCACAACUCUAGAAAAAUAGAAGUGCAUCAGUCCAGUGGCUGUUAAACUGGGUUUGAAGAUUGGUAAUGGUAUACAAGCUUCACUGAAAGAUUGUUUCCUUGCUGCUUUUGAUUCCACCACCACCCUGCAAUGUAUAACUGCCAGGAGAGUGUCUGGGUGUUUUCUCUAGGAUGCCGUCUCUGCAGAACAGUCCUGAGGCCAAAUGGUUCCUGUCCAGUGCUGCUAAUGAGGCAACACAUAGAUAACAUCUUCCAGCAAACAUCUUUUAAAACCCUUAUAGCAUUCUGAGUUUUUAAAUUGAUAACUAAGCUGUUGAAGAAACUAAUUGAGCAUUCUACAAGCUGAAAAAAUGUAGGAGCUUGAUUUUAAGGCUCUUGCAAUGUCCCGUGGGCCACGGAUAACUUGCAGAUCAGUUUCUUCUUAUGCACUGAGUGAGAUUUGCAAGCACAUUCUGCAUUUUGCAGCUUGCAGGAGUUUUGAAGGUUUUUCUUAGUCUCCGCACUUGUUAUGCCAGAUUCAUUUGUCUGGUUCAGCAUAGUGACAGAAAGAAACAAAAUGAAUUUGUUAGGGUCAGUGCUUCACAAUGUGAAGCUUGACUUUUGAUAGGCAACGCGGCCGAGUUUGCACUCCAAACAAAGCAUCUGUAGGACUUUACAGGCUGCCAUCUGCUUCUGAAAACCUUUGUUAGCAAGGAGCGAUAAAGCAAUCUGCACACAAUUCUUUUCUUUCUCCCCCCCACCCUGCUUGAAUGUGGGGAGAAGGGGAGAAUUAUUACUCGCGAGUCUUUGUCUGUACGAAGUAAAUCUUAACUGAAGACUAUGCCAAGGGGGGAAACUCUAAAAAUAAAAGAAAGGGAGAUCUAGCAGGGCUGCUCAUAGGUCCUUAAAGAAGGGCUGCUCAUAGCAGGGCUGCUCAUAGGUCCUUAGUUCAGUUACACAGAUUUUUAAGGAUGCUUCCAUCCAAAAGAGGUGGGCAUUAUGUUUUACCAUGCAAUACAGGCAAUGAUUCUUAAAACGAAAUGCUGUGCCUUCUCUAAUAAUAUACUGUACAAUAUUUUUGUGACACAAACUGGCUUAGCUCCAGACAUGGGAGGCUGUUGCAAAGAAAAGUUUCCCAGCAUUUGCUGUGGAAAUGCACAGCCUUGGAUUUAAAGGCUCCCUGGGGAAUGGGAGUUUCUAUUCCCAACAUUUACACAAAUGUGCAGGGCGGCCCCCCCUCCAAGGCACACACUCGCCCCCCCCCAAGGCACGGGAGACCUUUUGUGCAAUUACACAAAAGGUCUCCCAUAUUUUGUGCAAUUACACGGCUUCUAUCACACAGUUCAUUGCUCCAAAUGCUGAAGCAAUCUAAUAAUUACUCAGUUAUUAAAUCAUUGUUGGUUUACCACAAAUACGUUUGAAGGUAAGGGAAGUUGCAUCUUGGAGCUGAUGCCCAAUAAUUGCGUCCUCAAGAUGAUAAUUUGAAAUAUUUCCUUCCUUCAGUCAAAAUCUCUGUAUCUCAUGGAUGAGAAAGUAAGUGAUGUGGCUCUCGCUAAAUGUCUAAGCGGAUUUGUCUAGAUAUGUGCCGUGGAGGGAUUAGCCCAUAUAUUAAUUCUUCUGUGCUUAGAUAGUCCAGUGCUAAAUCUUUGUGAAGGUUGAAACCAUUCUUCAAUGGGGAGGAGGGAGGAAUUCCUUUUUCUGUAGUGUGGCGUGUGUGUGUGUGUGUGAAGGGCCACAGGUUCCCAACUCCUGAGCAUGACAGGAUGUUGCUCGUUCAGACAGAAGAGACUAGGAAUCCAGUUUGCCUACCUUUUCACCAGCUGAUCUGUGAAUUCUCAUCUCUGAAUCAAAAUGGCACAGUAAGUGGAACACAUACAGAAAAGAGGAAACUCUUGAUAGGUGUUGCAUUUGAGUCAGGAGCUUGGAAUUUCCAAGGUCCUGUUUCCCAGAGCAUAUUGUUAUUGGUGAAUAGUAGCAUGGUGCUUUUUAAAAAAAACCUUGGGUAUCAGUUAUCCUGUCUCAAGGAAAGAUUUAGGCUAGAUAAGGGCUCUUAGAUUUUCUAUCCCAAGGGCCCACUUGAAGUUGGUUAGAAAAAACAGAGGCCUACCUGUCACAAAAUGGUGGUGCAGAGAUAAAGCUGGUCACAAAAUGGUGGCAAAUGGAGGCAGAAUUUGGCACAAUCAAUUGGCAAUUUAUUGCUAUCUAACCCAUCUUUGGAAACAGCUUUUUUUUGGGAGGGGGCGCAGCCUUUUCCAUGUAGCAAGGAGUUUCAUGGUUCAGCCUUCCUCAAGCUAAGGAUGGACCUUUGUUCUGGAGGUAUUUUGACUCAGCCUUCCCAGUUUAGGCAGAAUUUGCUGAUUUAAGACUCUUAAGUGGAUAUGGCUUUUUCUUCCCACCCUACAUGCCUCUCAAAAAUAUUGGCACAACUGGGGGCAGGCCAGGCCAGUGAUGAGGACACUGGGCAAGCUGUGGCACUGAAGCCCACCAGAUAGUGGUUCAAGGCCCACCGGUGACUCCAGGUUCACCGUUUGAGAAACACAGGGCUAGAUUAUGGGGUGUGUUUGAACCCUAUUCUUCACUUUCACAGCUGGCACUUGAAAAUCUGACAUGCUAUUGCUCUGCACCGACACAUCAAAUGCCUCUCUUAGGCUACUGUCCACUGUGGUAGCUGGAUGAGGACUCUCGGAUGUAAUUCGAUCUUCUCUAGCCCAAGGUAAAGCUGCAUUCCCAUGGAAUUCAGAUAUGGAUCAAUGCAUUGCUUGCAGCAUGGCAGGGGGAAAUGAAGUCAUGGUUUCUUUCUGUAUUUCUUGUGUAGCUUUUUAGCACGGCAAAAUCUGGCCACAAUAAGAGGUUUUAAAUCAGCUUAGUGAAAGCAAGGCUGUAAAUGCAUGUGGAAAAAACUAUGGAUUGUAGCUUUUUCACAUAUAGUCAAUAAGGGACCGGAAGGCUGGCGACAUGGAUCAUCUCCAUCACUUAGCUAAAGCAGAAAUGCAAUUACAAAAAUGUUACCCAUGGGAGCAUCAUAUGGCUUUGACAGUCCUUGGAGGGCAUGAGUUCGGAAAAGAAAGGAUGGAUUACUUUGUUCCAUAAAUCUAGCUUUUGAAGUGUGUUAUUGAUCCUUCACUUAACCUUUUUUUCCAGAACUCCCAUAUCUAUUGGAAAACAAAUGUGGCAGAAUGGAAAUUACUCAUUGAAAGCAGCAGACAGUCGCUGUGACGUCUUGGUGGGGUGGGCUUUGAGUCUUCCAUAAUAUAUGGCUUAAAGCAUCUUGUCUGCCUUUUAUCUCUCUUGUUCUGAUGGCUCUAAUUUAAGGGGUGAAACACACUGUCAAGUUUCUUUUUUUGGUUUUCAAAUAGGCGCUUGCGAUCUGAGCUAGUGUGGUGCAUUAGCUAGAGAGUGUCAAGCUGCAGAAUGAGGACACCUGGGUGAAAAUUCCUGCUCAUCUGCAAAGCCUAACUGGGGAAUCUUGGCCCAGUCACUGUCUCACAACUCUUUGUUGCUGUGAGGAUAAGAUGGAGGGCAAUGACCAUGUGUACCCAUUUAUUUCUUUGGGUUUUCUGGAAAAUUUUGAAUGAGCUUUCCACAGCCCUAAAUCCAAUGAUGUUCUACUUUGACUCAUUUUCUUAGUUCUGUCUACUAAAUGGAUAUGAUGUUAAUUGCACAUACUGUGUAAAUCAGGGGUUGGCAAGGUUUGCCGGCCAUGGGCCAGAUCACUCCUAUGGAGAUCGUCCGUGGGCCGGACUGGCGCAGCGUGAUGCCGGAAAUCGCACCUGCGCAGAAGCGAUGUUCGGCAUCUGGACAUGCACAGAUGUGAUUUCUGGUAUCUGUGCGUGUGCAGACGCCAUUUCAUAGAAAGUAGAACAUUGCCCAAAAUGUGUCCCUUUUCUCACCACAGUCUUGUCGUGAUUGGAACAAUGAUAGCCAACAUGGUGCUCUCCAGAUGUUGUGAACUGCAGCUCCCACCAUCCUUCACCAUUGAUUGUGUUUGCUGGGACUGAUGGGAGCUGAAGUCCACAAACAUCUUCAGAGCACAACUCCUGGGUGUAUAAUUCUUAAGGGAACAGGUUCCUUCUUGGGAACCGGACCUGGCAAGCUCAGCAUCCAAUUCUUUGCCAAGAAAACCAUGGAUCACAUGAGUGACUCUCAUAUUUUCAAAGUUCUGGAAUUUCCGCCUGUGGCUGGGAAAGAUCCCUUCGCAGAACAGACACUCCUUUUUCCUGAUCUGAUGACCAGGAAACCAAGAUCACCAUACACUGAAGUUCAGUGCCCUCCCUUUACUGUGAGGUAAGCACAGAGUGUUUAAAUAUCUUGGCUCCAGGGCCGUCUUAAGUACAUCCGGUAACAUGGUGCAAACAUCCCUCCGGCGCCCCCCCCCCCGGUUUCCCAGAGUUGCCAACCUUUUUACGGUGCUGCUGGCAGCUUUGUGGGGCUGGAGGAGGCGGGCAGCGGCUGGAGGGCGGCUUCUCCGGCAGGGAAGAGGCGGAGGCUCUGGGCGCAGCACUGGUUCAGCGAGGCGGGCAAAGGUGGUUCUAACCACUGUUAACAGACCAGAAAUGCUAUGCCUGCACCAGGCUGCUUUUAAAACGGCAGUGUUUCUCCUUAUGGGGGAUGUUUAAUGGUAAUUAGUAUAAUAUAUGCCAAGCUUUCCUCCCCCCCCCCAAGCAUGUUUUGAUACAGAUGCACAGAACUAGAUAUUAAUGCAAAGCUGUUAUAUCUCUGCAUGCACUAGAAAUGUUGACAGCCAAUUUCCACUCUUCCCAGAUUGACAAAUAAAUGUCAACGAGCAGCUUCCCCCUCUUCCACCCUGCUCCAUAGAGGUUUAGCUUGUCAGUUUGUACAUGACAACCAGGAAUGUAAAAGCUGCAAUCAGCAUAAAUGUAGUUUAGCUUUGGAAUUAAAAGAAGUACAGUACAACAUUUUUAAAGCAUAACCUUCUACUUCUCUAACAUACUGAUUGUGUUGGUCACAUCUAGGCAAUGUAAGUUCCUUCUAACUUGUAAGGAAAUGUUUUUGCUUUCAGAAGAUUCUGUUUCUAAAGUAGCUUGUGUUUCUUGUUCCCGUUAACUUUUAAUUUUAUGAAAAUUUAAAGCCUCAACCAUUUCAGUUAGUCCCUUUAAGUUCUGUUUUUGUAGUGUAUUAAAAUUGGCACUUUGAAAAGCAUGGUUGAUAGCUUUGUGAUCUAGUCCUUGCAGGGCUAACUUUCUAGAGACUAUGAAUCUUGAGCAGUUGUCUGGUGAAACUGUGGCUGAGUCGCCACAGCAGUUAAUACAUGCGUAUAACAGAUGCAAGAGUUGCUUGUGCCUACUCACUAGUACGGUUUCAAUAUUUAGUUGGGUAAUUCAUUAGACUGCUCAAUUGAAAGCAUAGCGACUGUUGAAAAAGGUGCCCCAUAUUAAUUGCUCAGCAGAUAAAAACGCAAUACAGUGGUACCUCGGGUUACAUACGCUUCAGGUUAUAUACGUUUCAGGUUACAGACUCCGCUAACCCAGAACUAGUACCUCGGGUUAAGAACUUUGCUUCAGGAUGAGAACAGAAAUCGCGUGGCGGCAGCGGGAGACCCCAUUAGCUAAAGUAGUACCUCAGGUUAAGAACAGUUUCAGGUUAAGAACGGACCUCCAGAACGAAUUACGUUCUUAACCCGAGGUACCACUGUACAAGCACAAAGUGUAUAUUGGUAAACACAGAUAGCCAGUGUCAUCUUAAGAGAGGUUUGCAGCCCUUGUAAAACAGGAAAUCUGUAUUGGUCUCUAAGAUGCUUCAGUGCCAUUUGUUGAAUAACAUAAAGACUUUAUUAUUUAUUCCAUUUUGAUGGAAAUUUCCUUUUCAUACACCAGCAACUUGCUGUUUGUUUGAAUGACAAUCAGUUGCUCUUUCUAUCUCUGAGAAUUUGCCUCUAUCAAAUUUGGGAAGAUCUGCCCUUCAGUUAAUCCUGACCUUUCUAUACUUCAGUCUGGUCUAAAUGCGCAGAGAAUUGUAAAUCUGGCUUCUAUUGCUGUUUCUAUGACAACUUUGGGAGGUUUCUAAACAUGUCAGGGGUGCCCCAAAAUUGCAUCUGUAUUGUGACUUGAUAUUCAUUCUUUUUAAAUUGGAGUGUUUAAGGUGUCUUUUUGAUUUCUGACAAUAAAAUGAGUACUCUUUUUAUUGAAGCCUCCAUCUAGCAUUCCAUAUAUGUUGCACUGAAGUAAACAUAAAUAAUUUUGUAGGGCUUGGUUCAUGCAUUUUCUCUGUAUGGAGCUGUUUCUACAUACAACCCUUGUGCAUAGUUGAGUUCUGCACAUGUCUUCAGCUCUAUGGGUAAUUACAUUCCCCCACUCCUAGCCUGUGUCAUUCACACAUACAUGGAGAAGCAUCCAAAUGAUUCAGGGAAAGCUGGCAUCUUGAGAAGAACAGACCUUUUCUCAUUGGUGGAGAAUGCAAAUAUUCCACACCUCUCCCAGCUUCUAUCAGUUUGAAUGGGUGUAGCUCAGCAAGAGUGCAUCACAUGGUUCCCCUGAUAAUGUUAUCAGCUUGGAUAUAAUUGGGAUUUUUUCCAUGCACCAUGUAAGCUGUCUGCAAACAGGUUUAGUUUCCCCAAAAUUUUAAUAAAAUGUGUGCUGCGUUUAUCUUUUUUUUUUUUUAAGCCAGCAUCAAUUGGUGCCUAAUUUACUUCUUCACUAACUAGCUCAAAGUUGCGCUGUGGGCAUAUUGUAGUCCUGCACAACUUAUAGCUUUGCACGCAUGCACCUCCACUUUUUAAUCCAUACUUAUUGCUGACAAGCAGGGUGGGGAGUGGCAAUGAAAUUCCGUGUUUUGAUGAGAACAUAUUGGUACCUACUGUGAUGCUGCCUGCAUGGGCUUCCCUGUAGUAGUAGUAAUUGGAAUGCUUUGCGCCCGCAUUUUCAAAGUGAACAUAUGUGAACUCUGUAGGGUUAGGAAUCUUUCCAAAUCUAAAUCAUGGAAAGCAGCUUGGCUUUAUGUGAACUAAUCUGUUAUGUGUGUGGGAUUUCUUUGUCACAUUGGAGUUAAAAAAAUGCCAUUUCUAGGUUAUUUACAUUUGGAGAAAUGUGAUAUGCAUACCCACCCACCCACCCACCCACACCCAAACCAAGGGUCCAUCUUAUUCAUUAUUCUGCUCCCCCAGUGGCCAACCAGAUGUCUGUGCGAAGCCCUCCCUGUAGCAGCAAUACAGGUGUGAAAUAAUGAGAAGAGCUUUCUGCUUUGCAUGCAGAAAGUCCCAGGUUCAAUCCCCAACAUCUCCAGGCAGGGCUUGGAAUGUCCCCUCCCUUCAAAAAGCUGCUGCCAGUCGGUGUAGACAGUACUGAGCUAGAUGGACCAAUCGUCUGAUUCUCUUUAGGGCAGCUCCCUGUGUUCCCAAGUUCUGCAAGUACAUGGACUGAGUUGGUGGUAUUUAUCAUUCCUGCCUGCUGGGCAUCUUCUCUUCUAGCAGAAUCUCAAUGUGGUCUGCAGUUAGGGAGAGAGGGCUGGAACAACAUGCCCCCACCCACCCAAAUUUGGGGUGGCACAGUGUGGAAGCAGCUCCCCAUGCAUACAUCUGGAGACGUGCAUGGAUGAGGUAUUGUGCUGGCAGUACUUCCAUUUGAAGGGUCAAAGGAGGGGUGUGCAAUAAUGACAUGCCUGUUGUGACAAGGCUGGGAAGACAGCUUUCUAGAUUUUUCCUCCCCUGAAGGAAAAUCAGUUCCUCUGUGUGUAUGAGCUGUUCCGCUGCCGGAUGUGUACCACUCUGCAAAAUCUAUAUAUUUGCUCAAUUCGUUUGAGGGCUUAAAUGUGAUUCAAAGACUUCUGCUGUCAGAUACUUGGGUUUUAUUGUGUUUUAUUUGCACACCGCUGCUAGCUGAAAAUUCAGUCUCUUGGUUUUCAUCUGUCUGCUUUUUAAGAUGUGCCUUCACUUGCUUGUGCAGGCUUUGUUUAGAGAAGUAACACCAUCAUAAAAUCUGUCUGCCUUGCCCUUGACUACUGCUUGAAAAAUUUACUCAAAUCUAGGGAAUUCUCCACACCCCAGACUACUGGAAAAACUAUAUGCUUUGGUCUCUGCAAUAAUGAAAGUUGUAGAACAAGGUAUAUGUUGCUGGGUACCAGACAAUGGAAUUGAUAUGCAACAGGUAAAGUUCUGAAAAUUACUAAGUAUUCACUACCCACUUGGUGAGGGCAGUUAUCUUUUUCUCCCUUGAAAAAUACCCAGAGCUGAAAUAGAAAGUUGGAAGUGUGAUGCACUUUCCUACUUCCUCUUUGAGCUCUAUGUGCUUUUUAAGGCUCAGAUUAAGUUGUAUUGGAGCCAACUUUUUCCCUGAAGAAGAGAAGUGCCCGUUUCCCUUUUCCGUCUCAGGGUGGAGUAGGGCUGAUGUGGCAGAUUACGAGUUUCAUUUAUUUAAUGAAAAUAUUAGACUUCAAGAUAUCUAAGCAGUGUGCAAAAAAAGUUGGUAUAAAACAAUAAAAUACUAUAUGCAGAUACUGUACAGCCCAUGGCUUCCCUCAAAGAAUCCUGGGAACUGUAGGUUGUUAAGCUUUGUGAUGGGGAAACUACAAUUCCCAGGAUCCUUUGAGGGAAGUCAUGUAUACCUGAGGUCCUGUAUGCCUGAAGGAGCAUCUCCACCCCCAUCGUUCAACCCCGACACUGAGAUCCAGCGCCGAGGGCCUUCUGGCGGUUCCCUCAUUGUGAGAAGUGAGGUUACAGGGAACCAGACAGAGGGCCUUCUUGGUAGUGGCGCCCGCCCUGUGGAACGCCCUCUCUUCAAAUGUGAAGGAAAUAAGCAGCUAUCUUAUCUUUAAAAGUCAUCUGAAGGCAGCCCUGUUUAGGGAAGUUUUUAAUAUUUAAUGCUGCAUUGUUUUUAACACUCAAUUGGAAGCCGCCCAGAGUGGCUGGGGAAACUCAGCCAGAUGGGUGGGGUAUAAAUAAUAAAUUAUUAUUAUUAUUAUCAUUAUUAUUAUUAUUAUUAUUAUUAUUAUUAUUAUUAUUAUUAUUUGCAAUGGAUGUGCUUUAAAUGCAUGGUGGGGAUCUGCCCUAAGUAGAAGUGUGCUACAUCUGAUUUUUUCUUUCAUCCUUUCCUGUUGUAUAAGUUUAUAGUGUUGUGGCUGCCAACUCUUUGUAGGCCGAUGACUACACAGUUGCAGCCAGCUAAAGGGGUGUGUGUCUGUCCUCUUUUAGAAGGCUUUUUAGGCAUGCUUGUUGGGGGCUCACGAGCGUUUGCCUCCUGCGUGAUCAGUGACAGUGAUGGGGACCUUCUGCCAAAUAAGUUGCAUUGUGCUUAUGUAUUUGACGGGCAGCUUUCCAGAAGACCAGUGGCAGUUCUGCUUGUUGCUGUCUUGGUAGAUUCCAGUGGCUUCUCUCUCUGUAUUCCUUCUGAAUAUCUUCGCUUUCCUUACUGAGCUUUCCCUCCUUUCCUUUCUUAAAUGUACACAUUUUUGAACCUCUCAUUAAACUUUUAUUUGACCCCAGCCAUCUGAUCCGUAUUAGUAUCCUUAUUAAUUUAUUAAUUUUCAACUUGAAUUUAUAAAGAAACAAGAUAGGGAUAUCCCUGAGGGGACAAGCUUUCUUUCCCCAUCCCUUCCCCACGACAUGACUGCAUGAUGCUUGCAGCCUUGAAAUUUCAGAGAACCAUGUUGUGUUUGUAAAUAGUUGCUGAAGAACUGCCAUUCAUUCUAACACUGUUCCCACUGGAUUAAAACCGAUGGACGUUACUUUGUGACAGUGCUCUUCUUAUCAGUUGUGCUCUCUACACUUAAUGGAUUAGUUUAUUUAAUGCAUUUAUUUUUUUGCUAAAGGGUAUACUGUAAAUACCCUUUAGCAAAGAUAAAAAAAAAAAAAUGGUAUACUGUAAAUGGGACGUGGGUGGCGCUGUGGGUUAAACCACAGAGCCUAGGGCUUGCCAGUCGAAAAGUCGGCAGUUCGAAUCCCCACAGAGUGAGCUCCCGUUGCUUGGUCCCUGCUCCUGCCAACCUAGCAGUUUGAAAGCACGUCAAAGUGCAAGUAGAUAAAUAGGUACCGCUCCUGUGGGAAGGUAAACGGCGUUUCCAUGCGCUGCUGUGGUUCUCCAGAAGCGGCUUAGUCAUGCUGGCCACAUGACCCGGAAGUUGUCUGCGGACAAACGCCGGCUCCCUCGGCCUAUAGAGCAAGAUGAGCGCCGCAACCCCAGAGCCGUCCGCGGCUGGACCUAAUGGUCAGAGGUCCCUUUAACCUUUAUACUGUAAAUACAUUAAAUAAAUCACCUCAUCAAGUGUAAAGAGCAGAACUCAUAAGAAGAGCGCUGUCACCAAAGGCCUCUUGGAGCACCCACCAGAAAUCAGUCGCAAGAUGGCCCCUACCCUCAGGUUCACAAUCUAAAGAGACACAGCACACGAGGGGAAAAAAAUGGGAGGAGAGAGGGGAAAGCAAGCUCAAGCAGAAAUUAUUCCAAGUUCCUGUUCUUUUAACAGUUAAAUGGGCUCUGGGUGUCUUUCCCUUGAUAAAGAGUGGUUCUUCCAUGGAAGCACUCUUCUCUCACAGAUCAGAUCCAGGAGCAGGGCAAGUGACCGUGUCCGACCCUGAAGAACAAGGCAGCUCCUGCCGCACAGUUCUUCCGCAGGCAGCUGCCUUGAUUUAAACAGCCUGUGCCCUAAGUAUCAGCAGCACAAGCCUCUUGGUGCUAUGGGAACUAGCAGUGAGUGGCUGCCUAACCCAACAGCUGGCUCUGCCGAGGGGGGCAGCUUAUCCUUGACACGGAUCACAUGCUUCAGGGCUUUCUUGUUUAGAUAGACGAUGGCGCAGAGCCCACGUCUGUGUUUUUAGACUUCUUAUUUGCAGGUCUCUUUAGAAGACAAACAAACCAUCAAAUAAAAGAUUUUCUAUUCUGGGUGAGCACUUCCAAGGUGUGCCGUGAAAUGCCUUCUCUUCCCCUCACCCCCAAGGUUUGCUUUUAACUUCUGCCGAUUAUCUCUCGCCCCAGCAACCUGACUCCUAGCACUUUUCAGCUAGGAGUCCUAACUCCUAACUACUACAGCAUUUCCCAUGUUUGUUGCCGUCCCUUUGUCUCUAAUUUUAGCCCAGGGUCCUCAUGCGUGGAGGGCGGGGUGACGGCAGCUGUGGGUCUGGCCCCCCAUCCUGCUCAUUCUCCUUCCUGGCAGGGACCCUACGCCCAAAUGCUUUCAGGACUAACCUGGCAUUCGGCCAGAUCCGGAGGCUUGCAAUUGCACGGCGUCACCAGCAAAGACGGGGGAGAGGCAAUCGCAUGCAUGAAUAAGGGCACUGCCUUGGAUGCAGCUCUUGUGCAUCAGCUGGAGGAAGGAAGGUCGGGUGCGGGGCACUGCUGGAAGUAUUUUACUCUGCCUGCCUGCUCUUGAGUUGCCAGACCUCUGCGGCUCCCCAGUGGGCUGACUCAUAAACAAAUAUAGCCUGAUCUGUGGGGCACGGCAAAUGGCAGCACCUUCCACAAAAGGCAGCUUUCUGGUUGGAGAAUGUUGGCCUCUUCCACUUUAGCUUAGCCUCUUGUUGGGUGUGUGCCAAGGGAUGGCACUUUCGGAAUGUAAAUUCUAGCCUUGCACUUCCUUCUAGUGUGCCAAUGGAGCUGGCCGUGCCAACUGAGACAAGGAUCUGGGCACAGAAGGAAUGUUGCGGCUGGGGAUAGACUAUUAGUACGGAUGUUUCAUGGAGGGAUUAAGAGGACAUACUAGCCAGGAAACCAUAUACAGUAAUGAUUCUGUGGCUAAACCAGAUACCUCUUCAUAUUUUAAGCUUGUUAUUUUUGCGGAGAAGCUGGUAAAUUGUGGGCUGCAUGAUGUAACUGUUGGGUGGAUUUGUAGCUGGUUGGCUGACCUAAUCCAAAGAGGGCUCACUGAUGGUUCCUAGUCGUCCUGGGAAAAAGUCACAAGUGGGAUGCCGCAGGAUUCUUUCCUGGGCCCAUUGUUGUUCAAUGUCUCUAUAAACGACUUGGACAAAGGCAUUGAGGGGAUGCACGUCCAAUUUGCAGAUGACAUGAAACUGGGAGGGGUAGCUAAUGUCACGGAAGACAGAAUUGGGAUUCAGGAUUGGAGGACUGAGCCCAAACUAACAAAAUAAAUUUCAGUAGGGACAAAUGUCAGGUUCUACUCUUAGGAAGGAAGAACCUGCUGCACUGGCUUCUGUUCAUUGCUCUUUUUCCUUCUUCCACAAGCACCAAUAUUUUUAUGGUUUUCAUGUGAAGCAGCGUUUGCCAACCUGGCACCCUCCAGAUGUUUGGACCAUGGCUCCCAGCAGCUGAUGGGAGUUGUGGUUUAAAACAUCUGGAGGAUGCCAGGUUGAUAUAGCUGCCUUAUAGCACUGACUUAUUAUCAUCCAUCUUGACUUCUUUUUUGCUUUCACUUCUAGACUUUUACACUCUUCUCAGGAUUAUUCAUUCUAUAAUGCUCUUUUAAAAACGUACAGCCAAAAUCUGCAUGUUGCAGUGUGUUUAUUUUUUCUACUCAGACUGCACAAAAUGUUUGAAGGUUGGUUGGCAGCUGUUUUAGAGCCUACCACAUUAGCUUAUCUGGACAUUAAAUCAACAUGCACCUAGGAAGAUGAGACUUGACACAAAGCUAGACAUUUUAAACAAUACUGUACUUAACUGGAAGCAAAUCUGAUUGUAAACUGGUCUGGGCCUGGUGUUCACGGACCCAGAACCAAGCUGUUGACAGUCACUGGUUAUUGACAGUCACUUCCUUUCCUUUUGAAAGAGCAAUUUAGUGAAAGGAAGGGAGAUGCUCCAGCAACAGGGGUGUCUGGUGACAGGAAGGGAUUGAUUUGUUUAAAAGGAGAGGUGCAUUUGGUCACGCAAAGCAGAGAUGCCUCCCCGUUUGAACCCUGAAGCCUUCUGCAAACAAUGGUAUUUGCAACAGAUUGACAGUUAUGAUAUGAGAUUGCAUAAUUUGUAGAGGCUUUGGGAUUCUUUGUACAUUAUUCUGCUCCCCUACAAUCCGUGAAAUAUAUCACCAAGCUACAGCAUGUUGCUCUUGUAAAAGCCUAGUGUUUUAUGGCUGCAUGCAAUCUACGUUUUGAUAGAAUCUAGCCUUUAUAGCUAAGUUCAGCAUUGCCCUUCAACUACCAGCCUGAGUCUUCUUCAAACUUGGGCUUUUGGUGUUGUUGGAUUCCAGUCUCCAUCAUCUCUGAUAAGUGGCUAAGCUGCCUGAGCAUGACACAAGGGGACCUAAGGCAGAACAACUCUGUGAUACAUAGAAUCAUAGAGCUGUAGAGUUGGAAGGGACCACGAGGGUCAUCUAGCCCAACCCCCUGCGGUACAGGAAUCUUGUUGCCCAAUGUGGCCCUCGAACCCCUGACCCCGAGAUUAUGCGUCUCAUGCUAUACCAGCUGAACUAUCCACAUGUUCUUUUAAUUUUUUGAAGAGUCCUCUCAAGUUCCAAACAUGAGCAGAACAGCGCAAACUUUUCCAGCCUGUUGUAUUUGUUUGCACAACCUGAUUAUUGAGUGCAGACCCUUUGAGUGCGUUUUUGUGUGUGUUUUUGUUUUAGCUGUGGCACAGCACCACUACGUAAUGGUACGCCUGACAACCAGCUGUGUGCACCGGUUACCUGACCAUAAGUAGCUACUGUAGCUAUCAACCAUUAUUUAUAAGCACACUGAUUAUAGUCAUUACCUUGAAACACAAAUGAUAAUCACUGUAAUAGAAAGCUGGUGCAACACAGUGGCUAAGAAAAAGUGAAGGAAUCCCCAUCUCCUGACAAAUGGGAGAUCUGAACUUGCCCUGUGACCGCAGGAAAGCUCGCUCUGUUCUCGAGGUUGGAUCCCUGCCUCCCAUAGUACAAGGUUGGUAAAGUGUGCCUACCUUAAAAGCUUGUUUGUAAGGAUUAGGGUAAUCAUAGAAUUUUUGGAGUUGGAAUGGGAGCAUUCAACUCUGCAAUGAUAAUGCACUUCUCCUUUAAUUUAGUUUUUAGUAACUCUGCAUUUUGCUGUUGCUUGUGGUUGAGGGACUGUUUGUUUAUCAGGGACUAUUUGUGUGUAUAGAACUCAAGAGUUUGUUUAGGCCCUUUACAGAUUUCAAGUUGCUUCAUAAACAUUUAUUGCAGUGGUCCAUGUGUCUUGGGAGUUUUGGGGGUCAUUUCACCAGUAUUUCAAAUAUGUGCUGUCCUAGUGAUAUGCCAUUCUGUGCUCCUCGGGGAAGGCACAACAUAUUGUGUUGUGCCCCUGACUUGGGAGUAACGUGUCAUUUUAUAGGGCAGCUACUACUGUUUUGGCUUUAAUUGUCAGGAGGCAGCCAAAGGAUGGGCAGAUGGCUCACAGUGUCUGUAUUUAGGUUUCUUGGCAGCGAGCCAAACUUGACAGCUCAGUUUGUAUUAAAAAUACACAAAGAGUUUCAGAUCUGGGGAAAAAAAUAUCUCACAGCUGCAAAGUCUGGGGCAGUUGUUGGAACUGAUAAAUAUUUACAGUGCUUUAGAGGCUUCCCCCAUGUGUAUUGUGCGUGCACAUAAAUGCGUUCAGGGAACAAACAGGCAAAUCCCUGCAGUCAGUUCUGUAUCCAGACAGUUUAAACCCAGAACUGUCAUCUUUCAGAAGAUGGUGUAUAGAUUUCCAUCAGUCUUCCCCUCCAAGCUUCCUGUUGUGCAGAAUCUAAGACCCUUCUCCAGGAGGCUUGGAGAACAAUGACAAGGGAGGGGGCAAUUUUCAGUUGUGGCUCCCCCUUUGCUGAACGCUGUAGCCCCUGGUGAGGUUUGCCUCAUGCCUAUACUGGCAUGUUUUCAGUGCCAGGUAAAAACUCACCUCUUUUUUUCUCAGGUUCUUGAAAGUAAACCUCUUGUACACUAGUUGCUCAGAAUCAGAAGCAGGGAGAGGGUGACUGCUAAGGGAGCUGGGCAUGUUUAGCCUGGAGAAGAGGAGGUUAAGGGGUGAUAUGAUAGCCAUGUUCAAAUAUAUAAAAGGAUGUCACAUAGAGGAGGGAGAAAGGUUGUUUUCUGCUGCUCCAGAGAAGCGGACAUGGAGCAGUGGAUCCAAACUACAAGAAAGAAGAUUCCACCUAAACAUUAGGAAGAACUUCCUGACAGUAAGAGCUGUUCGACAGUGGAAUUUGCUGCCAAGGAGUGUGGUGGAGUCUCCUUCUUUGGAGGUCUUUAAGCAGAGGCUUGACAACCAUAUGUCAGGAGUGCUCUGAUGGUGUUUCCUGCUUGGCACAGGGUUGGAUUCGAUGGCCCUUGUGGUCUCUUCCAACUCUAUGAUUCUAUGAUUCUAUGAAUAGAACAAUGUUAUUUGCUGCUAGUUGUGCUGCCCAAGAUUAUUUUGGGUGGAUUUUUAUGAACUGCAUGUGUUGUUAAGAAUGUUUUUUAUUAUAAUUUAUUUUAAGAGCAAGCAGAUAUGUCGCUUAGAGACCUUGUUUGGGUAAGAAGUGGCAGGUUCAAUCAAUUAUCAUCAUCAUCAUCAUCACAUGUAUAUAUGUGGUAACCUUUUUUAUCUAUAUAUAUUAAAAAAACGCUUGCCUAUGCAGAGUUCUUUGUGGUCCAGCAUGUUGUUGAAAGGGUUCUUAAUCCCAGUGCUAGCCCCUUUGUUGUCCGCCAAUCAGCAGUCUUUGUCCUAAAGAGAAGCUGUGCUAGAUCAAGCCAAAGGCUGGUCUAGGUUGCAUCCUGUUUUCUCAGUGGCCAUGCAGGGCCUAAUGCAGUCACCCUCUCCCUGCUUCUGAUUCUGAGCAACUAGUGUACAAGAGGUUUACUUUCUCUGGCAGUGGAGGUAUCUAAACCAGGGUUGCCAAACCACAGGUCAUGCUAGCUAGGGAUGAUGGGAGUUGUAGUCCAACAGCUGGAGACCCAAGGUUGGGAAACCCUGAAUUCUAAACGAAAGGUCCUGAAAUAAUCUGAUACUAGGUUAUAUUAAAGAUUACAGGUUCUGCUGCAUGUCCCAAUUGCAGGACAUCACAUGGUUUAUGGCCACUUUGGCCAUGGUUCCUCCGCGCUGUAGACUGCCCUCCUCAGAGAGACCUGCCAGGCCCCUUCCCCUUUGCUAUGCUGAAAAGGCAUGGCUAUAUAUUUAUAGAGCAUUUUGUGGAGGCACUUCAUAACAGUGGUUUGCUGUAUCUUACACAGCUCUGUUGCUGGUGGUUUUUAACGUAUAUGUUGAUUUGCUUUAUUGAGAGAGGUGUUGUCGCUUUCCAAAAACAGCAAGGCACGAUACAAACAUCAUUGAAAAACAAACGUAUUUUUAAUCUGUCUGGCACUUUGUAAAUUGGUUGUUUCACAUUCUCUUUUUAUGUGAGGCUCCUUUGGAAGGGUUUGGUAUUUAAAAGCAGGAUAAAAGUGCCUUAAAUAACUAACUAAAUGAUAUAAAUAAGUAGGUAGUCUUGCUGCGAACACUUCACUUCUGCUACCUACUCAUUAACCAUGAAUAAGCCACCCUAAAAACACCCCGACAGUUCAUGAUAUCCCAUUUUGAUAUGUCAGGUGAAGGUAUGAAUGGGCUUUGCGGGAACCAGGUUGGGACCUCUGAAGUAACCUGGUUUCUUGUAUCCCACUACAUUGGUGGUUUUUAAAAUGUAUUUUUUAUUAAUUCUUUGGGAAAAAAUUUUUUUAUCACAUACAUAACUCCAAACAUGUUGCACCCCACUACAUUGUUGACAUCUCCUAGGAUUUUGCUUUUAAAUAGAUUUUUUCCCCUAGAUGAGUUGAAAGGGCUUGACAGUCAUGCCUAAGCUCACACCCUUGAUUUUAACUGACAUGCCAACGGAGGGUAGGAAACAUUGAUAUGCUGGCUGCUGGAAUAAGCAGUGACUGCCUUGGAAAAACGGUUCUUGAAAUGUAGACUUAAGAAACGGUGUGGUGGUGUUUGGGGGAGGGGUCAUCUCUAGGCUGUAAGCCUUUUGCAAUCCUGCUUGAUUGUUCCACGCAGAGAUUGGAUAACAUUUGGGGAAAGGCUGUCGCUCAGUGGUUAGUAUGUGCUUUGCAUUGGGAGAGUCCCAGGUUUAAUUCCCAGCAUUGUGGGAAUGUCCUCUGCUUGAAAUGCCAGUCAGAAUGGACAAUGCUGAGCUGUUAGGUAGCUUCCUUUGUUCCUCAUGCUAGGGUUAUUUUUGCUUUAUUCCCAUAUUUUAUAACCAGCUUUUUGCCCUGUAACUGGAGCCCCCAGACAUGUUUAUGAAACCACAAACGUAUUUUCUGGAUAUUGAAUGCAUUCACUCACACAUUGGGCUGAAAAAGUGGCUGUAUUCAGAGGUACUCAUUGCAUCUUGCUUGCAGCCUGUGGUUUGGAGCUGACCAGGGCUAUCAAACUCAGCAAUGCAGACCAUGGUUAGCUGUGAAAAUGAAAGGUGGGAGAAGAAGAGGAAGGAGCAUGUCAGUUCUCAGAGCAAUCCAUGGUUUGCUUUGACAAUGCUACAGCUGCACAGUUUCUCCGUAACUAUAACUUCCCUCCUCAAAUAUAGAUUGGACGACAUUUUAGCAUAUUUAACAUGUUUCUGUAGUAGAAUUUUAAGCACCAAUCCAUUUCAUUUUCAGGAGUGUUAUACAUUAUGCACCUGAACUGCUCAUGUAGGUGCUAGGAUUACCAAUGGUGAUAGAUAGCAUCUUUUGUCUCCCACUUCCAUAUUUUCUCUGUGGCUUUUGUCUAGUCAUAAAUGGAAAACAGAAUAUAUGGCUAGAUUAGGUGUGACAAUAUAAGCAAGUUUCUCAAGCCUGUUAUACAGUGGUACCUCGGGUUACAUAUGCUUCAGGUUACAGACUCCGCUAACCCAGAAACAUUACCUCGGGUUAAGAACUUUGCUUCAGGAUAAGAACAGAAAUCGUGCUCCAGCGGUGCGGCGGCAGCAGGAGGCCCCAUUAGCUAAAGUGGUUCUUCAGGUUAAGAACAGUUUCAGGUUAAGAACGGACUUCCGGAACGAAUUAAGUACUUAACCCGAGGUACCACUGUAUUAGGAUUUGGGGGAGGGCAGUGGGUGGUGUUGUGAAACAGUGCUGGACCUGGACUUCAAAUCCUUGCAUUUAUGUUUGAGAUCUGUUUACAGAUCCAUUCUCUGCUACAAAGCUCAUUAGGUCGCCUCUGGCAGAGUUGGGAUCCUUCUCAGCCUCAAGCUACCUCUUGCCUUACUGUGAAGAUAACGAGGGGAACCAGAUGUGAUCACGCUGAGCCCCCCAGGAGGAAAGGCAGAAUCAGGCUUUGGGGGAUUAGGUCAUAGGUUAGCCAGAGGAGAUGUGUUGAUGGCAGCCUCAUAAAAGCUAGUGUCAUUCCUGGAUUGGAAAAAUCUCCACUUGGAGGUGGCGGUGAUAAAAACGCCACCACUGUGAGCAUUAACAGUCUGGAAACAUUUUGAAUGGAUUUAUGGCAGCCGUCCAGAAAUGGCCUGUGCUGCAAUUUUAUGGUUCAUGUCAACAAAGACAAUCAGUUAAAUGAAAUUAAACCCUGCUGUUGACUCAUAGCCGUAUAGUUCUUCUGAAUUAACUGUGCAUGCAAAAGAUUGCAGGUUCAUUACUUGGCAAUUCUAGGUAGGGGUGGGGGAGGGCUGUAGCUUGGUGGGGGCGCAUCUGCUUUGCAUGCAGAAGGCUGCAAGUUCAACCCCAGUAUCUCCAGGCAGGAUUGGCAGAGAUUCUGCCUGAAACCCUGGAGCGCUGCUGCCAGUCAGUGUAGACAGUACUGCACUAAAUGGACCAACAGUUUGGUCUGGUUUAAGGCAGCCUGCCUAUGUCCAUUCCUUGUUUCCUAUGAUACAAGAUAAUAAGAUUAACUUCGGGUUGUUCCAGGUGAUCAUCCCUCACGAACUUGCCUUCUUGCAAGGGUGACAGUGCUGUCUCUUUUAAUGGGUAUGUGUGCUGUAUCGAAGCUUCACUCCGUGGGUGUGCCUUAAAUAAAACGUUAGCAAUCCUAUGCUUAGAAUGCUAGGACAGAGAGGCAACAGAAAGGAAAUGUCUCAAUUCCAUGCGUGUUUGGCGUGGAGAAAAGAGAGGCUUGGGGCGAAAAGAAAAUUGCUCUCUCCCAUGCUUAGAAUUCUGAAAAUGCCAGUUCUGCACCUGCUUACUGGUGCCUUUUGGUAUAAGCCUUGCGUGUGCCAAGAGUAUUAUAAAAUAGCUUGCAGCUAGCAGUCGAAAUGCAGUGGGGGGUGGGGCGUUGAAGCCGAUAUAUGCAUGAAGUGGAAGUGAUCGUAUCUCUGAAAAUUAUGCAUAUGAUACGAACUGUAAUUGAGCUUUUAGUUCCUCAAGGCAAAGCACAGUUUAUGUAUGCUGGGUCUCUAUUCUGCAAGCAGCCGUGUUGUUUGUGCUUGUGUGUGGCUUUCACUUGGAUAUUUUUUAGCCGGAAUCUUAAGGUUUGGUCUACCUUUCAGAUUGCAACACCGCCCCCCCCCCUUGAAUGUCUUUGUUAUUCUGCUGGCAUUUGGAUGUGUAGCUAUAUUAAGAAACCAAAGCUGUUGGUUGGUAUAACGUUACUCUCCAGGCAGACAGUGGAGAUCCUUCAAUUGAGGUCAGAAGGUGGAGGAUGGGAAGGAAGUCUAGAAUAAAACACCCUUUCCCAGAUUGUAUUUUUGAAAAGCUGUUGUUUAAAGCAGUCAAAUUAUUCUCUGCUGGAGACAAAACACACACAUAGAGAGUAAUUUGAAAAGGAUUUCAUGUGCCCUGUGAAUUGUGUUAUAGACCCAGCGAAUCAAAAUAUGAAGAGUUUUAUUGUACUCCGUGAAUUAAUAUUCAUUUUAAUGGGUCUUGCUGAUCAGUUUACUUCAGGGAUUUGCAUAACUUGUAGACUCAAGCAAUCGCAGUGAACUCCUUGCGUUAAGUGCAUGAAUACUUCAUAGCAAAAUGGGGCAGCCCCUUAUUUAUAACCCCAGUAGACCAACAUUUGAUAUAACUGAGCUCUUGGGGAAUGAAUGGAGGAGCGUUAUUUGAAAAUAUUUGGGUGUCUUGUUCCUAAGUGUAUUUGUAGGUCUUGCCUGUGCAUGCCUCAGUUCUGUGUAGAAGCUAAUCAAAGAGGAAUGGCUUGCGGUAAUGAGAUCUCGGAGGCCAUAUAAACACAACCAUUUUUGUCUGUCGUUAUAGCACCAUUAGUAUACUGCUCGUGUAUUCAUUUCCAUCAGCAGUGCAGGUUGACACUUCUAAGUGUUCAACCUGUUCUGUCUCUCUCUCACUUUUCUGUCUUUUUUGCAGAGCAGAUGAUCUCUAGUUUUAAAAACAUGAAAUGAAUUAAAGAGGGCUGCCCAAAUGAUUAGUCUGGCUUUAGCCAAUAAAUUUGACCUUUAAAUUUUAAGUGUUCAUAUUACAAAAUCAAAUCAAGGAGUAUUUUUUUAUAAUUCUGAAGGAAAGGGACAAUUUCUUUUAAAAGGGGGUGCCUAUUUGCCCACUAAGUACCACUGAAACAAAAGGUCUCUGUAAGCAUCAUCUCAAAAAAUCUGGAAUGCACAAGAGACUGUUUACAUUGGCUCAGCCUCUCCUACACUGAAUGUGCCCCCUUCAACAAGCCCACAUUUCAUUGGAUGCGAGAAUCAGACACCCACCCUGCCAUCCAUUCUAAGCAGGUGGUUUCAGGUUGCUGCAAAGAUGUGCAAAUCUCAUGGGCUGCAUAAAUUUCUGUCAGAACUUAGCACCAUAGUAAACCCAAAUCGUAUAGCAAAGAGAGGUGGAGUUUGCAAUGUGUCUAAAAUUAUGCAUAUAUCUCCUAGCUUAACCCACAUCUUUAGUACAGGUAGUGCGUUCCAUUUCUGCCAGUUGUGGCGAGGAGCAAAAUGCUGCAGUAGGUGCUGAAGCUCUGUCCCUGACCACGGAAAAUAUAAUGCUCUGUUUUCUCAGGUUUUGCUAGGCUUUGCCCUCAAAUUUUCAUGUCUACAUCUUUUUGCUGCUGUUGCGAACUAGAAACUUUUUUUCCAAAUGGAAACCUCAGGUUCUCAGAUUACUCAAUUUUCAUGUAAAGAUGGCCUGUAUGGAAUUGUGCAAUUGGUCCAACUAGCCUAACACUGUAUAUGGUGGGGUUGAGAAAUCAGGAGCCCAACUCCCAUAAUCCCUGCCUGUCAGCCAUGUGAUUAUGUUUUCUUUGGUUUCUUGUUAUUGAAAAAUAGAAUAAAUACCAAAAAGGGAGAGAGAGUAUGGCAUUACGUGUAGAAGCUUUCCUUGUUCUAAAAUACUAAUUCCUUUUCAUUGCUGAUUUUAACAUCUCAUAUUUUGUUUGUAGAUGGGGCAGUUCAGGUGUUGGCAUUGCCCAUGGUGGCCACCCACACAUGUUGAGAGUGUUGCUUUUAAUACUUACUUCCAAGCACCAUCCAAUCGCCAGCUUCCAGAACAAUGGGCAGGCAUCCUCUUUGCAAUUUUGAGAUCGCCCAGUUAAUGCUGCCUCCUGGUAUCCAGCCCUUCUGUUUAACCCUGUCAUUCAGGGCCCAGGGAAUGGAGAACCGUAUCCCACCCUCCACACAUUUGGGGCUGCAGGGAAUGCUGCCUUGGGGAAUCCUUGCACUUCCUUAUUUUCUCACAAGGUCAGGGAACCUUUAGAUUUCCAGACACCCACCAGGUCUAGCCAGCAUGGGGAAUAUUCAUGGGUGAUUAGAGUUGUGCUCCAACAACACCUGGACACUCAAUCCUGAAAUGGCUUUCCCAUGUGCUGGCCAAAUGCUGUACGUAAGUAAAUAUUCCCAGAGUAUUUUUGGCCACUACAUGGUAGUUUGAUUGCCAUAGUACUUUUCUCAUAGUAGGUGUUCCUUUAGUCCAGGCAUAGAGAGCGUGCAGCCCGCCACGUGUUGUUGGACUACAUCUCUCAUCAUCCUCAGCCAGCAGGGCCAGUGGUGAUGGGAAUUGUAGUCCGGCAACAUUUGGAGGACCGCAGGCUUCCUAUCCCUGCUGUGGAUGAUGUCACUGUUCCGUACAUUGGUAGGGACGGAGAAUCAGUGCCUCAUGGGUGGCUUCUGACAUACUUCAAGCAUUAACUUCUAAACUGUAUUGUACUGCACUGUAACCUCUUAGAACACAGAUUAAGGAUCACUUGCUUAAACUUUAUAGAAUGCUUCCCCUUCAUUGAUGCUCGUGUGGAGGCAGCGAUAUCUGAACUACCCCUAGUGUGUUCCAUUGCUGUUUACUAUCACAGACAAUGCACAGCCCAUUUGGAAAAGCAGCACAAAUUUGAAAUGAUUGAGCACAUUAAAAAAACACCUAGUGUUUGUCUCAAUUGGGUUCCUGCAGGAGACUUUCCUGGUGGGCUGAGCUCUGUGUGGAUAUGUGUGUGUGUGUGUGUGUGUCUGUCCAUCUUAACAUGCAUUGUUCCAUUCUUUUGCUUUCUGUCAGAAGCAGUGGAAGGAAAUAUUGCUACUUCAUGGUGCAUGUCUCCUUUUCUUAACCAUGUUUUUGUGUGUGUCUGCACUUUCUGUUCAUUUUGUUCAUACGUGCUUUUUGUUUCUGUUGUGUUAUGUAGUCUUAUACCAGUGGCUAGAAGCCGAUCGUCAUGGCAGGAGCUCAGAUACUGCAAACAGAACAUCAGGUAAAAAAAAAAAAGAUGGCGGAUACUUACUAAUUUAAUCUCCAGAUUUCCUGUAAUCACACCCAUCUUGCACUUUAAAUUCAAUUGAACACUCUUCCUUUGAUUGGUUCAAUCUUGAUUGAUUCCUUGUAAUCAAUAAUCAAUAAAUCUAUUAUUUCCCGUCCCACCAUCCUGUAUGGCAGAUGUGGUUAUAUGCCAGAAGAAGACAAUCUUUUUCUUCGGUUUGGAAAUGUCCCCUACAGCUACCCUGAAUAAUUUUUAGGAUUUCCUGUGAAAGGUCAUAACAAGUUUGUUUUGCUUUAAUCCUGUCCUCCUACCUUCAACACAAGUUCCCAGAGCGGCUCUCAGUGCAAAAAAAACCCCUUGAAAACAGCAUUGAAUUAAGAGCAGCAUCAGUUCUAGCAAAACAUCAGUUGCCUGACUAGAUAGAAAUUGAAUCAAGAUUCCCCACCCCCCAAAAUUCUGGUACCAAAAAGAUUACAGAUUUUGAUACCAGGUGUACCUCUCCAGGCGAAGAGUUGCAAAACUUUGGCCACCGUCAAAGGAAAGGUCACAUCUCCAGUUGCCACCUGCCUCGCUGACAGUAGUGGAAUCUGGAAAGUUGCCCUUUAGGCAAGCAUCUGAGUUUAUAGGCAAGUUCUUGUGGGAGGAUGUAAGAUGCAUAAAGUAAUGUUUUAUCUUCUGGAACAAAGAUGGCAUGCUUUGGCAUGCCAGCUACUGGGGGGAAACUGCGGGAGAAGGAAAUUGCUCUCACAUUCUAACAGUUCCUAAGGAAUGGUCUGCAGUAAUAACUUUAGACUUCCUUUUCUUCUUCCUUGUUUCCUUGUUCCUUGCUGCUUUUAAUCGGCAUCCUAUUCCUGCAUUGAUUACACAUUUCAAAUACUCCCAAUGUCCAGGUUCCCAGUAGAUUUUCAAACCCAUUUGUUUUUGGGAAAAGUGAAAUAUUUUAAUGUUAAGCAUAUUUUAAUCCUGAUUAAUAUAUUGUCUGCAAUAUUUUUGAAGCACUGUUGGCUACUUAUCUAAGAACACUAUAUGAUGCAACUUUAAUUUACAGCUUAAUGGAGACCACUUAGCUCCCCAUAUAAAACAGAGAGGUGCUAAUUUAACAGCAGCAUCCAUAACAUUUAGUUACACAUUUGUAAGCCUAAAUUGCCCUAGAUUUUGCAGGCAGACAAGAGAAAGGAGUUAGCUAAUUAUAAAUGUUUAUUUUGUUCAUUCUUGCAUUUACAUCCUGUCUUUACUCCAAGGAGCUUGAGGUAGUAUACCUGGUUUUCUCCCUUCUCAUUUUAUCCUCAAAACAACCCUGUGAGGUAGGUUAGGCUAGAAGACAAUGGCUGGCCAAAAAACAGGGUCUUGGGGAAUGCUCACUAUGCACAAAAAGAGGAGCCCGAAGUGCACAUAGGACAUAUUGUUCUUUUCAUACCCCCUGCACAUACAAAACUUUCAUAUUGGCAUCAGAGUCUCUAAAUAAAUGAUGAUCUCGCAGUAUUUUGCAGAGGGAAUGACUUAUGGCUGCACAAAGUUGCUGCCCACCGGCCCCCUUCAGAAGGAUGAAUACAAUAUAUGCACAUUCAGCUGAAUGCAAGGAGGUUCUUCCACAUUGGUUCCUGAGCACAUAGAGAAGACUAUGUUUGUGUGCUCAGGCAAACAUGCUUCAGACCUUUUGCUUAGCAGGUGAAGGUCAGGGUGGGUCCCACGAGGACACUGGAGCCAGGGCAUGACCCCCCCCCCCCCGUGUGUCCUUAAUGCAUGGAAGAAUAACUUCAGAAGGUGGAUACUGACUAACAGUAACAAGUACAGUGGUACCUCGGGUUACAUACGCUUCAGGUUACAUACGCUUCAGGUUACAUACGCUUCAGGUUACAGACUCUGCUAACCCAGAAAUAGUGCUUCAGGUUAAGAACUUUGCUUCAGGAUAAGAACAGAAAUCGGGCUCCGGCGGCGCAGCGGCAGUGGGAGGCCCCAUUAGCUAAAGUGGUGCUUCAGGUUAAGAACAGUUUCAGGUUAAGAAUGGACCUCCAGAACGAAUUAAGUACUUAACUCAAGGUACCACAGUAUGUUGCAUUUAAGAAAGUCUUACUUUAACAAUGAAAUCUGACUUGAAAACCAGUGUAGCACAGUGCCUAAAAGUAUUGGACUUGGACCAUAGAAAUGUGUGCAAAUCUCCAUUCAUCCUUGAUGAAAUUUUAAAGGACGCUCAAAAAAUGAAACGUUACACUAGUAAGCCAGUAUUUACCCUUAUUGUUAGUCUAAUUUUGCAACAUUUGAAACUUCUAAAUCGGAGACUCCACAACACUGAGAGCUUGUAAUAAAACAUACUGUUUUAUAUAUAUUGUCAGACAUUCACAGUUCUCUUUUCUGGAGACUCAUUUUUAGUAGAGUUUUCCCUUCAGCUUUAUCUUCAUAUAUUCACUAGAGGAAAAAAUGGCAAUAGAUUAAUAAAAUACAACUUUAUUGCAUCACACGCAUUAUUAUUUCUUCAAUAAUUUCUAGCCCUGUUGCAGGUCUGCGUUGGGUGAAAUCCUCUUAUUUUUUUAUGCUCUGCAGUUUCCAUUAGUUUGCAUAUCACUCAUAGAGUGCCACUGCAAUGGUAAUUUAUUAUAGUAGUUUUCUCUUGGAUUAGGACGUAAAGGCUUACUGCCAUAAUACUGCCUAUUAUGGGAUUUUAGAAUGAGUGUGAGUGGGACACAGCAAUAUUUACAAAGGCUUAGAAAGCAAAUAAAUUGCACCAUUUUCUGUAUUUCAGAACAUGUUUGAGUGCAUGACUGCAAUCCUGUGCACAUUUAUCUAGCUAGGUAGUCCCAAUAAGUGCAUUCAGACUUACUUUUGAUGAAUAGUUUUGUAUUUCCCACAUCUUGCCAAAUGUGAAUUAAAAUAAGUUACUGAGCCAGUGCAAUUUGUAAGUUAAUAUUAUAAUUAUUAACUUAUGACACCCCCAAGACAUGCAUUCCUCACCUUUGCAGGUGCUUGAAAACAUCUUUAUUUUUGCAGUACAAAGUAAGCAAAAGUAGAACUACUGGAACUCUUCUCAGUGUUUGGCUUUGUGGAUUAUAUUUUUUUCAGCUGAGAAAGUAAUUAAUUCUAGUGAUACAGUUAUCCAGCAAAAUGAUUUUUGUUCAUCUUUAAAAUUUCAAAAUAUGCAAGUCUCAAAUACCUAGAAAAACCUACAAUUAUAUAUUAGAUGCCAAGAUCCAUAUUUAUUGCUGUGAGGGUGGUGGAGCGAUGCUUGCUCCAAUUCUCAUAUGAGUUUUCCAAACUUCAAAGCACUGGCUUCAGUACACCACAACAUAUGCACCAAGCAGAUAAGUCUACAUAACUAUACAAUGUUGCUCUACAACAAGCAGUAAUCUGCACCAUUCGUUGCAGUGUUUUCAGUCCUUUGAUUGGCAGCCUGUAUACACAUGUGUAUUUCUCUGUGUUGUGUUGUAUUUAGUCCUCUUUUGCAAUUGCUUUUCUAAACUGGGCCUUACUACACAUUGCAUCUUUUUGUGUUAGUAGCUAUUAUUUUUUCUAAAAAGCAAAAAAUGAGCAGGACAUUUUUGUCCAAUUUAAAGCAGAGACAGGAAAAUGUAUGAAAAUGUGUUGAGGUGUAUAUGUUCUGGGAAAAUAACAAACUGAGAAUGGCUUUUAUGAGUCUUAAAAUAUGUUUUACUUUUAGGUGUAUAUUCUAAACAGAUAUAUUGCUGAAAAAAUGAAAGUGGUGAAUUUGAUGAGACUCAUAGCUGGAGAUGUGUUUAUUGUACAUCUUUGCUUGAUGGGAAGCUGUUUUAUCGAGUUUUUAAUAUUCUGUUGGGAGCUGCCCAGAGUGGCUGGGGAAACCCAGACGGAUGGGCGGGGUAUGAAUAAUAAAUUACUAUUAUAUAUUAUAUUACAGCCUUCCCCUGGCACAAGUGUAUUACAAGAUAAACAUUGGCUUGCUUCUGUGUAAAGUUUGAAAAUGAUCCUAACCAGCAGAUUGUACCUUGCUGAGUUGAGUGAGAAGUUCAGCAGUUAACGGACAGGCCAUUUUCUAAGGGCAGGUAUGGUUUCCUGGAAGUUGCUAGACUACAGUUUACUAGACUAUGGUUUACUAGAAGUUGCUAGACUACAGUUCCCAUCUUCCCUUCCCAUUGGCCAUAUUGGCUGGGGCUGAUGGGAGUUGGAGUGAUAACAGCUUCUGGGGAGCUGAAGUUUAGCCACAUGAGCUAUGGGGCUUGAGGGUGCCUUAUGUCUAAGGUGCAUUUUUAUGUAGUUUUUGUGAUGCACAAGGAUUCUGAGAUAAGACUUAGGAGUUCCUGAAGAAAUGUGGAACCACCUCAACAGAACCUAGUAUCUUUCUUGUAGGUGAUAACAAGUAUUGAUUGUUUUCUAUCUAGGAUUUUAUAGUAGGAAUGGGGAACCUGCAGUUCUCCAGAUGUUGUGGGACUCCCAAUUCCCAUCAGCUCCAGGCAGCUGGGACUGGGCACAGAAGUUAAUUUAGGGUCUUGCCAUCAACCCAACCCUUUAAAGCAGAGGAAGGGUAAGCUCCGUUGCACAGUAGAAAUCUGUUCCACUAGCAGAGAGGGGGGAUCCACCAGGACCUUAUAACACUGGUCCUGAAAGACCUACAUUGGCUCCCAGUACGUUUCUGAGCACAAUUCAAAGUGUUGGUGCUGACCUUUAAAGCCCUCAAUGGCCUCUGUCCAGUAUACCUGAAGGAGCAUCUCCACCGCCAUCACUCAGCCCAGACAUGGAGGUCCUCCUCCGAGGGUCUUCUGCUGGUUCCCUCACUGAGAGAAGCGAAGUUACAGGGAAUCAGGCAGAGGGCCUUCUUGGUAGUGGCACCCUACCUGUGGAACACCCUCACUUCAGAUGUCAAGGAGAUAAAGAAUUACACAACUUUUAGAAGACAUCUGAAGGCAGCCCAGCAUCAGGAAGUUUUUAAUGUUUGAUGUUAUACUGUGUUUUUAUAUAUGCUAUAAGCCUCUAGAGUGGCUGGGGAAACCAAGCCAGAUGGGCAAGGUAUAAAUAUUAUUAUUAUUAUUAUUAUUAUUAUUAUUACUACUACUACUACUACUACUACUACCACUAAUGCUUACUACUGCUGGAUAUAGUGUUAUACCUUUGGGGUGGGUGGGGAACGAGGGGCCAGCAUUGAAACUGAUGGUGCUAAAUUGAAUGCCCUUCGCCUUGUUUCUCAACCAAGAAGAAUGUUGUGGGUUCACUUUUCCUUUCUGAAGUUCCCAUCUCCUGAAGUUUGGUGCUAUCACUGUCUAGGGCCAGCCUGAGAUAUUUUGCCAUGUGAAGCAGGUGGCAUAAAGCACACCACCAUAGGCAAGUCUCCCGUGCAAGCCCAGUUGAAAUGAACUGUGGUCUCCUUAUGCAACCUAUAUCCAGUUGCGCUUUUGCUAGAGAACUCUGGUGACGCCAUACCUGUUAGGCAUUACAGUGUUCAACAUGGAGGUUUUCAGAAGUGCAAAUAGCAUCUGCUUGUGGUGGGCUGAUAAUUAUCACUAUCCUACCAAGUGGCUAGAGAGAAUUCAAUGCUUUCCUCCCUAAUGGUGCCAAUGGGGCAUUUCCUGGGUUUAAAUCACCUUGGCUGCUUGCUAGGAUCCUCAUACUUUUCAACCCCUUUCCCUGAUGCUUUUCUGCAUUAAAAACAACAGGGCUGCAUGAUCAGUGCAUAGAUGCAGUUAACAUGGUGUCUUGGCCCUUUGCAGAGAUGCUGAAACUUCUAGGUCUCAUUGAGCAGGAGUUUUUUGGAGUGCCUCAGUGGACAUUUCUACCAGCUUUUUCUUAAGUAGACAAACAUGAGCAUUCCUCCCUUGGUGAUGGGGAGCUGAUCCCUGGAUCACAUUUUUUCACAUUUGUUUCUUAUUGCAGACACUGUUGUAUACCAUGCAAGUUCAUGUGUCGCCCUUCUUCCACUGAUCUUUCUGCCACUAUGCCGGAGAUUAGACUGAAUACAUUAAACUUGGGCAAGAGUAUUAAGUUGCCAGUUUGGCUCACAGCCAUUCUACAGCAGCCCCUAAUGACGAUUGUGAGUUUUCAGCACUGCUUUUAGUAGCUUUAAAAUGCACCCACAUCAGUUCAAAUUACAGAACCAAGUUAACUGAAGGAAGGAACGGCUGAAUGCAUCUUGUGCACGUCCUUUAGACCGUCCUUUUCUAAAAGCCGAUGAAGUAAAAACGUACAUGUCCUUUCCCUCUGCAUUUUCUUCUUUGAUCAGAUGUUGAGCAGGCCAGAUGUCUUGCAAACCAGUUGUUGUGACUGUUGUGUUUAUUUGUUGCAGGAGAAAACUUUGACCAGAGCCCCUUAAGAAGAACUUUCAAGUCUAAAGUCUUGGCUCACUAUCCCCAGAACAUAGAGUGGAACCCCUUUGAUCAAGAUGCAGUCAACAUGGUAUGUAGAGAAGACUCCUUCCAAAGAGAGGGCUCCUCCUUCCAUUAUUUUCCCCAUCUCUGUAGGAAGGCUGGUUUCUAUUGCAUGCUUCAGCCUUCCUCUCUUCCUAUCUCCUUCAGCCACAGUGUGAAAAGUAGGCUGGGGAAAGUAGCAGUGUAGGAUUUUGGUGUAGUGAUUGCUUAAGGCUGCAUAUCAACUUGAAGUCCCCCCCCCCUUUUUUUAAUGCGCCGAGACCCACUGAGUUCCAUGAAGCUUAAUUUCCAAGUAAACGUAGGCUUGCCCCUUAAAUUUAAGCAGAGAAGCUUUGGGUUAGUUUCCCCUUCUGUUUCCUUGUUGGCUUUUAGGCUGUCACACUGAACCAGUUUUCUGCUUGAAAGUGUUCCUUUCAAAAGGAGUACGAUUUUCAGAUUAUCCUUUGUCAACUGUUAUUGGUGGAGCACUAGUUUUGCCAGUGAAUAUUACUAUUGUAUAAAGCAGUAUUGGGCAGAAUUCAGGCUUGGCAGAACCUACUGUUUUGCUUUGUUUACUAGAUCUCAAAUUUAGAGCUAGGUACAAAAUAGUGGCAAGGGAUUUAUUAUUGGAAUUACAGAGCAAUCUGUCUGUGAAGCUUCCUCCCUUACUUCUUUGUGGUCCCAAAUGCAUUCAGAAAUUCAGCAUGCCUCUUCUGUUCAGAGCCACCUGGUGAUCCCAUCUACAUUUCAAGGUUAAGGCUCAUCUUAUCAGCAAGCACAGCCAUAGAAUCAUAGAAUUGUAGAGUUAGGAGGAACCCAAGGGUUAUCUAGUCCAACCCCCUGCAGUGCAGGAAAGCAUCCAUGACAGAUGACCACCCAACCUCUGCUUAAAAACCUCCAGGGUUUGUUUAUUUAUGCUCCUGACUCUUAAGCAGUCUAUUGUCCCAGACUUACAAGCCUCCUUCCCUCUCUUACCUGUUUUCUCUCCCUCCCGUUGUCCCCUUCUGUAAGCUCUCAGUUCACCACAUUCAUGCUCAUUUCCCCUAUUCUUGCUUCAAUCAGUAUCUUGCUUGUCCUUCUCCUCCUUUUCAUGCUCUCUCACAGGCUUUCAUUCAUUCAUUCAUCACUUGUUUUGCUCCUGUUUCCCUUCUGGGCAGGCCGGUCCACUGUCCCUCAGAGCUUGUGGGGGGCCGGACUAUAUUUUGAAAAAGAAAGAAAGAACGAAUUCCUAUGCCCCACAAAUAACCCAGAGAUGCAUUUUAAAUAAAAGCACACAUUCUACUCAUGUAAAAACAUUCUGAUUCUCAGACUGUCCGCGGGCUGGAUUGAGAAGGCGAUUGGGCUGCAUCCGGCCUCCGGGCCUUAGAUUGCCUACCCCUGGUCUACAGUCCUCAUCAGAACCAAGACGAAAACAGAACAGGCUACUUUAGGCCUUCUUCACUUCCUGACCUAUUAAUGACACCAUUCUAUAUGUUGAUGGGGUGAAAACAAUGUGCUAAGAUAAAUAAUCCUUAUGGAGCUGUUUCUGCCCGAAAUCUUGUUUGUUGUCAUUUUAAGGGCUGGGGAAUAAAAGCCUCACUUAAGAGAGCAUUUCUCUCUCCCCCGCUAACAAUAACCAUAGGCAGUUGCUGGCUUUCGUUGCUCUUUUUCUUUUAGUAUUAGUUUUGUCAUUGCCUUGCAUUUCUGCCUGCCUUUUAUAUAAAUAGCAAUUGGUGGUCUUCCUUGGAGGCGAAUGCAUGAGCUUUUUUGAAGGUUAGCCCAUGGGGGAGCUUUCUGGGACUGCUGGAUGCUAAACGGAUUGCAAAUGGCUUCUGAGAAAUCUAGUUCAUGGAAAAGGAGAUAGGAAGGGGGAAUCCUUUUCUAAACUGCAGCUCUCCAUUUGUACUGAACCUUGCAGGAUGUAACACACAUUGAAACCUCUGUUUUCUCACAGACAGCAAUGGCUGCUUUUCAUCCUGCACUUAAAUUAUGGGGGAUAUCCCAGGUGACUCAUGUCCUUAUCCAUUGGCAAAUGUAAAUGUUCCCAAGCUGUUGCUUCUUAUCCUUUCUUGCUUAUUCCCCACCCCCACCCAGGGAAUUAGUAUUAAGUCCUUUCUAUGUGACUAUUUUAGGAUCUAUGAGCCUGGAAACGUAAGGGUGAGUAAGUCAUAGCCCUGAAAAAUGGUAGAUCCUGCCGCAAUCACUACCCUUGCUUGAUCUACUCCCUACUGGCAGAAUAUUAUUGGCUAGAAUUGCAGCUGCCAAACAGUCUAAUGAAUAUAUGUUCAUUUAAUGUAUUAUUUCUUGGUUUGAUUCCAUUUGUGAAUCACAUCCCAUAUAAUAUCUCAAAGCAUUUUCACAGGAAAAAAACAUCAAUGAAAAUGUGUGUUUAUGAAUAGACAUGCAUUUUCCUAACUUGUAAGUGUACUUUUGACAAGAAAGAGUUGAUUCCUCACUCUGGACAGUGACAAGACCCUUCUGCAAGUCCCUCUCACCACAAUACCUCAGGAGGACCACAAACAGAAUUCCUUCCCCAUCAUUAGGAUUGUGUUGUCCGGCACUAGAGGAGGUGCACAUGCAACACCUUGUGCCCUCAGCUGUUUAGGGCUUUAUAAAUGAUUGUCAAUACCUUGAGUUGUAGCCACUAGCUUACAGGCAGUCCUUGCUUUGCAGUUACUAAAUGCCCAACAAGACUCAGUCUCUGGGUUGUGGGUUCAAGCCCCACGUUGGGCAAAAGAUUCCUGCAUUGCAGGGGGUUGGACUAGAUGAUCCUCAUAGUCCCUCCAAACUCUACAGUUCUGUGAUUUUGAAUGUGUGUUUACUGUGGAUGUACACAUCCAACAGGGGCUUGUGUUACACAUGAUCUCUCUCUCACGUGCAAACACCCAGGCACACGCAAAUUAUAUAUAAAUAUUUUGAAUCUUCUGUUAAGUGGCAAACAAGCCCACAUCACAUACCUCAGUGAGGCAUUUCCAAAUUUAUGCUUCCUUCCAUAGAUGUUGUCCAGUAUACCCCAAAUGUAUUUUGUUGUUGUUGAAUCAAUCUCAGUUUUAAAUCUAGCCUGGAAAACCUCUGAUUGCAGGAUGUGGUGGUAAAAAUGCUGCCCUGUGAGCAUUAACAAUCUGGAAACAUUUUGAAUGAAUGCAUGGCUGCCAUCCAGAAAUAGCCUUUGUUGACAUGAACCAUAAAAUUGUAACACAGGCUAUCAGUUAGAUGAAAUUAAACCCUGCUACUGAGUCAUAUCCAUACUGUUCUAUGCAUUAACUGUAAAAGGGAUUUUGAGGACCCAGUCUGGAUGACUCACAGUGAUGACAAUACUAGAUCUACACUUGCACGUCUAACUGUUCUGCUUCCAGUGCCAAUGGUUGAGUUGCAUUUCACGUCUGGUAAAUCAGUAAUUUUAGUGUUCUCUGUAGCUAGCGGCAUUGAGUGAGAAUAAUGGGAUUUUACCUUGUUGGAUGCUAAAUACGGUUAUGCUUUGCCUUUACCUUUACAGUCAGUGGUGUCCAAACUUUUUUCAAAGAGGGCCAGAUUUGAUGGAAGUGAAGGGCUUUUUUUAGGAUUGAAGUUGUUGAGGUUUUUUAGGAUUUUACCCCAGGAAAUAAACUGCCACAGAGGCUGGAUUAAACCAACUGGCGGGCCGUAUUCGGCCCCCGAAACGGAUUUUGGACAUGCCUGCUUUACACCUAUGCUUCCACUACCAAAAUUAAUAAGAACAUACAUUUCUUUGUAACUUGUAUAAAGUUGCUGCAGCUAUUUGUUCCAUGGGGAAUCCUGGUUGGGUUUUCCUUUCUUCCUUUUUUCUGAUUGCGGUUUCCUUGAACAAUUCAGCUUUUGCUUGCUUAAUUUUUUUUACCAGUAAAUUUUGCUCCCUUUUAAGAAUUAUGUGUACUCCACAUUACUGACAAAGGAAAUAGAGGAGCUCUUGGUCGCUGCAUUAUUGAGAUACUCACAUUUAACUCAUGAGGCUGUAAAUGAAUUUAUGAACGGUGGCAAAUGGCUGUUGCAGUAUAAUUGUGCAAAGUCAUUCCGUUUGCUUCAUAAAAAAUACAAAUUAAAGGCUAUGUCCUUUUGUGCUUGAGGCUGGGAAUCUUAUUUUCAAGACUGCAGAUUUUUUUUUUUUUAAUUAACUGCUUUAACAAGAUAGCUUUCUCCAACUUCUUCUGCCAUAAGCAUCUCCUGUGCAAACCCUCUUGAACCAAACAGGAAUUAUACAAAUGGCGUGAGCUCCUGGACAUUGCAUUGGGGCCUGCACAAGAGAAACAUCCUUGUGGGUUAUACCAGGUGAAAUUAGAUGAGCUACUGAUGUGUUGUGUUCCCCCUCCCCACUCUUCUUGCAGUUAUGUAUGCCCAAAGGGCUAUCCUUCAGGACUCAGACCGAUAACAGAGACCCCCAGUUCCACUCGUUCAUCAUUACCCGGGAAGAUGGUUCCCGCACUUACGGGUUCGUACUCACCUUUUACGAGGAGGUCACGAGCAAGCAGAUUUGCACAGCUAUGCAGACGCUUUAUCAAAUGCACAACGCAGAGCAAUGCAACAGCGUCUGCGCCUCGUCGUCGUGCAGCAUGGACUCCCUGGCAAGCAGCCUCGACGAAGGUGACUCCACGUCGCUGGCCAAGAUGCAACGCUACAACUCCUACGAUAUCAACAGGGACACUCUCUACGUCUCCAAGUGCGUUUGCCUCAUUGCUCCCCUUCCUUUCAUGCAAGCCUGCAAGAAAUUCCUCAUCCAGCUUUACAAGGCAGUCACCUCCCAGCAACCUCCACCUUUACCCCUGGAGAGCUACAUCCAUAACAUUCUUUAUGAAGUGCCCCUUCCGCCUCCAGGAAGGUCUCUCAAAUUCUACGGGGUCUAUGAGCCUAUCUUUUGCCAGAGACCCGGGCCUAAUGAACUCCCGCUAUCCGACUACCCUCUCCGGGAGGCCUUUGAGUUAUUGGGUUUGGAGAACCUCAUCCAGGUUUUUACGUGUGUUCUCCUAGAAAUGCAGAUCCUUCUUUAUUCUCAAGGUAAGCUGACUUAACUUUUAGUUCAAUCAGGUUGCUGAGUUUUCGUCUAACUUGCCCACAUGAAUGGUAAUAGCGGGUGGUGGUUUUUUCAGAAACAAUGUUUUUAAAAGAACUGACCUGAAACAGCCAAACAAUAUCUUUUAAAGCCAAAUGCAUAUAUCUUAACAGAGUGCUCUGCAUUCUCCUACAAAUUUAGUCUAAGCACCAACUGAAGAUUCACCAUCGUUGCAAAGGCUGUGACUGUCUUCCAAGAAAAUUAUAACCUUCAGGAGUACAGCAGUUUCUGUGGAAAGACGUUGCUUAUUUUUGGGUGUUAACCCUUUUGACUGCUUAGCUCAGAGCAUUUCACACCAAUAUUUUUCUUAACAUAUUUAAAAUAGUUUGCAGGGUCUUCUGGACUGACUUUUAAAAGCAAUUACCUCACUUUUUAAUUUUUCUUCUGUAUCUGAAUUUCUGUGCUGCCCCUUUGAAGGCGUGUGUGUGCACACAUGUAUUUUAUUUGCCUAUAUAUCAUGUGUGUGUCAUGAAUAUUGUGGGAAAGUGUGCAGUCCAACAUUUUCAAACUUAUCCUAUUCUGAGGCUGUUAAUACAGCUUCCUGAGGAUAAGUGACAAAUGCUACCAGCACAAGAUUGCUACCAGAGAGGGGUGAAUUAAAUUGUUAACUCUGCAGAAAGGAGGAAAUCUGUUUCGGAUGUGUGCCUGCAAGCAAUUUAAAGAAGAGUUUAAAUUCUCCUGGCCUUGCAAUUUAAGCCUUUUUCUGUUCAUAGGCAUUUAUUUGUUGUUAUUUAAUUUAAAGAUUCAUAUUCUUCCAGGGCAGUUUACAAAAACAAGAUACUACAUAAAAUUAAAACAUAACUAAGAACUAGGGGGGAGGGGAGAGGAUUUUUUAAUUAUAGAGGGGAAAGUUUUAAAAUUGAAAAAAAAAUGGAAGAAUAAACAUAUCCUUGCCUGCACUGAAAGGACAGCAAUGUUGGUGCCAGAUAGAUGAAUUCAAGUAGGUUUGUCCCUCCAGAUGUGAAGCUGCCCUCCGGCUGUGGGGCUACAGCCCCCAUCAUCCCUGACUAUUGGCCAUGUGGUCUGGGGAAACUACAUUGGCUAUUUUGUGUAUUAAAUGUGUAGCCCAUUCUUCCUCCCGAAGGAGCCCAGAACUGCAACCACCAGAAAGUUAAGAAGGUAGAAUUAAAAAUAAAACAACAACAACAAAAUAACUAUGUUUUUAAAUAACAUUUAAGAAGAAAGACAUCUGAAACAGUUUUUUAAAUGAAUAAGGUAAUAUAUACAUUUUUUAAAAAAUUAAAGAACUCUCCAAAACUUUUUCCAUCGUACAUACUGGAACAUUUUUGUUUUAUGAAAUUGAUGAUAUGUGUUCAGGAUAUGUGUGGAAGAGUGUGCAAGAUCGUUGCUUGUCAGACCUUAUGGGAGGAGCCACAUUUUCACAUUCCGCCACUGGGGGAAACUCACUUUGUGGUUUUGUAACAGGUGGCACCCUGUCUUUGGAAGGCCAGUAUUGUCAUCCUUCUGGUGCCUGGCUAAUUCUUUUUUAAUUUUCUGAGGCUUUCGAGGUUUUGGUAUGUAUUAAUACAUUUAGAUCCUGCCUUUCCUCCAAGGAGCUCAAGAUGGCAUAUGCAGACCUCACAACCACCCUGUGAGGCAGAUCAGGCUGAGAGACAGGGCUGGGCCCAAAGUUACCCAGUGAGCUUCGGGGCUGAGUGGCGAUUUGAACCCUGGUCUCCCAGGUCCUGGUUCAGCGCUCUUAACCACUACACCACCUUGUCUCUUGAUUAAUGUUUAGCUGAUUAGUAGUUCAGCCUGCUCGACUAUUUUUAGGCGGCUGUAUCUGUUCUGAUGUUGAAUUUUAUUAUAUGUUAUUUGUAUUAUUUGGUUCUUUUGUAACCUGUAUAGCUGGAUUUAUUUUCAACAAACAAUUAAAUUGUUUAUUUGCUGUUCCCUUUCAAAAAGUACAUUUUCCUAAGCUUCCGCCCUCUUGAGAAGGCUUCAUUGUGCUAGAGAUAAAGAGGGAGUUUGGGCUGCCAGUGCCGCCCCCUAGCAAUUUUAAAUUCCUGGGAGAAUACUGAUCAAAUUGUUUUUCUGUGCUGAAAGCCUGGCAAUAUACUCUGAUGUAGAUAAGGCAUAAAAAGAGAUAAUAUACUUGAGAGGCAGUGGUUUUUAUUUUGCUCAUUAACGCUCCUCCAGCAGAGAGGUAAUAAAUAGGAAGCUAUUCAGCUAAUGGGAGGCAGUAUAAAAGUGUAGACAUGGCGCACAUGCAUUUAGAAUGGAUUUGACCUGUGUUUCCAAGCUAAUACUUCUAAAUUUAGUUUACAAUGGUAGCCUCCCUCUUCUAAAGCCAUAUUUAAAGCUGUGUAAAGUUUGGAUGUGGGUGGUGCUGUGGGUUAAACCACAGAGCCUAGGGCUUGCCGAUCAGAAGGUCGGCAGUUUGAAUCCCCGCAACAAGGUGAGCUCCCGUUGCUCAGUCCCUGCUCCUGCCAACCUAGCAGUUCAAAAGCACGUCAAAGUCCAAGUAGAUAAAUAGGUACCGCUCUGGUGGGAAGGUAAACGGCGUUUCCGUGUGCUGCUCUAGUUUGCCAGAAACGGCUUAGACAUGCUGGCCACAUGACCCGGAAGCUGUACACCGGCUCCCUUGGUCAAUAAAGCGAGACGAGCGCUGCAACCCCAGAGUCGUCUGCAACUGGACCUAAUGGUCAGGGAUCCCUUUACCUGAAAGUUUGGGAAUGGAAUACUUAAGAAGAGGGUGCAUUUCCUUCCAUAUGGCACCCUGGUGGAGUGCUCAUAGUAAACAUUUCAGUAUUUCUUUUGACCUCUUUGGACCAUGUGCUUGUAAGUCAUAGGACUUUUUCUGUUGUGGGAAAAGGCAUAAGACCUGUCCUUGUUAAUCUGACUGUGUGUUUUGUGUGUGUGUGUGUGCUCGCACACACGCACGCGUGCACACACACAAAAUUAAUAGACGUGAAGGAGUCUAAACUGUGGGAAUCCAUUCUUAAUUAACCAACUAGAGUUAAUAUGAAUACAACUGUUCCGACUCAAGAAGAGAAAUUAAAUCACUGUUAAUGCUGGUGAGCCACUUGACGAUUUUCAGUUGGGAUAUAUUUUACGUUCAUGUGAAACCUUCACUUAGAGCCUUCUCCCCUACAGAAUCAUUUGCACUUUCUAAUAUGGAAGAAGUAGUCGAAGAUCAGGUUGGAAUUGUUGGAACAGUAUCGGGCAGCAUCAAAAGAAGAACACUUUAUAUCAGUUAUUGUACAAACAUCCUUUCUGGCUAGAAACUUAAUAGAAUACACAGGGAUAAAAUGCUGACAGGGUACUGGUGAGUUUGAGAGUACUGGCUUGAAAUCUUGUUUUAAAAAUAAGUCCUAGGGUGCAUUUCACGUUUGUGUAGUUCUGAUUUUCCGUCAAGGUGGAUUUGCAGGCUGCCUCGCUUCCUGGAGCCUGCUAACACGUGAGCUGAAAAUUCAGCCUAAUGAACAAUUAUGAGCAAAAACGGGCAUGACAGCCGUUGCUCCCCUUGCUGUUGGUUCCUUUCUUGUCCCAUCUGCAUAUUGCUGUUCCUCUGGCAAUUCAGCAGAGCAAUGUACAUAAUUCUGCUUUGCCGUUCUCCUGGUGUUCAUCUUAAAUUCACUUUUUAAAUUUUGUAUCAUAGCUGGAUGUGUCUAUUAAAAUUUCAUAGCUUUCUUUGUGUAAUAGUUCUGGAGUUAAUAUUUCAAUCCGUUUUAAACAAGCAGCGAGCUCGUGCCGCUGACGAAUAGCUGCAAAACGUGCUCUGUGGGUUUAAGAGUUGCUCUGCACUUGCCGUCUGUCUAAUGCUGAUGUCUUGAUGGCUUUUUAAGAGGAGCGAUAUAGUAAUUCUGUCUUGGUUUUCUCUGUUUAGACUACCAGAGACUGAUGACGGUUGCAGAAGGGAUCACCACGCUGCUGUUCCCAUUUCAGUGGCAACAUGUCUACGUCCCCAUCCUCCCAGCCUCUCUCCUGCAUUUCCUCGAUGCUCCUGUCCCUUACUUGAUGGGCCUGCAGUCGAAGGAGGGAACAGACCGUUCCAAACUGGAGCUUCCCCAAGAGGUGACUAUUGCACACUCCUGAACCUUAGGGCUGUGUGCAGGGCUGAAUAUUGGCAACCUGAGUUCAGGAUGCCUUCUUCUGUUGUUAAAACUUGCCGUGAGCUAUAUAUAAUUCCACAUGGGUAUUCCUAGUUUUUCUGUGCAUUUGUAGCAAAACCAUGGGCUCUGUAUUUGGACAUGGAUCCUCUCUGGAUAGGAACAUCAGAGUAAGGCUUUAGGAAUGCAGUCUAAAUACUGUAACUGUUUCUCUUUUUACUCAGUCCAAGAAGAAGAUCUCCCCCUCUUUUUUUAUCGGCUUAAAAUUUUUUUAUACAACCAGCAAAACAAAGAAGUCUAAAUUAACAUUGCCUUCUACUGAUAAGAAAUAAUAAUAACUAUUACAAUAAUGAAAACGCUAAAAGGACAUUUACUUCCCCUUUUAACUUCUAGUUACAAUAUAUUACUAUUCUAUAAGAAUCUAUUAUAUCCUUUGCUGUUCCAUAUAUUAUUUUAUUUCCCAAAUUCAACCUAACCCUCCCCGCCUCCCCACUGCUUCCCUUCACCUGUGUGAGUUCUUCCCAUCAUAAUACAGUGGUGCCUCGCAAGACGAAAUUAAUCCGUUCCGCGAGUCUCUUCAUCUUGCGGUUUUUUCGUCUUGCGAAGCACGGCUAUUAGCGGCUUAGCGGCUAUUAACGGCUUAGCGGCUUUAAGAAAAAGGAAACAAACUUGCAAGAACUCGCAAGACGUUUCGUCUUGCGAAGCAAGCCCAUAGGGAAAUUCGUCUUGCGGAACGACUCAAAAAACGGAAAACUCUUUCGUCUAGCGAGUUUUUCAUCUUGCGAGGCAUUCGUCUUGCGGGGCACCACUGUAUAUAUUUUUUUCUAGUUGCUUUGAUAAAAUAGAGUAACUUGAAAACUGUUAAAUUAUAAUUACUUCUUUUGUCCUUACACGCUUAACAAUUGCCUAUUAAGAGUUCUGCUUUAACACCAUAUUUCUUCAUGUAUUCCCCCAUGCAUUCCCAUUCUGUAUAGAAUUUUUGAUUGGAGCAGCACCUGAUUGCUGCAGUCAUUUUUGCCAUCACGGCAAACUCACAAAUCUUAACUAGCCAUUCUGUCAUUUGUGGUACUUUUUCUGUUUUCCGAUAUUUUGCCAUAAGUAUUCUUGCGGCUGCGAUUAUAUACAAAAAUCUAUUCCUUUUGUCCUUGGGUAUGUUGUUUGUCAAUAAACUCAGUAAGUAUGACUCUGGUUUUUUUGAAAUAGAGCUCCUGAGGAUAUUUUUGAUAUCCUCAUGUAUCUCAUUCCAAAAUUGUCUUACCACCUUACACCCCCACCACAUAUGGUAUAAUGUCCCCAUUUCUUUAUUGCACUUCCAGCAGAGAUUUGGAUGCUUUUUAUAAUUUUUUGCUAAUUUUACAAGAUCUCUUUAGGUGCAGUUGUGGCACAAAAACAUUUUUACACCGUCAUUGUUUACAUGUCCUGGCACUUCAGAAGUUUUUUUUUUAAUGGUCUUUCUGACUAUUGGGCUAUGAAGAAGCAUAUUCCCUGACCAGCUUUGUACCAUUUGUUGUACAGAAGAGCUCCGUCUACCCAGCCAAGCCCCAGUAGCAUUGAAUUGCCUUUUUCCAGUUUGUGUGUGUAUCCCAUUUAUUAGGGCUGCUGGCCGUCACCAGUCAUUUAAUUUAGUUUAUUACUGUUGACAGCUGUUUCCCUGCAUCUUUUCCUGUUUCUAGCAAGGUGGUUCAAAUAUAUAUACAUGCCACUUGUUAGGAUUUUAUCUCAAGUGCACAAAGGUUUUAUUUUUAGCCCCAAGAGUGUGGAGUUUGGCCUGAACAAUGAAAGGAACACAGAAAUGAACCUUUGUUCACUAGUAUUCGUGUUGCAGAAGACCGAAUGGUUUUACCAUCUUGUUGAAAGCGCUGUUUCAAAAUGCAACCAUUAAAUGCAGCCCCUCAGCUCCUCCCCUUCUCUAUUACCUAGAGUCAUUUUUCAGUGGAUGUAGGAGUAGAAAGAAAAGACUAAAAAUCAGAUACCAUUAACAGUUUCAGUCUGCCUUGCAUAAAAGACGAUCUCACCUCCCUAGUGUAUGGGAAUGUGCAGCAUGGAGUUGAGCUUAUCUUGUAGAUCCUCCUCCUACACUCAAUUUAUUUUGGCAUUUUAUCUCACCCAUGUUAUUAUUGACACAAGGGUCGUCUAUAAAAUAAUAAAUGCAGGUCCUCAUCCUCACAAUAUAAUAUGUAGAAAGAACAGAUAAAGCUAAUGCUCAAAUAAACUAGAAUGUAGUUUUAUAAAAUCUCAACACCUAAUGCUUGGGAAAGUAAUUAAGCUGACACCGAAAAGAUAACACCGUAGAUGCCCGUUGAACUUCUGAACCUUGCAGUCCUUCCCUGCUUCAUGUCCUGUUUUUAAAAUAUAUCUCUAAGCAUAUGAGGCAGCUAAUUAAUGUAAUUUGGGGAUUUAGUUCAGAUUCCUGCCUUUUCCUUCCUGUGAGAAGCGCGUUGCAAGUGGACUUCUUCAACACACCCUAGAGAAAACAACCGAGUGCUGGUACCAAUUAAAUAUCAGUUCAAAGACUGACUAGAAUGAGUUGCCAUUGCCCUUGUGAAUAUCUAGGUCUCCUGUUAUGCUACUUUGUCAUGGUUGGUGCAUCUGAGGCCUCAGCUCCCUUGCGGGGAAACAAACUGGAUUCAGCACAGCAAAUUCAUGAGCAAUGAAUUUCAGACUCAAGCUGAGUUGUGGGGGUGGGGAAUAGUAAUCUCUUCCAAGGCACCACUCUUUAUUUUGAGGGUUUACUGGUUUAUGUAAAAGUUGGAUUACUUUAUAUUUCCAAACAAAAGAUCCCCUGUAUGUGGUGAAACCACUGUGUAUAUUUUUGAAGCCAGCCUCACCGUUGGACAGGCGACAAACAUUUGGGCACUACUAGAGGGGAGCCAAUGGCUCAUUCUUGGGUUUUCUAUAUUAGUACUUUAGUGGGAGAGAAUAUUUGGAUUAAGCUGCCUCUGGCAUGAAUAUUUUGCCCAUACCCCAAUCAGUUGGAAAGGUUUGUUUGUUUGUUUAAAGUCUUCCCAAGGAUUUCCCUGUAAAGGCAUCCCUGCCUGUUCAAAGUGACUUCUGAAUAUUUUAUGUGAGCUGAUGGGUUAUCAUUACCUAUGUAUUUCUUAUGUUGCCGUUGUUGAUGUGAUACUUGAAGUUGCAUUUUUUAGUGUGCUGAUUAGUAUAUUUCAAACACUUUGUCUCCAAGAGACUAUUUCACACCCCCCCAAAAGAGACUAUUUCUGUUUUAGGCAACUAAUACACUUAAUAAUAAUAUUUGGCUUCCCCCCCCCUCCAGGCUAACCUCUGCUUCGUGGAUAUCGAUAACCACUUUAUUGAGUUACCAGAGGAACUUCCUCAGUUUCCCAACAAGCCGGAUUUUAUCCAGGAAAUCUCCGAAGUUCUGCUUCAGUUUGGAAUUCCCCUUGAGGGCACCCUCCAUUGUAGCGAGAGUGCCACCAAGUUUAAGAACCUAGUCCUCAAUGACUUGGCCAAUGACAAAAAAAAUGGGAACGUACCAAGCAACACCAUCAACAUGUAUGAGUUGCUCAAGGGCAAUGAGACUAUUGCCCGCCUCCACGCUUUGGCAAAGAGAACAGGGGUGACAGUGGAUAAAAUGAGCAUCAACAUUCCUCUGGAAGAGAAGGAAAGGAAUGUUAAGCUCCAGUGUGAAGACGGGGAGCUGAGGGACUACAAACUGAACGUUCAGCUACGAGAGGUUUUCGCCAACCGCUUCACGCAGAUGUUUUCUGACUAUGAUGCUUUCGUCAUUCAAGCGGCACAAGACAGGGAAUCGUGGCUGACCAACAGGGAACAGAUGCAAAAUUUUGACAAAGUAAAAGCAGCCAAAUAUUUUUCUUGUAACAAUCAAUUCGGUUGCCUUGCCUUUUGAAGGCUCGGUGCUCAGUGGUAGAGCACAUGAUCUCAUUUGCAGCGUCCUAAGUUCAGUCCCCUAUCUUUGGUUUAAAGGAUCCCUAAAUACUUUUGAGUUAGAGAAUACUGAGUUAGAUCAGCCAAACGGUUUGGCAUUAAGGCAGCUUCAUGUCGAUAGUUAUAUUACCGUAUUUUUCCCCUAUAGGGCGCACUGGCCCAUAGGGCGCACCUCGUUUUUUGGGGGGGGAAAUGAAUUUUAAAAAAUUAUUCCCCCCCCAGCCCCCAGGCUGCUAUCUACAAGCCUUGCGAGCCCGGUGGGAACUCCCGCCGGGCUUGCAAGGCUUGUGGACACCUGCGCAAAGCACAGGUCGCCCUCCGGAGGGCGCCCCGUGCUUCGGGCUGCAGGCUGCUGCCCGCAAGCCUUGCAAGCCCGUGGGAAUUCCCGCCAGGCUUGCAAGGCUUGCAGAUAGCUUCCUGAAGCCUGGAGAGCGAGAGGAGUCGGUGCGCACCGACCCCUCUCGCUCUCCAGGCUUCAGCGAAAGCCUGCAUUCGCCCCAUAGGACGCACACAUAUUUCCCCUUCAUUUUUGGAGGGGAAAAAGUGUGUUCUAUAGGGCAAAAAAUACGGUAUAUAUUUAGAUUCUCUUUUCCCAUUCAAAUAGCAAAAGCUCUUUUCAAAUUUUGGCACCCGAAAUUGCUUAGCAAGUGUAAAUGGGGAUGGCUGUUAUUUAGGUCAGGGGUGGGAAACCUAUGGCUUUCCAGAUGUUGUUGGGCUCUGUUAACAUCCACACUCCCACCCACUCCCACAUGGCCAGUUGUCAGGGGUGAUGGGAGCUGUGGUAAAGCAGGUCCCCUCACCCAUGAUUUAGACGCAGCCUGGUUUUGUCUAGGCCUUGUUAGGUGACUGGUUUAUUUUUCUUACUAGAAAAUACUUCAGUUGCAUGUUGAGUAAGAGGAGGAGUACUUGAGGAGGCAGCUGAUGAAAUAACUUCUCAAAUUGAUCCAAAAUGAUGCUGACAUGGAUUUUUCUCUUUUUUGAACCAUAGAUUUGGUAUGGAAAAUUUAUCAGAAUCUUGUGGGAUUUCUUUAUUGCCAGUAAUGGCAAAGUCGUCCUUCCUUUGUUCAAAUAUAUAUACAUAUUUAUGGAGUAGUCUUUGUGACCAAGUCAAAGCUAUCAUUUCCUUGGGUGAGAUAUAUGGCCCUGGGUAUCUGCCUUGAAAAAAGUGCCUCUCGGCCAACUAUGGUAACCAUUCUGUGUAAUAAGAGUAAGAAGUGGCAAAUAGGAACUCUAGACUGGUGAGACAUUUUGGAUUGGAGAUCUUGGUGCAAUCAUGUUUUUUAUUUUCUUAUCUCUGACACUGUCGUGUCACAUUAAACCAUAGUUUAAAACUAACUAUGGUUAAAUGUGAACAAGUUCUCAUGAUCCUCCUCCCUCUCCUGUUCAGGCUGCUGCACUGCAGACGAAUAGACCAUGGUCUGGCUUGUGUCCUCUGAACUUGGUCUUGUGAAUUGUUUCCUCCAAAGAAUCUUGAGUAUUAAGACGAGAACAGAUCUUGGUUACUGCUUGUAGCUUUAUGGGAGGAAACAAACCACAAGUCCGGGUUUGGAUGACGUUGUACGCCAGACUGCAGGCUGUUUCAUUCAUAGUGCAGCUUGAGCAGGGAAGGAGUGCUACAGAACUGCCUGAGCUCAUUGGCAUUAAACCAUAGUUUCUUUUCAAUUUGGUUUAGUGUAACGUGCCAACUAGGUCACUGUUUGCUAUUGGGCUAUGCAUGCUCCCUGUGAAAGUAUGCUUGGGACAUAAUUGGACAAUUACUGAAAUGGAAAACAAGUAUACUGCAAGGUGUAACUUUUUCUUUUGGGUUCCCUCAACUCUAGGCUUCGUUUCUCUCUGACCAACCUGAGCCUUACCUCCCAUUCCUCUCACACUUCAUUGAAACUCAAAUGUUUGCAACAUUCAUCGACAAUAAAAUUAUGUCCCAUUGGGAAGAAAAAGACCCAUUUUUGCGAGUGUUUGAUUCCCGAAUCGAGAAGAUAAGGCUGUAUAAUGUCCGGGUCCCUUCACUAAGAACGUCUACAUAUCAGAAGUGCAACACAUUGAAAGAAGCAGGUAUGUACAGGUCUAUCAGUUGUCAGUGUACAAGCUUCAAAAGAGAGAGAGAAAAAGAGAGGGAGAGAGAGAGAGAGAGAGGGAGAAAGAAAGAAAGAAAGAAAGAAAGAAAGAAAGAAAGAAAGAAAGAAAGAUACUAGCUACUCAGAAGUUGUAUUUUACCCUAUUUGAUCUAGUUAAUUCAUUUGCUUUAAUUUAUAUCCCUCCUUUGAGUCCCCUUCACCACCUUUGAGGCACCUUACAGUGCAGUAAAACAAAAAGGAGCAAUGCAAAACACCUCAAGAAAAACAAAGCAUUAAAUUGGGUUAGUACAAUCUGAGAGUUCAUGGAAACCAGCAGGAGAAUCGGAAUUAAAAAUCUAACUUGCCAGCCCACCCCCUAAAACCUUCCACAAUAAAAAAUGUUGACUGGAUCCAUUUAGAAUGUAAAAGUCCCCAUGGAGGGAUUUAGCUGUGCAAUUCCUUUUUACCUGUGAAAGCUAUUCUACUGUCACUGAAGGUAUUUAUUGCAGCUGGCUAGAUAUGAUCUGUCAAACUGUGUUGUUUUUCCAUUUUCUUUUAUGUUUAGAAAUGAAACACUGGGAUUUAAAUAGCCAAACAAAAAAGUUUAAUUUGUGUUUGAAACCAUUUUAAAUUUUCAGGUCUGCUUUUUCUUCGGAGGCUAGUUUCGGUUGAUAUGGUGGCACCAGAACCUCAUGCGCUUCAAGUUGAUAGUAGUAUCAAGUUUCCUUCUGAUCUCUUAACCCCACAGAUCUGAAUCCAACACCCAAUGUUUGUUUGACUAACACACAGGCAUGGAAUCUUGUGUUCCUUCACCUCCAGCAUUUUGCUCCAGUUGUUCACCAAGGAACAGAGUUGGUUUUGAAUAUGGACAUACUGAUAUUUCAGCCCGCGUUUUGAGAAGCAGCUUCCCUCUUUCCCAUUUAGCAAUGAUGACUCAAGCGAUAUGCUGUUGGUGAACAUUUUUUUUAGGAGUCCCUAAUAGUAAGCAUGGUCCUGUCUACUAAUGGCCUCUGUUUUUGCCAUAGCUGUCAACUUUUCCCUUUACUUGCGAGGAAUCCUAUUCGGAAUAAGGGAAUUUCACCUAUAUAGACUGACCACAACUUACCUCAGGUGUGCUGGCUCCAGAGAUAGAUCCUGCCUGUGGAAGAAAAGUUCCUUGGUUUCAGUUAACUAAAAAAGAAAUUGUUUGUGUGUUAAUUGCUAUUUUCAGCUCAGGCCAUUGAACAGCGGCUGACAAAGAUUGAUCACACUGCAAUCCAUCCUCAUUUGCUUGAUAUGAAGAUAGGCCAAGGCAAAUAUGAACAGGGCUUCUUCCCUAAGCUUCAGUCAGAUGUGCUGGCAGCUGGGCCUACCAACAACAAGUAAGCUUUUGCAACUGUAAUAACCCCUUGGAAUGCAUGGGAAUAGUUCUUUCAGUGUAGUCUCUUUUUUUUUUUAUAUUAAAUAUUUUAUUAAGGAUUUUCUUGUUUUACAGAAGUAAGUGUACUGCCUCGUAUAUAUAUUUUUUUCAUGUAACAUUUUUACAAAUCCAUUUCAUUUGUUGAGGCAUUAGGGGGAGAAGAAAAAAAAGAAAAGAAAGGGGGGUGGAGAGAGGGUAGAUGGAUGGGGUCGGGGUCGGGUGGCGGUGUUUCUAUUAUGUUUAAUGUAUGUAGAGUUUGGUGUCAGCGUUGCUUGUGUUGUUCACUUGUGUUCCUUCAGUGUAGUCUCUAGGCUGCUUUGCCGAUUUAGGAUUCCGUUCCCUCAGUCACUGAAAAAAACCCCCAGCGAUACCUAGAUAUGAGCUUGUCCCUUCCCCUUGGCAGCAUUACUGUAGCCCUCCAGCUGUUUUGGGACUACAGUUCCCAUCAUCCCUGAUCACCGGUCCUGUUACCUAGGGAUGGUGGGAGUUGCAGUGCUAAAACAGCUGGAGGGCCAAGUUUGGCCAUCACUACAUAGCGUACCUUCUGUGAGGCUUUCCCGUGAAGAGUAUCCAGUAGCUUUAGGUGCUGCAGCCUGUGCCAAAUCACUUUGAGGAUAUAUUGCAGAAGCCUAGUGUUAAACUCACUGGUUAGCUAUAGGUGACCAGAGAUUUCAUGUAGCUAAGUUCUAUGUGGGUGAGUGAGUAGACUGGCUGCAGUGGAAGAGAAACUCCUGCAGCCUCAGCCUGAAUGGAAAUGCAGGGUAGCUGUCAAAACCACCUUUUAACCAAGUAGGUUAGCAGAGAAGGGACAAAGUUCAGGUAUGGGGCUUCUCUUCCUCUGUGGAAACACAAGCUUUUAUAGCAUCUUAGCAUACUAGAAAAAAAAUUACAAUUUACAUGCUAGUUGCUAUGGGCUUAUUUACAAGGCUAUAUUAUUCCAGUACUUUAUCAUGUGCACUGACGCUUCCUGUUAUCCCCUGGACAUUGUAUUUUGUUCUUGCCAGUUACAAGCUUUGUAUUUGGAGCUGAACUAUAAGCAUUUAACCUGUUACGAAAUGUUGAUUUUUCGAGUUCCAAUCAGAGUCUCCAGAUUCUCUUUUUCUGGUAACAAAAGGAGUUAUAAUCAAGCAGGAGCAGACAUCUUCAUUGGGUUUUCUUUGAUUGAUUUUAAACUGCAGGUUAACUUGGAGGGAAUCAGAACACAUAUGCUGUGAAAUAAAAGUAAUUAAAUAAGCUCUCUAAUACACUAAUCUCCACUGAUUAUCCUGUAAUUCUUUGUAAUUACUUACAAAGGAGCAUAAUGCGUCACAUGUAUUGGUUUGGUAGAGCAACCAGCAAAAUGAGCACAAGAGCCGUUUACAUCUCUGAACGUUUUUGCAGAUGGAGUAAGAAACCCUGGAUUUUUAUCUUUAGCCGUGUCCUCUAUACUGUACAUGAGGGAGAAUGAUUUUGAUACUGGCACCCCAAUUGUGGAGCACCCUUCCCUUGCAGGUUUAAUGGGCACUGAUCCUGUUGGGCCUCAGCACCAGUUAAAAACGUGCUUGUUUGCCCAGGCCUUUUGCUAAAUUAUUACUGAUGAAGAUGUCCUGACUGAUUUGUUGUAUUAAGGUUAUAUUAGUAUUUUUAUAUAACAGCAUUUUAUUGGGUGGUAUUCAACCAGGUUUUAUGUUGAGUAGACCCAUUGAAGCUAAUGGGCCUAACUUAGUCAUGUUCAUUAAUUUCAGUGGUCUGCUCUGAGAAAAACCUAAUUGAAUUCCACCCAUUAUGUUUUAUGCCUUUUGUUUAUUAUAUUGUAUCCUGCCUUGGACUUGGAUUUAAUGAAGAGUGUGAUGUUUGGGGUAUGUUCAUUCCAGUGUAGGAAAGUGUGGGGAAGGGGGAGUUAAUGCAGGGGAAAGUUCCUGCCCUCUUUUUCUUUUAAGGAAACCAGGAAGGGGCACAUUCCAGUAUGAAGAUUUGGUAGUAUUGACUUGCUGCCCUGGAAGAAAACUUGUUUCUCCUUACCAGGCAUCUAUAACAACGUCAGAGCACUAGUAUUUGUAACACUUAUGAUCUCAGCUGACUUUGGCUUUUGUAAAUGUGUUUAAAUGUAGACAUUCUCUAAGAAGGCCCUUAGAAGAGCUGAGAUCCAGUGUGGCCUGGUGGGUCUGUGAGCUUACAGUAGGUAUUCUCCUGCAGCUGGACAGGGGAAUACCUAAGACAAACCCUUUCCCACCUAGUUGGCCUGUGGAAGUCUCUUCCAGUUGGAAUUCAUUUAAUCGUUCAGAAACAGAUGAGAGUGGGGGCGUCCAAUGCUGGCAUCCAGCAAAAUGUGGGCAUGAACAAGUGGGCGUGUUCAGGGUAGGAGAGGCUGAGUCAGUGCAAAGAGAAACUGAGCAGGAAGACCAAAGAGUCUCCCAUGUGCUGUGGAUUUUUGAGAGGAUAUUUAGUGAGACUUUCCAUGGGCAUCAUAGGAGACUCUAGUUGGGCACACAAACAUUUGUAAAUGCCACAUUGGCAACCUCUGACCUAGCCAGUGAAGAGUAACUUGGAAUGUCUCCAUGGCAUCCUCUCUUUUCUUCAUUUUCUCUCUGUCACCAUCUGUCUAGUUCAUGGGUUGGCAACCUAAGGCCCGGGGGCCGGAUCCGGCCUGCGGACGGUCCGGGAAUCAGCAUGUUUUUACAUGAGUAGAAUGUGUCCUUUUAUUUAAAAUGCAUCUCUGGGUUAUUUGUGGGGCAUAGGAAUUCAUUCAUUUCCUCUCCAAAAUAUAGUCUGGCCCCCCACAAGGUCUGAGGGACAGUGGACCAGCCCCCUGCUGAAAAAGUUUGCUGACCCCUGCUCUAGUUUGUAAUGGGCCCUUUUGGAGUCAUGAGGCUUGUAUUAGAAUAUUAAAAAAUAAAUGGGUCUAAGUUAAUCAUGUCCAUUACAUUCAAUGAGUCUUCUCUUGAGCUAGUACCUGUGCUAACCUUUUCCCCCUCCAGAGUUGGCAUGUAAUGGUUUCUUACAACUCUUUCUUUCUUUCUUUCUUUCUUUCUUUCUUUCUUUCUUUCUUAUAACCUCAGUCGGUGGGUGAGUCGAAGCGCUACAGCACAGCGCAGGAAAGAUCGCCUCCGGCAACAUUCAGAGCACAUUGGUUUGGACAAUGACUUACGAGAGGUAAGCGCUGUGGUUAAUAGCAGAGACACCCAAUACUUGUUAUCCAUUUAGGGUUUGGCUGCAUUAGCUUUGUCAAAACUUAAGAGCAAGACCUCCGCAUAAAGCAUGUACCUCUCCCCACAAAAAAGAAAAAAACCUGGGAUAGGAGCAGAUAACAGGGUCCAGGUUCCUGGAAAAAAGAAUUACAGGGCCUCCUUAGCAGAGGUUCAAUACAAAAGCUGAGAUCCCAUCUUCCAACCAUCUCUAUCUAGAAAGAAUUGUCCUCUCCCCGCACAUGGUCCCCGCAAGCCUAACAUGUAGACUGGCUUCCUUUCUUGAUUCCCCAAGGGUACGUUCUCUCAAAUCAGAAAUCAUUGCUUUCAGCCGGUUGUAUUUUGAGAUAAUUGUUAGCCUCUUCCUAUGGUUGCACUCCCUUGCUCUUCCAAAAUGCAUCAGUAUGGCUUCAGAGAAGAAGAAGGAAUGCUUCUGGGAAUGGGAGAUGAUAGGGAUUUAAUUCCCAGGAGGAACAUGCUUUAAUGUCCUCCCUUAUCCCAUAAGAUCUCUAAAUCUAUUCAAUUUAACAAAAGGCUCAGUUUUCAGAAAGGAUUACAGACCCCUGCUGAUCCGCUUGUCCAGUGUGCUGAACAUCAAAGCAACUCCUGAAUUAUGCAUUUAAAUGAAUGCUAAGCUAAGCUUCCAUCAACUUAAUUAUGGCUUCUAGUUGUACUGAGGGCCCCGUGUGCAUAUAAGGCUCCUCAAGAUGCCUCUAGUUGGCAGAGCCCCAUAAGCGCAUGGAAGUCUUCUUCUCAUCGAUAACAGUCCUUGGGUAAGUUGUCCUUGGCCAUUCAAGGUGGUCUUACUGGACUUUGAGGGGUCUCUCCUUUUGAGCUGUGCACGAUGAGCUUCUGAUUCCACAUCCAAUUCUGUAGACAGGAGGAAUGCUUGACAUGAAAGGGCACUCCCUUCCUGUGCAGAGUUAUAAACACGUAGAACUCUAUAUCAGGGUGGAAGUGAGUUAUGGGCAAAAGGGGGGGGGUACCAUCAAAAGUGUCAAACUGCAUUAUAUGUACUGAUUGUGACAUUGCGGCUGUGUGUGUUUUUCCCCAACCAUGUUCUGCAUCAUUGGCUGGUGGUGGUGUGGAAACACACAGCCUGGUGACAUGACAGUGUAGGAGAAAUCUUCCUGCAAGUUGUGGGUGAGAUGUAGCAGGCCUAGGUUGCCGGCAAUGAGUGGCUCUGCCCUCAGAGCCCCAGAUUGCAGUUCUUUUCUGCCUUAUACUUAGCAGUUGACUUACAAAUAAAUCUUUCCUGGAGAUUAAGUGCUUGAGCAAAACAAGCACGUUUUGCUUUGGUUUCAUCCCAGCAACCUGUGUGCGAGUGGCAUGCUGCUUAGCCUUUUAAAUGGGAGCGUGCCAGAUUUAUAGCUGCACCUGAAGGUUAGGGAUUCCUGCGUGGCUUGUUAAAACACCAUACGUCUUUGUCUUAUUCCUAUUUACCUUUUUUUGCCCAUUUGAAACAAGCAGGAACAACACAGGGUUUUCGCGAGGACGAAAGUCAUUGUGCUUCUUUCUUUUUAGUUACCUUUUUAUUCUUAAGGCCAUUUGGUCCUUGCAACAUUGCUGAAUUCUGCAUCCAGUUCAGUGAGUGCAGUUUUAGGGAGGGCGAGAGACCCUGCAUUUUAUACAUACCCAAAUGUGAAAGCUUAUUCUGCUGAAACAAAAGGAAUGUGUUAUUUGUGAGCGUUGAUGCUAUCGAAUGUGACGGCUCAGAAGCAUUUCCUUGUGACGUUUUAUAUGAAUUGCUUCCAUGCUUUUUAAUUUCUUCAUCCCUUUACUGUAUUUACUCUUUCUUUCUGUUUUUGCUUUGACUCUUAUGCAUGCAUGUUCUGCCGCCUCCUUUUUCUCCAUCUGCUGCUUCUGCCAUUCGUUACAUCCACCUUCCUCUUAGCCAUUGGAGGAGUUCUUGAUCCGUCAGAACUCACUGGCAUUCUGGGAGUGGGAUCAGGGCCCACCUCCUCCUGCACGACCACCUAAAAAAUCAUUCUCUGAAUGUUGUCUGGUAUGUUUUAUUUAAUUUUGCCCAGAGCUGCUUUCCUUCUCACACUAACCGCUGCUUUUUUGGGUAGAAUUCUAUGCACCCCUCUAUAGCAGUCCAUAAAGCGUGGUUCUGAUCAGGCAGAUGAUUCUCGCAGUGCUCCAGGGCCCUGCCUUGUGUUGGUUUUACAACAGGAGGCCUAAGAAAGAUGUUCAAGUUCAGCCUCUCAUUUUCCAGAACAGCUUGUUGGGCAGGCAAAAAAAUUGAGAUGCGUGGCCAGUCAGGUCCCAGCAAACGCAGAGCUAGUUCUUUUCGUUACAUCUAAAAUCCUGAUUCCCAUAUUAAUAUUGUCAAGGUGGCUUGCAAAGACCAAGGCCAUAUAGGUGGUCUUUUUCUGCUACUUAUCUGAAUGGAACCACACUUUAAAAGAUGACUACCGCCUUUCCUCGUCCUAAUCCUCACCCUUUUCUCUCCACUGUUAUUUUUCCAAAGCAGUUGCUGUUUGAUCCUUGCACAGUCACUUACUUUAUUUUGGGGGGAAACACAACUACUUAAAAUGGUUGUUGCAGAACCUUGCUCAGGGUUGUGAGCAUUCUGAUCCUCCCCCUUUGCAUUUCUCCUUUGCAUCUAUGCCAUCAGGGGUGCAAAGGAAAAGGGGCAGAGGAUCAUCAAGAGCUUUUUCAAAGCCACCUUGCUCUUCUUCUUUGUGCCUCCAACGCAGGCAUCCCCAAACUCAGCCCUCCGGAUGUUUUGGGACUACAACUCGCAUCACCCCUAGCUAACAGGACCAGUGGUCAGGGAUGAUGGGAAUUGUAGUCCCGAAACAGCUGGAGGGCCGAGUUUGGGGAUGCCUGCUCCAAUGUCAUAGGUGCAAGGUAGAAGUGUGGAGAGGAUCGCAAAUCCCUUUUCCCCAAAAGGAUUCAGGCAGAAGCCUUACUGUGCUCCCCCUUUCAUCCUCCAAUGAUCAGGGGUGUCAGAUGUGUCCCAAGAAUAUGAGGGUGCAUCUCUCCCACCCCCCAGUAUGGCCAGCCCUGCAUUUCAUCAGGCUGAAGCAGUGCAUUUUAGCAGAUCUGGGGGUACAGUUGAACAGCAGUAAUAUCUAGGAUAUCUUGUAAUAUCUUGUGUGUGUGAAGAUGUGGGCUUUCUGCCUCAGGCACCAAAAUAUAUUUGGUAGUCUGUUGCAUUCGACUCCACUAACAGGCAGAAAACAGAUGUGAGCUGUGUAGCCAGUUUGACAGCCCAUGCAGUUCAACUGCAGGCUAUCUUUCUCUCCCUACCUGUGUAUUUAUAAGGCUGAUGCCUACUGAAAACCAUCUACACAAAACUUACUGUUUGUGCAGGUAUUAUUUCCACCUCUCUGACCUCUCACUUCCACCUUCUUGACGUUUGAGGGGGUGGGGGGAUGACCUUGGCCCCACAUAUUAUUUUUUGUUUCAUUUUUUAGUGCAGAGUUACUUUGUCGAUUAAGGAGGGCAGAGGUGUUUGUGCUGUGUUUUUGGUGUUCAUUCUAGUUGUUUUUUAAUUAUCAUUGGAUUAGAAGUACAUGCAAGAAGCAAGGACCUUGGGGAAAAAUCUGAGGCAGCCCAAACUCUCCGAUCUUUCUCCUGCUGUCAUUGCUCAAACAAACUGGAAAUUCGUAGAAGGUUUACUCAAAGAAUGUCGAAUGAAGGUAAGUAAUUUGAGUGUGUGUGUGGUAAAAAUGUGGUUUGCUGAAAAAAAGACAUCUGUGUUGCGAGGUGUGGUUCCACUCCCCUCAUUCAAACCCUUCACUGUGGAGUGGCAGCAUUGCCCUAAAAGAAUGCCCAAAUUCUUGCAAGUGUACUAUAGUUUCCUGUCAAAAUGUGUGGGAAUAUGGCUGUUUUUUAUGGUUUACUUACUAUGAAUGGGAUAGGAAGUGGUUUGCAUGUAGAGCACUAGUAUUUUCCCCUCUUGUGUUAGACUGCAGAGGAUUAUCCCUUGGGAGAGUCUACAAAUCUGAUCAUCUCACUGGUUCUGCACAUAUUAAGAGGGAGUCCUGCUUUGUAGCUUAUUUCACAUAACGAUUCAACCAGCCUCAGUGAGGUUCACAUCACUAGAAAUUAAAGCAAAGCAUGAUAGAUUAUCCAGUUGCUGUUUCUCUGCUUUUUGUUUACUAAGAUGAUUCUAAAGCACCUUUUGCCAAAUUUGGGCCACUUGCAAAACCUGAAAAUAGAUCACAGGAAGAAAGGCAAUAAAGCAACAGACAGCAAUUGCCAGCAACUGCCAAGGAGUGUGGUGGAGUCUCCUUCUUUGGAGGUCUUUAAGCAGAGGCUUGACAACCAUAUGUCAGGAGUGCUCUGAUGGUGUUUCCUGCUUGGCAGGGGGUUGGACUCGAUGGCCCUUGUGGUCUCUUCCAACUCUAUGAUUCUAUGAUUCUAUGAGCAAUUAAAAUCAGCAUAAAAAUCAGCUCAGUGGAUUCCUUGGACGGCUACUGUGUUGAGUUUCCAUGCUUUGCGUAAUGAUGCUUGUAAAUCCCUUGCUUGUUUGCAGACUAAACGUAUGCUGGUAGAGAAGAUGGGCCAUGAAGCUGUUGAGCUUGGACAUGGAGAGGCCAACAUUACGGGUCUGGAAGAGAAUACGCUCAUCGCUAGUCUUUGUGACUUGCUGGAAAGAAUUUGGAGUCAUGGACUACUGGUCAAACAGGUCAGUGAUUUGGAAGACACAAAGACCCUCAGCUGCUAUACUAUUUCAUACCCCCUUUUAGGACUAAGCUGUCACUCAUCUUAGAGUGCUUCUGGGAGCGUAUGAUGUUCGCCUUACACUGCUAGACAAUUGAUUCACCUAGCCCAGGACUGUUGUCUGCUCUGUCAGUGGGUUGCUGGAGCCUCAAGCAGUUACCUGCUUUAGCCCUGAUACCUCGUGACUGGAUGAAACCAUGCAUGUUGUUGCAUGGAACCAUCUCACUAAAGGAGUCUUGAAUCCUGAGUCAGACCACUGGUCCACCUAGGUCCAUAUUGUCUACAAAGAUUGACAGUAUAUUUCAUCCUCUCGAUCGGAAAUGGUUGACCUGCACCUAUCAGUAAAAUAUUACAUCUUUGGAGGCAGCUGUAAGGUGUUUGUUAGUGCUAGUGUUGUUUUUAUACCCACAGCAAGCUUAUUAAAGCAUUUUGGUCUUUAGUAUCUAACAGAAUUCAGACAUUUUAUUUAUUUGCCAAGGUUUCAGGUAGAUGCCUUCCCCAGCCCCUGCUACCUAAGAUCAUUUUAAAUGCAGAUACUGAGAGCUGAACAUAGAAUCUCUUUUUAUGCAAAAUGCGCUUACCCACCGAGAGCUAUGUCUCUUAAUUGGUAUGGGUUUGGGGCUUUUUCCUACAUGGGAGUGCACUCUUUAGGAAAAGCAUCAUGCGCAAAGCAGCCCUUGCACCUUUGUAGCAUGGGUAUUGGUGAGUUUGUGAUGCAAUAUAAGGAAUAUAAGUACUUACACGUGCAGCUCUAACUUUGUGGAUUGGAUGAAUGGGUUGAAAUACCUAGAACCAUAGAACUGUAGAGUUGGAAGGGACCCUGAGAGUCAUCUAGUCCAACCCCCUACAAUGCAGGAAUCUCAACUAGAUCAUACGUAUAGAAUCAUAAUCAGUCAAGUCAAUCAGUCAAAGUGUUAUAGGUUAGCUGAAUGCCAUGGUGGUGAUUGGUUCUGAUGGUGGAGUCCAGAUAUGCAGGGCUCCAAGCCCCAUGUAAAUCUACAGGAUAGAAAGGAGCAUUUCAGAGUGUGGCCUGCAUAGUUCUUCCAUUCAUAGUUUCACUUGCUGUGUGGCAAGAGCCAUUGUAGUAUAGCAAUAAAACUGUUGGACUCUGAUACAAGACUCUCGGGUUCAAACUUCUGCUGUGAAGCUUAUCAGGUGGCCCUGGGGGAAACCACUCUCUUUAAACCUAACCUGCCUCGCAGGCUAAAAUGCAGUGAUUUGCUCUGUAGGGAAAUAUAAAAGUGACACCAUAAAACUGAUUUAGGUAUAUUUGUACUGUGUAGCAGGAAAAGCUGCAAAUGGUUUCUGAAAAUCUGUUUUGUUUUUAAGGGGAAAUCUGCAUUGUGGUCCCAUUUAAUUCAGUACCAGGAGAGGGAAGAGAAACAGGAGCAGCUUGCAGAAUCCCCAAGUGAGUACAGAAUACUUUGGUCAAGUGGCUUUGUGCAGCAUCAAUAGCUGUACCUUAUAAAGGAAAUUUUAACUCAACUAUGGGUGAUGGCCAAAGAAGGAAGAGAAAUAAAUGUACUCCUAAAAUUUGUUAAGCACCUGCAGAGAUCCAAAUAGUUGGCAGGCACACUGUUUUGCAGAGUGACUCAGUUUUUGUCUUGGUGUGCUUUGCAGUAAUUUCUCCUAGGACUUGAUCCUUUGGAUCAAAAACUGCUGAGUGCCUUAUCAGUAAAAUAUUACAGAAGCAGUUUGAUUAUUGUUUGUGGGUUGGGUGGUCUUGUAUACCCACAGCAAGCUUAUAUGAGAAGGUUAACUUGUUCUGAAGUAUUUAAUGGCAUUUAAAUAGGCUGUUUAUUCCCACAAUUUUGAAGAUGAGUGUUUGCUUCUGGUACAGCUGGAAUCAGUUGACAAACACAGACUGUCCACACUGGCUGGUGCUGAUGAAAGUUGGGAGUCCUAACAACCUCUUGGAAGGCCACACAUUCCUUCUCUAGUCUCUUCCAUCCUUGAUGCUCUUCCUCUCUCCCCCACCAGGAAAAUGGGAAGGAGUUGUCCAUAUUGGCUGGGAGAGGGACAAUAGCAUGGAAAGAUGGCAAAUUGGAGGGGGAUAAGAGUGGAGGAGAGAAGGGGUUGCGGGAUGGGGGGCGAUGAUAAAAAAAAAGAAGACCUAAGGAGGAAGGAUUGGAAUGAGAAGUAGAGUGUUCCCUUUAUUCCAGCUCUAGUCUGUAAAAUUUCAAUGACAUAUUUCUGCUUCUAAUAUAUAAAAUUUUGUGAUGUGUAGCUAUUUAAUGCUUGGAGCUAGCCAGACUGUUAGGGAGGGAUCUGUGUGUUCAUGAUAAUGAAAAGGCUGAAGAGUAGGCACUGAAAUUAGACUACACAAUUGGGCAUAAUAUGCCUUUUACAUGAUGGUAAUAACUUGCAUAAUUCCAAACACUUUAUCAUUUGCAUUUCUCAUGUGUAAAAAAACACACAACAAUGAUGUUUGCACGGACAGGCUUGUGUAGCUUUUACAAUUGUAAAAGUGGAAGCAUUUUUUUCGGAUUCUUCUUAAAUCUACAGAGUCCAGCUCUGGAUUAACUAAAGGGAAAAGUAACCAGUAAGCUGCCAUGAUGUAAAACUGUGGCAGACAAGUAGAAAUGUCUUUGCAUGACAUCCUUCUGCUCCUGGUGGAGUUCUGAAAGAGGCUUAGGAUUAUUUCUGCAGCUUCCUGAUAAUGUGUCGCUAACAAAUUAAUGCAGCUUUCCUCCCCCCCCCCCCACUCCACAGUUGCCGUAGGGCCAGAACGAAGGAAGUCUGACACAGGGCUUAUGUUACCUACUCUGAGAGUCUCGCUUAUCAGUGAUAUGAGGUAUGAGAUUCAAUAUGUAAAAUGUUGGCUUAAAAUGUUGAUACCACAGCCUAAAACUGAAUCCUGAUGCAUAUUACAGCUCUAUGGCCAUCAGAUAUAUUUUGCCUUGGGGUUGUUGUUUUUUGCAAUACUUGAGAGCAUGGAAAGAAUGAGUCAGGGAGAGGAAUCUUUUCCCGCACAGCUUCAGGGAUGUGAUGUGAUAUGUCAGUAUGGUGUAGUGUUAGAUUAGGCCCAGGGGAUAUAGGUUCUGAUCCCCACUCAUCCAUGAAGUUCACUCAACAAAUCCCAAUUCCUUCACUUGCUGGGGAAGCCAAACUGUGGUUCCAUGUGAGGUGGGGGCAGCAGGCACCCUUUUCUGUGACCAUGGGGUAUUUGUGCAUGCUAGGUUUAAAAAAAAGGUACCCCUGGACGGUUAAGUCCUGUCAAAGGCACCUAUGGGGUUGCAGCGCUCAUCUUGCGUUUGUCCACAGACAGCUUUCCGGGUCAUGUGGCCAGGAUGACUAAACCGCUUCUGGUGCAACGGAACACCGUGACAUAAACCAGAGCGCACGGAAACACCGUUUACCUUCCUGCCACAGCAGUACCUAUUUAUCUACUUGCACUGGCGUGCUUUUGAACUGCUAGGUUGGCAGGAGCUGGGACAGAGCAACAGGAGCUCAACCCAACGUGGGGAUUCGAACCGCCAACCUUCCGAUUGGCAAGCCCAAGAAGCUCAGUGGUUUAGACCACAGCGCCACCCGUGUCCUACAGCCAGCUGGGCAGGAGAGCAAGGGCAGGACUGGUCUCUAGGGAGCCAAUCAGAAUCUAUUCUUGGGCUUCUGUGGGCAGGGCCUGGAAGUGACAGAAGACAUUUGUCAACCUAGUCUACUCCUAGGGCUUAAAAGGAGAGCCCCGUCUUGUUCUCCUCACCUCAGUCCAUUCCAGAUAAAUAGUCUCCCUCCCACACCAGAACUACUCAGUCUUUCAGAAAAAGAAAUGUCCUCUUUGAAAACAGAAGUCCUUGAGCUAACAGAAUGACUUUGCUGGGAUAACCCAUUGUGUCUUCGUACUGAAUAUUUAAAGUAUCCUUGCCAAGAGUCUGAAUGUUACCAUCAGCCCCAGAGCAUAAGGUGGCUGUAAUACGUUUCAGUUUUGUGUUAUCAUCUGUUGUGUCUAAUCUGCUUCCCUGAGCAUAUCUUUGCAUGCAGAGGAGAGCAUGCUGGGAACAAAGUUUCCACCCUUUGGGUCUGAGUGGAAACAGCCGUCAAUGUCCACCUUCAUUUUCUUUGGCAAGGUUAGGGAAAUUAUUUAUCUGCCUGUAGUGUUUUGGUGCUUUUAAAUGGAGCUCAUGAUCAAAGAUGGGAACAGGGAGGCAACUGCUUUGAUAUAGUCCCCUAUCAGAAGGCUUUAAAUAGCUAAGCUGAAUGUUUCAGCACGAUGCGGGUGAAUAAUGUGUGUGCAUUGCAUUUCUCAAGGACUUCUGAUCACAUGCCCAGUUGUGAUGUGCUGGUAAGAGCUGCCUGUCAGAGACUGAGCCAAAAAAUGAGGGGGUGCUUUGCAGCAAGUGUUGGGAGCGCCAGAAGCAAGGCUCUUUUGUAGUUAUUUGGAUGGUUGCAGUGAGUCACUGCUCAAGGAAGGGGAGGCUGUGGGAGUUGUUAACAAAGGACAAAGGGAGCUGUAGGAGAUUAUCUCACUGCUUUGAAAUAGCCUGCCGGAGUUUCAAGGGCUCGCUUUAGGUCUUAAUUGUGUGAGGAGUUGGGAACCACAAUAAAUUUGUGUCAUCUCAGGCAAAACUAUUAACUGAGGUCAGGGAUGUAUGCGGAGCAAAUCCUGGCAGGCACUUUGUUUUUGAAAAGCUGCAGGAAGCAAUGCAGUGUUUGGGGCUGUGCAAAUAUAUUGUAGCGUAUUGCAGUUCUGGCAUGUGAUAUAAGCAGCCUUCUCUUCUUAACUGUUGCAGCUCAGCUGCUGCUGCUGCUGCAGCAACAACACAGCUCCUACCCAUGCCAUCAUUUAUCCCUUUUGGAACUGGGGCAGUGAUGGCAGAGGGAGCAGCCAUGGUGUGUAGGCUCCUUCUGUGUAACCUAAAGCUUCUCACAUAGUUAUUCCCAGCAGGCCUUGGUGCAGCCUGGUACCUGCGCAGCAACUAAGGAGUCUCAUUUGGAGGUCUGCUACCUCCUCCCCUAUUAAGUCUUUCUAAGAACUGGGAGGAAGCAUGUAACACCUGAUCUGUAGUAACAUAGAUGAAAAUAUGUAAGUGUACAGGCAGGUCAUUCUAGCACAUGAUUAUGGGAUGGAGAAGGUAAUUGCCUCAGUCUCUGAACUAUCAUUUUGCAUCUGUCUCUGACCAACUUUGGUUCCAAAAAAAGAAGGAAAGUAUCUUUCUCAAGCUUGAAGUCUUCUCACACCAGUCUCAGUUACUUAGCUGAAAAUCGUGCAACAUAUAAGAAGUAUCUUUCUUUCUUUCUUUCUUUCUUUCUUUCUUUCUUUCUUUCUUUCUUUUUAACUUGUGGGUUUCUUUAUUUUCCUUCAGGCACAUUCAGAACAUGAGUGAAAUUAAGACUGAUGUUGGCCGAGCUCGAGCCUGGAUACGGCUGUCCCUUGAAAAGAAACUUUUGUCUCAGCAUCUCAAGCAGCUGCUUUCCAACCAAGCCCUGGCAAAGUAAGCAACGUGGUUGUCACGGAUCAGUCCUUUUUAGGGCCCUCAUCUGAGGCAAAAAAAUUCUGGGUACAUUAAACUCAAUAUAUAGGCUUGCUUCUGGAUAAAUGCACUUAUGUGUUGCAGAGCUCUUUGGUUUCACCUGGGUACUGAAAGCUUCUGUUUUUGGUGGUUUCAUGAGAGUUGGGCGUCCCUGUUCUAGAUGAACAGCUCCAGCAAGCAUACCCAACGACAAUGGGACUUGUAGUUCAGCAAUACCCAGAGGGCCAAAAGUUAUUCAUAUCUGCUCUAGAUGCUUAACGCUAGCCCAACAUUGACCAACCCGCUGUCUUCCAUGUGUUUUCAAGUCUUCAAUUCCACAGCCAUAGUAGGAGUUGUAGUCUGAAACAUCUGGAGGGCACUAAGGUGACAAAACAUGUUUUGGUCACUCCACAACCCUGAACCAUUAGACAUGGAUAGCAACCAAUUAUGGGGAGACAAAGAACUCUGUAUUUUAACAGAUGUGGGUACAAGGCUAACAAAUGGCUGCUUUACAACAUAUAUAUAUAUAUUAAAGCCACAUACAGUGGUACCUCAGGUUGCAUACGCUUCAGGUUACAUACGCUUCAGGUUACAGACUCUGCUAACCCAGAAAUAUUACCUCGGGUUAAGAACUUUGCUUCAGGAAAUCGUGCUCCGGCGGCACGACAGUAGCAGGAGGCCCCAUUAGCUAAAGUGGUACCUCAGGUUAAGAACAGUUUCAGGUUAAGAACGGACCCCUGGAACGAAUUAAGUACUUAACCUGAGGUACCACUGUAUGGCUUUGGAUCAGGGUACCUUAAAAACCUCUUGUUGUUGUCGUUGUCCUCAUCGUCCUUAAUAGUUCUCUAGACAACAUGCAGUUUAAACAAUAAAAUCACUUAUGAAGCAUAAAGACAAACCAUUUCUCCCAUACAAGCUACUGUGCGUUGUAACAUAAUUCAAACCCCCCACCCCACCACUUUAAAUGCCCUUUUGAAAACAAGUUAGGUGGCUACAAGGAAUAAGACUGUACCUAGUAUCAACAGAAAGACAGAUUCAAGAACUGAAUCAUCCUUAAAAGUACUUGGUUUAGAGCGGUCAGUAGCCCAGCCCUGGCUGUGCAAACAUUUGCUUUUUUCCUAACAAGCUCGCAAAGCUUACCUAAAUUAUUGCAUGCUUCCUAUACUGGCAUAUGAAAGAAAUGAAAUAAAAAACGGAACUAUUGCAUUUUUUCAUUAUGUCUAAGAAUUAACAGAAGAAGGCAAAAACAUAGGUGGUUUUGUUUAGAUGGUGCAAGGACAAUUAAUCUACUUUUGCCUUUAGUUUUUUCCUCUCAUCCAGCACUUCCCUAAUAUAGUUCUGUUGUUCUCAGGGGCAUCUAAACAUCUUCCCUGUUACUUGCAGGAAAUUGUACAAGCGUUAUGCCUUUCUGCGCUGCGAAGAGGAGCGGGAACAGUUCCUCUAUCACCUCCUCUCGCUCAACGCUGUGAAUUACUUCUGCUUCACAAGUGUCUUCACCACCAUUGGUGAGUAGGGUGGAAUCUCAUCCUCAGCUUGAGCUGCUGCUGUGUGAUAAAGGAAUAACUGUGGUCAUCUAACAAAGCCUGAAGACAUGGCUAUUGCAAUCAGCACUGCUCCCCAUCUGGUGUCAAGUUGCUAUCUCUUUGCACAAACUGUAGGCGUACACCUCCUUUGCAUGCACAGCCCUCCAGAUCGUGAUAGAAUUCAACUCCGAUCAGCAUAGCCAGUGUGGCCAAAUGUCAGGAAAGAUGGGAGUUGUGGUCCAGCAACAUCUGGAGUGAGCCAGGUUAUGCAUCCCCGUUCGAGGUCCUCUUCCACUGUUGUUCCCACAUUAUUCGUGGAAAUAUAUGAAAAGUUUUGACCCCAUAUUGUUUGCCUUUCCUGCAUGUUUACACAAUAUAUAAGUGAAAGAGGCAUUGGUUGCCUUUGACAUAGUGAACUGCCCUGACACCUCCGGUAUAGGGCGGUGUAUAAGUUGAAAUAAUAAUAAUAAUAAUAAUAAUAAUAAUAAUAAUAAUAGUGAUCAGUUCUGUAAUUAUGGCUUAUAUCAGGGGCAGAGAACUUGUGACUCUCCGGAUGUUUUUAGACCACGUCUCCCAUCAGCCCCAAUGGCAUGGCUAGUGGACAGGGAUGAUGGAAUUUGUAUUCAAACAGUUAGCUGGAGGACAGUAUUAGCAACCCCUGCCCUUGAAAGAUGCUAUAUUUGAGGCAUUGUGAGAAAUUUAAAUGGCAGUCCCUUGACCCAUCUGCCUAAUUGGAGCAUCAGGGGGAAAAAUGUAGUGAAAGGCAGUUCAGGUUUGAUAGCAGGAUAGAUUGAUAGGCACAUGUGGGGAGGCAGGUGCCAUAUACGUCUCAAAACUGCACCAAUUUUAUGACAGUUCGUUCAAUUUUGCCAGAGAGGUGGAGGCACCAAACUUGCAUCUUUACAAUAAUGGCAAUGUGUACAGCAAAGCUCCAUGGAAAUAGAACAGCAAGUAUGAUUUUUUGCCUCCUGACAUCCACCCUACCUUCUAAAAAUAGCAGCUAAUUCCUAAAUUUGCUUGCUCUUUUAAUUUUGGUUGUGCAGUAAUAGCAACACCUAGUGGCUACUUGCAUUAUUGCAUGAUAAAAGCUGAACAUAUACAUAGCUAGUUCUAUGCUGAAAUCGGCAAGGUAAGAAGCACAACCUAUUGACUGUCCCUGGGAGGGGGAAAUAACCAGGCAGAAAACUUUGUCACAUAUUUAUUUAUUUAUUUAUUUAUUUAUUUAUUUCAAAAACUUGGCACUUUCCCAAAAUACUGUAAAAGAAGACCCCUGCAUUUUAAAACCACCCCCCAAAUUGAACAGUAACUAAAGCUCAAAUCAGAAAUGAUGCUGAUUACAAGAAUGCAAUUAACAUGCAUGCUUCUUUGUUAUGUAAAGAGCAGCUGCAGGGAAGCCUGAGCAGCCUCCAGGAGUGGAAGUUUCUCCUUCUCUCUCCUUCCCCACCUCCCUGCCAAAGUUUGCAUUUCAAAGGAGGCUCCAUUGUUGCCAGCAGAGGCUUCCCUUUAAAAUGCAAAAAGCAGCUGCAGAGAGAGAAGCAAGGGAAGAGGAUUAAACCUGCGGGAGCCAAGGGCAAAGUGUUGGCUUACAAAGGAGAGCAGAGAUAUAGGGUGCUUCCAAGUGCUUCUGAACCCAGGAAUGUGUUUUCAUUUAAAAAGUUGUUGCUUAACAACAGGGAGUUGGAAAUCCCUGCUGAUCUUCUGCAAAUCCCAGAGAUUUACCUGGAGAUCCAGUCAGCCUAUCUCUGCAAGUGACACUGUUCUCUUAAAAAAACAACAACCUUGAUGUAUGCAUCCUGCUACAUAUUUAGUAGCAACGGUGUUGUUCCUAGUGGGCCUGCAGUACUGAAUUUAUAAUAUUAAGCCACCCUUUUAAAUGUUCUUUCUUUGCUAUUUGCAGUGAUUCCAUAUAGGACGGUGAUAAUCCCCAUUAAAAAACUCAGCAAUGCAAUCACCACGUCAAACCCAUGGAUUUGUGUUUCGGGAGAACUGGGAGAUACUGGAAUAAUGCAGAUCCCAAAGAACCUUUUAGAAAUGACAUUUGAGGUGAGUUUCGUGCCGGAGAAGGGAACCUAAGGCCCGGGGGCCGGAUGCCGCCCAAUCGCCUUCUCAAUCUGGCCCGCGGAUGGUCCGGGAAUCAGCCUGUUUUUACAUGAGUAGAAUGUGUGCUUUUAUUUAAAAUGCAUCUCUGAGUUAUUUGUGGGGCAUAGGAACUGGUUCAUUCCCCCCCCCCCGAAAAAAAAAAUAGUCUGGCCCACCACAAAGUCUGCGGGACAGUGGACCAGCCCAUGGCUGAAAAAGGGUGCUGACCCCUGGUUUAGUGCACUGCACUUCCGCCCUGUUUUCAGAUGUUGGUUGCUGCUGCUGUCAGAAAAGCCUGGUUUAAAAUUGCGACACGGGUAGAAUUUUAAGCAGCACCCAGUGGUGCUUUUUAAAAACCUGCAGAAAUAACUUGAUGACCAGCAAAAGCAUGGAGCUUUUUGCUGCAAAAGGGAGCCUGCUUUGCUCUCUGAAAGACAACCACAAUAUAUUCUGGUCUCUCGGGGAACAGGGAAGCUUUAUAGCUCCUUGUCACUUUCCUUUUUAAAAGCUCGGUAAGGAUAAUGCUGGCGAAGAGAUCGCCGUUUCUCUGCAUUGCUCAUAAGAUGGCACUCUCUCGUGAUUCUUUGGGGACCCAUUAUGUUUUCAUUGAGAGUUAUAAACACUGGAAAUGAUUAAGGGCUCACACGGAGCUUCGUUUUGUGAUGGUGGCUGGUAUUGUAUUGCGGCACCAAUUUUCAUAAUAAAAGAGGCUGAGUUCCCUGAGAGUACAGGGAGUUUUCCCCCCAUCACAGCUGAUAGUGCGUGAUCCCUGCUUGGUGCAUGGCAUUUGGCCAUGGUCAGAAGUGCCUCACCAGGUACAUUUGUACCAUGCUGUCCUCCCCUCUCCCUCCUGAGAAGCAACAGCAAUCUGUCUUCUAGAAAUCUAGCAGAGCAGCUAUGGCUCAUGUGGUGAGUUGCCUCUUGACUCAGCUCACAUUUAUCACACUCAUUUUGGUAUGUCCUUGUUUACCAGAGGUGUGUAGGGCAGCAGGGUGUAGGGUCCCCAAAUUAGAUGAUGAUUACUUGGCUAUGAAACACACUGUUUGAUCUUGUGCCAAGUCACUAUCUCUCAGCCUAACCUAGCUCACAAAGGUGGUUAGGAGGAUAAAAUGAGUGGGGGACAGAAUUAUGUAUGUUGCUUUAGAGUCUUUGGGUUUAUACGCUUGAUAAAUAAACUGACUCCAUUGCAAAGCAUAGUGUUUGACAUACAUAAGGCUGAAAUGAGCAUUGUAUCUGUGCUGUUAGAUCAGCAGUGGUUCAUUCACACACUUAUAGGUCAUUGCUUGAUAUUGCAGUCUUUUAAGUUAAGAAGAUUCAUAUGUGGACCAGAUCGCAUUUGGUCUGAUUAUAACGUUUAGUUAUGCUUGGAUCAUCUGCAAUAUACAUCCAGGGGCUUUGAAAUAUAGAGACCGCUCUGAGGGAGCAAAGGCUGCCAUAUUUUGCUGCCUGAUUUGAGAAAUGAAAUAAAAUGGGGUGAUUUUGGUUGUGUUUAUACUAAAAGUAAUUAAGCUUGUCCUUUUCUCUUUUCAGUGUCAGAACUUGGGGAAGCUAACUACUGUUCAGAUAGGUCAUGACAAUUCAGGACUGUUAGCCAAAUGGCUGGUGGAUUGUGUCAUGGUCAGGAAUGAAAUCACAGGGCACACUUACAAGUAAGUCUGGAAGAGUGAAGGAAAACAUUAUAUUAAAGGCAAGCAAGGCUAAACUCCUCUAUCUUAUUUAAAGUUGAGAUGCUAAAUAUAUGAAUACGAUCACUUUCACUUACUGCUUUGCGGAUACAUGUCUACUCAAAAGUACAGUAAGUCCCAUUGAAUUCUAUGGGGCUUACUCCCAGGUAAGUGGGUAUAAGACUGCAGUCUUAAUCAUACUUGCAAAUUAGUUCACAAGUUUUUUUAAUGUGGGAUUACCCUAGCCCUACAGUGACCCCAUUCAUAUGAACUGAUGCAACAAGAAAUCCCAAAACUUGUGGUUUAACUGUAUGUUAGAGCUUGUGUGGUUAUACCUUUCUGACUAGAACACUGAAGCCAGUUCCAACUCCAUUUUGUGACCCCUUAGGUUCCCAUGUGGAAGAUGGUUGGGGAAGGGUGUUGAUGAUGGUAGCCUGGAGAGGAUUCUCAUAGGAGAGUUGCUUUCAACAGCAUCGGAUGAAGAUCUCGGGAAGCAGUGCCGAACCCCACCGCAACAGAAAUCCCCAACGACAGCCCGGAGAUUGAGUAUCACUUCUCUCACCGGGAAAAAUACAAGUAAGACAUAACUUCUUGCGGUAACACCAUCAAUGAUGACAUUUUUAACAAUUCCCUUUUUCAUUUGAACCUUUGAAUCUCUUGAGACUGAAUUCUGCCCUCCUUUCUCCCCCCCCCCCGCUCCUUUUUUCUGCAGAACCCAAUGCAGGACAGAUCCAGGAGGGGAUCGGGGAGGCUGUGAACAAUAUUGUGAAGCAUUUCCACAAACCUGAAAAAGAGGUACCUUCUCAAACAAUUGCAAUUAUAUUAACGUUUGCAAAGGGGAUGUUAGCAAACCUCUUCCACUGGCUGCUGGGGUGACAAGAGGCGCAGAAUCUUGAUCAAAUUAUAACGUUACGAAAUUUCUGGAUUCAGAUUCAUCAUUGUGGCAAGCUUUGGAGUUCAUCACCUAACUGCUCAUUGUUUGUUAUGUGAUCCUGCUCCUGAAGCAGACAUUCAGCAACUGCCAUUACCACCCCACUCUUUUUUUAUAAAUGUGUUCAGAGUUUCCUGGUGGAAAGCAUGAAAUUAAGAUGGUAUCUGUCUUUCAAGCAGUUCAGGACCACAUUGUUUUUGCCCACAAUAUUUGCAGUGGAUGCAAAGGGUUUCUGAAUCCAUUCAAAGUUUAAAAAACAGGCCAACUAGCUUACAGAAAAGGAAAAGCAGAAUUUAACAACCCCAGCAUUUGACAUGAUGUUCAGAUAUUUGUUCCCAUGUGAGCAAAUGGGAUGUAGACUUCAUAAAGCAACUUUUGCAGCACAGAGAUGAACAGGCAGUGACUUGGCCAUAGCUCACUGCUGUAGCAAAUCUCUACCCAACUCUAGAUCCUUCUUUCUCAAUUAGAAGAACAUGCAAGUAGCUCCUGCAACAAAACGUUGGAAGUGUGGAUUGCAUCUGCUCACUGUUUUCAUUCAUGCCUUCCUCCAUAUCUCUGGGCAGAUCAACACCACAUGUUUAAAACACAUCCAGUGCACUUUAAAACCCCAUGACUUCCCCCAAGGAAUCCUGGGAACUGUAGUUUGUAAAGAGUAUUGGAAAUUGUAGGUCUCGGGGGGGGGGACUACAGCUUCCCCCACUUUUUGGGAGAAGUUGUGGGCUUUAAAUGGGUACUGAAUUCACUUUAAAUGUUUGGUGUUGAUCAGUCCUGUAUUCCAUCCCCUCUAUCUGCCCCCAGCCAACCCACCCAGUUAGCAUCUUGUGGUCAUUGAGCACACUCAGUCCUUACUGGGCUAUUUGAUAUCCCAGCACCCCUCCUCUGAUGCUUUGUAAAGAGGGGUGUUUUUUUGUGUACUUCUGCAAACUCAAGGUUCCCCCAAGUCCACUGACAUCUCUCUCCUGUGAUUGGGUGGUGUAUUUUUGGCUGAAUAGGGACCAGUACUCAGAAUACUGAGGUUGUUAUUAGUAUAUUUGAGGAAUAAAGAAUCUGGGGCAAUGCCAAUUGUUCUUGGCUGCCAUUAAUUUCUUAGCCCUUGCGCACCAGAGUAAAUCUUGCAAGUAUCCGGAAAGGGAGCUGCAUCAGCAACAACGCUCUCCCUCACCCUGGUAUCUACUGGCUCCAAAACUGACUCAUGAAAUGCAGCUUUUGCAGUUCACAAGUUCCCCAUCUCUGAACCCAGAUCACAUUUCCGCCUAAGGUGCAGACAUGGAAAACCAAGUUGCACUCAUCAUAACAAGUCUUGAAAGCUGAUUAAAAAGCAUCCAUAGCUAAGGGGGGGGGGGGAAUCAGAAGUAGCUUGUGUUGGUAUGCCAGUGUUCAUAACCAUUAUUUCUCUUUCUGUAGAGGGGAAGCCUCACUGUUCUCUUAUGUGGAGAAAAUGGUCUGGUUGCAGCACUGGAGCAGGUCUUCCACCAUGGUUUCAAGUCUGCUCGCAUCUUCCAUAAGAAUGUCUUCAUCUGGGACUUCAUAGGUAAUUGGCACAUUCAGUUCAAUUAGGGUUUAUGGGCCCAAUUUCCUGAAGUCCACAAGUUUGGACUUCAUGUCAUUCCAGUGAAAUUGAAUGCCGCCCAUCUCUAACUGGUGGCUACUUGCUGAGAGAACCAUUCGGCCAGCCCUACUGUUAGACCAUUGGACAAUGUGGAGUAGUCCACCUUGGUCAACAAGUGGGGGAGCUACUUACAGACUAGCAAACUGGCAAUUACUUUGUUUUGCUUUUAAAGUAAUAAACAGCUCAGAAAGAGGGGGAAAGUCUUAUACCAUCUCUUGCCUUAUUGUCACAUUGCUUUCAUAGUGUGGGUCAUGCUUCUUGAUGGACAGGUAUCUUGCCACACUGGUAAGAUUUUAAAUGGGGAAGGGAAAUGGCACACAUCGUUGACUUGGCUACUUCCAAUACCACAGCUGCCACUCCCUGAAAUUCACAAAGACAUUCCAUAUGCAAUGAAAAUUGGAUUUUUCUAGGCAGGUCCAUAUCUUCCUUUGUUUGAACAGGCCUGUAUUUGCCAAGUGACCCUUAACUUGCAAGACAGUGUAAAGCAACAGAAUGUGCAAAAUGCCUUCAAGGCAGUCAUUACCUCUGAAUUCAUGGAUACUGUGUGUUAAUGUGUUAGGAAUGCACUCUGAGGCAAUAAAUUAGCUGUGAUUCUGGAACUGCCUAGGCCAAAUUGUCACUCAGGAAAUCACUUCAGACAUAAUGACAAAAUGGUUACUUUAACUGUUCCUCAUAUAAUAGUAAUUUCAAAGUCCUAAUUGCCAUUAAUCUGUGGCUUCUAAACGCUUAGUUACUGAAGAAGUUGUGCAAUCACACUCAACUUGCACAACUGAUUCAGAAUUGUUUUUCAUGGUGCAGGUUUUGGAUCAAGCUGGCUGUACAUAAAAGUUUAAUACUUUUUUUUAGCACAAAUACAGCCCUGCCUCUAGUUACAUAGUUUCAGUGCUAUGUGUUAUUUGCACUUGUGAAUCCUAGCUUCUGGAGGGUGUCACUCAACAAAAUGGCAGGUUGAAAGGGCUGAGAGAUUAUUUGCAUUCUACAUUCAGUGAGCUUUUGUUCUCUCUCUCUCUCUCUCUCUCCCUCUCCCUCCCCCUCCCUCCCCCAUCAUCCACCUUCAGAAAAGGCAGUUGCCUACUUUGAGACUACUGACCAGCUUGGGGACAAUGAAGAGGAUGUUCUUCUUCAAAAAUCCUCCUGCAAAACAUUUUGCCACUAUGUAAAUGCCAUCAAUACGGCACCACGGAACAUAGGGAAGGACGGCAAAUUCCAAAUUCUUGUUUGCCUUGGAACUCGGUACGUAUGUCGUUUGCUCACAAAUGUCUUCUAAGAUGCAAAAGUCUCCAAAGCUGUUCUCUUCCUUAGCAACACUCUGAGGUCAUGUAGAGUAGACCAUUUCCAGCCCCUCAAAAUGGGCAACUGAGACUGAAUGUGGCUUGCCCAGAAUCACGGUGGCAUCAUUAAAAGCUGGCUUUUGGAGCCAGGAUUUUCCCAGUAAUACUUCUAAUAUUUUUGACUGGAAUCUAUUUUUAAGUUCCUCCUCUGUAUACAUUUGUUAGAUCUCUUUUGAGUUCUUUAGUCUGGAUAUUUGAGCAGAUUUCUGGCAGCUACCGGAAGCUGCUAUAGCACUUACUGUAAACUAGCUGUAAAAUAGCUUGUCAUCUUCAGCAAUUUUGCCUUUUAUAUGAUGUGCACAGAUUAUUAGGAAAUGUAUGUUAAUUGACAACCAUCUCUCUCAGUCCAUACAACAGAUACAUUAUUUUAUUUUAUUUAUUAAAUUUAUACUGCCUAUCAUCCAAGAAUCACAGAGCAGUUUACAGUCUCAGGGGCUUCUGAUUCAUCCAAAGGUACCCACCCAGUUCACAAAAGAUGCUGAUCUCUCUUGUUGCCAGCUUCAGCCACUUUGCAUGAGCAAGAUAGAGUCCUCAACAAACAGUUUCAUUACACUGGGAGAAUCAGCAGUUAAACACUCUGAUUUCUUGGAGAUGAGUCUUUCUGACACUGACACAAAUAACUUGUUCCUUGCUUCUCCGUGGCAUUUGAUUUCUUUUUGAAACAGGCCAUCUGUUUUGAGGCAACAAUAAUGCAAGUGAAAUGGGUCUGCAACUCAACAAUUGAGCCCUUCAGAUCCCAUCCAUUGUUUGGCCACAUUCAACGUAAUUUUCAGAGGCUGAAUCAAACAUCAAAUAUUAUCCUCUGAUUUGGAAAAAUGUGCAAGUGCUCUUAACAGCAGCUGCUGCAUGAUUACUUUCAGUUUUGCUUUUCUGCUGAUCUCUUUUCUAGCCCGAUGUUUUCAGGUGCUACUUUUGGGAACUCUUAGCGCAAGUUUGGGGAACCUGUGGCCUUUCAGAUGCUUCUGGACUCCAGCUCCCAUAAUCCUGUAUUCCUGGCUGUUCUGAGACUGAUGGGAGCUGCAAUCCAACAACUGAAAGGCCACAGCUUCGCCAUUCCAGUCUUAGUGGGAUAGGAUACAGUGAUUUUAAAUGCUUCUUCAAAAAGAUUCCUGCAUUGUAAGGAAUUGAACUAGAUAACCCUCGUGGUUCCUUCCAACUCUACAAUUCCAUGAUUCUGUGAUUCACUGAUAUUACCCUGUAGCUUCCAACAAAACCAACAUUCUGCAAGUAAUUACCUAGCAAAGCAUCUUUAAAAGUACCGCUGCUCUCAUCUGUGUUGGUUGCUGUAACCCUGGUUUAAUAUGCCAGUGUGCUGUGAAAGCAUCGUUUGGCUUCUCAAGUUAAACUUUUUGGGAGAUACCAACAAGGCUUGCUUUUCACCUUGCACAAAGACUCGAGAGGUUGGGGAAAGUGCCUGAACAGUGGUUUGCAAUGGAGAUGUAAGCUUACCAUGGUUAAUGAAAACGGUUGUUGGAAGCACUGCAUCAAACCAUGGCUUUGGGCCCUGUUUGGCUGCCCAUCUGUAAUAAUGGUUGAGGGAUUUGCAGUGGAAGAAAGGAAGGAAACCCUUAAUUAAAUGUUAUGUCUGCAUAAAGUAUAUGGAUGUACCAUAAAUUGGUUGAUGAUACAAUUUCUUCUGCAGGGAUCACUUCAUCCCGCAGUGGAUUCCCUUACUGGCGGAGUGCCCAGCCAUCACUCGGAUGUACGAAGAGAACGCUCUCCUGCGUGACCGCAUGAUGGUGAAUUCUCUCAUCAGAGUCCUACAGACAUUGCAGGACUUCAGCAUUGUCUUGGAAGGGUCACUCGUCAAAGGGGUGGAUGUGUAGUGUAUGGCUUUGCAGACCCGCUCUGCCUCUCUCUUCUCCCAGGCAAAUGUUGAAUUUGGGAGAGGAUGGAUCUGUUAAAAUGCAAAUGCUGCUGGUAUUGCCCCACUGUGUGUUUCAAAAAACAGCUUGUUGAUAGGUGAGAGUAGGGGUUGUGGGCAGAUUCUUUGCUUGUGUAGUUUCCUUACUGGUCUGCCCCAAAGCCGCAAACAAGCUACGCUGCAGUAUUGUAGUUUUCAAAACCAGAGGUUUAGUAUAAAAUAGAGUAUUUUCGUGUGUUCAAUGUGUGUAAAUAGGCUACCUUACUUCAGAAAUAUUACCAAUAUGGAACUUUUCUUAGAAUCAGUGUUUUUGGGGUUGGGGGAGGGAAGGAAAUGUAGCCUAAAACAACUUUAUAGGGUUGGGUGAAGGAGGGAAGCAUUUCUUGCAAGUAUGGGAAAAAGCCACUCCAUCUGUAAAUAUUGUACAAACGUAGCGCGGGGGGCUUUUUUGCAUAUUGCAGAGGAACAACUGAAGACUCUCUGGGGUAGCCACUGCUGUAUUCUUCUUGUGAAUGUAUAUUGUUUGCUCUGUUCCCUGUAUGUGUCGAGGGGUCUCGUUAUUCCGUUUAGAUCCAAACCUUUGUUUGUGUGCAUCCAAUAAGCUGUGAAUCAUAGGAUUCUGGAUCCCCUCCCUGACUUUCGUCAGUCAGUGCAAGUGGUGCAAAGGAAAGUCUUCACACUGGACAUGAGAAGUUCUUGAGCUUUGAACAGGGAUCCACUGGAUUACAAAAAGAGGAGAAAAGCUGUACUAGAGCGUUGAGUGGUUAACUGGCCUUUCAACUCUCUCUCUCUCUCUCUCUCUCUCUCUCUCUCUCUCCCUCUCCCUCUCUCCUUUCCCCUCACUCCCCAUUUGGAGUUUGGAGUUCUGUUGCAGCGCCUGCUUCAGGAGACAUAUUUGAAAGGGGAGAGGAAGGCAAUCUCUUAUCACAAACAUUUUCUGCAUGAUUGUUUUGGAAGGUUUAAAAUGUCAGCAGCCUCCCUGCCCUGCAACUGUCUUACUUCAAUGGGAGGCUGCUUAUAACCUUUUAAUGCUACAACUCUUCCCAUGUAAACAGAAAGGGUCCGUAUAUAGCAAGGUGCUCUAGGCAAGACAACCAGGAUGUGUGGAGUAGCCAUGUAGAAAUAACCUCCCAUGCAGUUAGGUAAAGGCUCCCCUAAGGGAUGAUGCUUACAUUGCCUUAGUGGUCCGGUAGCUACUUCAGCAUUUCUCCUUUCCAUGGCACUCGGGUAACAGAGGAAGCCAGUAGGUGCAUGGGAGGGCUUGGCAAUGGUACCAGCGUAGCCCUACCUGGGAGCAAUGGUGGCACAGAGAAGUAGCUGCAUAUCGGGUCCUCCUGUGUGAACUCAGCAUUGCUAUGAUGCCACAGUGGCAUGUGAAAGCAUCCCACUGGAACAGCGGUUUGUGCACCUCGUAAUGUAAGACAUCCCUUGGUUUUGUGCAGAGGCAACAGAUACCCAAAUCUAGAGGCUAUCCUGACAAGUGGAUAGAUGCAAUAUUUUGAGAAGCAAAACAAGUUGCUUUAAGCAGACCAAUUUAAGUAGUAUUCUGCAAAAGUUAGUACUGGAUAGUGAGGCAGCACAGAUAGCAGAUGUAUCGUGUAAUAUUCUAUUCCCCCACCCUCAACUGAGAGAGUCCAAGAGAGAGGGCCCCUUAAGGCUGAAGCAGGUGGAAAACCCAGAAAGCAAAAUACACUGUAUUUGGGAAAGAAACCAACAAAGAGAAUAGUGUGCAAAGCCUCUAUUUAUUUCAUUUAACAGAUUAUCUUCCUAAGUAGUAUGCUGACAGGGAAUUCUCUUAGGGCGUGAUAUUAAGGGUGAGACAGUGUGUUCAGUGACAAACACAGGGCUCCCAACGCUGGGGUUUGCCAUCAGUGUGCAAAGUGGCAGGGGGAGAGGGGCAUUUGCAAGGGAGAAAUGGCAGAGAGUUGCUUCUAUUAGAAACUUGCAUCCUGCACACAAGUCGAGGAAAAAUGGCAGGGAAGGCAUUUGUGGGAGAACAUGGUGGAUGGAAGAACUGCUGCCAAUUUGUACUUCAGCAGCAGCCCUGACUUUGAGAACCCUGUAUUUUGAUGUGCAAUGUGUCUUUCCACCCUUUUUCUGGUAAUGAUACCUGGGACCUCCAAAGGCCCUUCACCUGUGAAUUUCUUAUCCAAAAAAAGAGCAGAAAGCUGGGAAUGUUAACCAUAAACCGUAAGAAGAUUCUGAGCCAACAAGUGGCUUGCACGCAUCAAGAUAUUUCACCAAUACCUCUGCUCUUUUGAAAAAUUAGGUGGCACCUUUGGCCACAACUUUUGGUGAAAUAGCACAUGAAUCCCAGUGCAUGAAAUUUGCCCUGCCAACAUGACUAUGAAACAUGAAUGCAUUUGAAAAUAUUCACCAAAAUUUCAGAGCACAUAUUUGGGGGUGGGGAGAAAUUUCCAGAUAAUCCUUCUCAAGCAAAACCAGCUUCCUUUUUACCCUAACCAUGUAUUUACCUCACCAAGUAACCCCAGUCCGAUGUUGAUGGAAGACACGUUCCUGCAAUCUCGGACAUGAUUUUAAAUAUUUCCAGAGCUAACUGUUUUGUGGAGUAACAUGCAACCCCAUUAAAAACUGGAGAAGUUAUUUGAUCUUUCAUUCCCUUUCAUUUACUCUGCCCUAGUUAGAAGAGAAAUGGUUAUUGCAUUGAAAAUCCAAGUAUGUACAGUUACUAGAUAUAUUUGAUCCUUCCUCGUUUUCCUGUAAUUUCCAGAUAGCCAAUACAAUUUGGCCUUCACUGCUGUUUUUCCCAAGAAACAAAUGGUGGAUUGUUUGUAGUUUUAUCUAUAUUUUGCCUGUUGAUAUUUCUGAAAAAUUCCUUUGUACUUAGAGCUAAGAAGACUGAGCUAAGAAAAAUGAGGAUCUGGUACAGAACCGAACAGGAGAAUAAAGGAAUUGUCCAGAUAUCAAUGUGCUUUGCUUUUACAUGUCUCAAAACUGGCCCCAGUCGUGGAAGAAGUCCCACUUCUUGUUUUACUAAAUGACAGUAAAUAAAAAGCAAUAUGUUACUUGGAUGCUGCAUUCAUUCCAGAAGAAUCUGAGUCAAAUUGGAGACCUGGAUUCCUUAACUGACUACCAUCUCCCCUUCCAUCUACUGGUUUUCUGUACUAUCCCCUUUCUGCUUUGACAUUUAUUUCAUGACAUGGGAAAAAUAACCAUUGAUGCUGAUAAAGAGAGACACCCGAUAAAAGGUUUUUUGCCUGAAAUUCACAGCGGGUCUCUAUCCACCUCUAGCAUGUGGCUCUGGACGUCUUGCUUCACGAUAUAAUUUCUUUCUGUAAAGCAUUUCAUGGGAACUGGUGUGAAAGGGAUACUCUGGGUGUCAAGUUUCCUUUUAGGCAAUAAUGCACUGUAUAAAUAUGUAGUAUUAUAACAACCUUAAGGUAUUUCUGAAGCAUGAGAUUGAUCUCUGGUAGAUUAAUUCUAUUUGACAUCUUCAGGAGUGCAGUUCUUCCAUUACAUUUGUUUUAUUCCUGUUGUGUGCAACUUUUUUGUUUAAGAAACAAUUUUGAUCACUUGAAACAGGUUCCCCACCCCUGUUGCGGUUUUCAGAAAGUGUUCCAGUUUCUUUAAAAGAGUGAGGAAGACUGUAGUAGUCGUGGUUCUCUGGAAAUUAAUGUACCUUUUGAACAUCAGUAUUAAUGAGCUUUUGUUGAUUUUGAGAAACCCAACAUUUUAAGGCAACUAAGGCUUUCUGGUAACUUACCAAGUAAAAAUUCUGUGUUGAAGAACAGUGGCUCUCAAAGCACUGUACGUUCUUUAUAGCAUUGCUAAGCUAACAUAGUAAGAACAUUUGAAGCUAUGAAGUAGAAUUGCAAAGUAGAUCAGUAAUGUAACACAGUUUAUGGGUCUUUGAGGCAAACCAGAGUGUGGUUGUCUCAGAGCAGAGGAAACCCCACCACUUCAUCUUUCCAAUUAACACUUUAGCAGCCCAUUUACUUGGAGGUAAAUGCCAUUAUUUUUUAACUGGGAUUGAUCUCUGAGUAAAAAUGUUUGGGAUGGGGCUGUUAGCUGCUUUUUUGUUUAGAGCAAGUUUUAAGAGGUGGUGCAGUGUCAUAAUUAACAUUGAUUUUCCUCUUCCCAAUCAAGUGAAGGUGCAUUUCUCAUAAGGAAACGUUGUAUGUUACACUUGAAAUGUAUAAAUAUACCUGACAGAGUUUAUUAAAGAACUUCUUCUGCCCCCCACCCUUAAAUAUCUUCAGAAUAUGUUGCUGUUUUAUCUUCACGUUAUUCAUAAAUUAAUCAGGACUGGAUAAUGUUCAGGAAGUGAAUAUCAGUAAAAGUAUUGUUAUUUCAAGCACUUUAGCAUACAUAUCACAAACUGACGUGGGUGUUUUUUUCCAGGGUUUGGAUUACUAUUAAAUGCAGCUUUUCAUGCAAUGGUAUUUACAAAUAAAACUGAGAACAACAAUGUGUCAUGUGAUGCUUCAUUGGGGAG